AUGAGGGGAGCCCUGUGGCCUCUGGCGCUGAGCUUCUUCUACCUUCUGCUGCUGCUGCCGCCGCCCGGCUGCCGGGCUCAGCUGUACGGGCGGCGCUUCGAGGAGCGGCCUUGCCCCGAGCGCUGCGAGCGCGCGCGCUGCCCGGAGCUGCCGGCCGAGUGCGCGGGCAGCGGCGAGUCUCUGGACUCGUGCGGCUGCUGCCCGGUUUGCGCCGCGCAGGAAGGCGAGCCGUGCGGGGGCCCUCCGGCCGGGGAGCCGUCGUGCGCCGAGGGGCUGCUGUGCGUGGUGUCGCCCGGCGGGCCCGGCGUGGCGGCCUCGGCCACCGUGCGCCGGCGGGCCAAGGGCGGCCGCUGCGUGUGCGCCAGCAGCGAGCCCGUGUGCGGCAACGACGGAAGGAGCUACGGCAACGUGUGCCAGCUGCGGGCGGCCAGCCGCCUCUCCGAGGGCCAGCGCCAGCCGGCCGUCAUCGCCAUCCAGCGGGGCGCCUGCGGGCAGGGUAAGCCUCCAGCGGGGGGAAAGGGCUCGGAGCGGGGAUGGAGGACCCCUUGCGCGCGCAGGGCGCUACAGCUGAGCUGGCGUCCCACGCUGGGCGCAUUUGUUUUUCUGGGCGCUCUGCGUAUGGUCAGGAGCUCUUACAAAACAGAACCCAACGGUUUCCCAAGGAUCAGGUCUUGUAUUGAAAUGAGAAAACAAUUCAGAUCUAUUAAUAAGGCAAUUAAUUAAUGAGGCAAUAAUAAGGCAAUCUAUUAAUAAAGCAAUCAAAUGAAGGUUGGAGCCAACUCCUGGCGGCUCUUCGACCCCCCAAUAAAAUAUUUGAGAGGCCUCCCCCCAAGUUUAGUAUUGCCAUUCAAAUGGUGGGUGCAGGAAGAAUGGACAAACUUUAACGAUUACUUAGCUAAAUUUGUUAAGUUAAACUAAUUGGAAAUAGCUUGCAGGCAAUAGAUUGGCUUAGGAAUUUAUAUAAGUUAAGUGACGUUUAACAUGUACAAUUUCGAACUGAAAAGAUAUAAGGAUGUUAAUGGACUAAGUUAAGUUUACAAAAAUUAUGAUUUGGAGAGCCGUUAUAAGGAUAUGCAUGGAAAUUCAACCAAGGGGAAGCGAAGAAGUCACUUAACAAUGUCAAUAAGUGUAAUUUUAAUAGGGAUAUGAUUUAUGUUUGUUUGUUUGUUUGUGUGUUUUGUUUGUGUAUAAUUUUGUGAAACUUAAUAAUUUUUUUUGAAAAAAACAAAAUAAAAAAACAAAUGGUGGGUGUGCACCGUGUUGUGAUUGAUUAUGUGGGGCGGGGCUUACCAGCCCCCACCCCAGUAUUUUAUUCAAGUUGGCACCCCUGCAGAAACGUAUGAACAUAAAAUAAAGGAAGAAGAAAAAUACCGAAGAGCGCCAGCAGGCUUUCCCCCUUGCAUUAGCUUUGCUCCUUUAAAAAUCAAUCAAGCCAUCAAAACCUCAGUUGGUUUCCUGCUCAGUCUGUGUGUGUGGGGGGGGGGGGGAGGCGCUUCUUGGGCUUCAGUUCUCCAGCAUCAGCAUCCACCUGUCUUGUGUCCUAUUUCUGGCCUCUAAUGGUGGUAGCACAAUAGAGAGAACUCUAAAGCAAAACCAUGGGGAUUACUGAUACGCAGAUGGCUAAGAAACCAAAUUCCCUGGUCAACACCUUGGAGAGUUCACAUUAUUCUCUCCCUCUUCUCCCUGCCCGUGUAAACAAUAGUUGUGAGCCGUAACACUGUGGAGAGGAGAAAGUGUGCUCGGAGAGACGUUUGCGUAUGGGUCGAUGUGGUCUGAUUUAGGAGACGGGGAGAGGUAGUUUGUGCUUGUGGGAAGAAGAUGGGGUAGGACUGGGUAGAAAGGUCAUGAACUGGAAACAGAGGCAGGGGAAACAUCUGGGCUUCAUGCUGAACAAAUAGAAGUGAGUGAGAUGAACCUGGAAAAGCCCAUUUUGGGUAGGCACACUGAGAAGUGAUGGGGAUGGAGGGUUUGUUUUUGUUCAUUGUUUUGCUGGAUUUUAGAGUGAGGGUGGGGAGUGUGAAAGAAGCCAAUGUUGCUCUAGAUUUUUGUUGCUUUUUUAAAAAAAGUAAACGAUCAGUAAUAUAGAUUUGAUUCUUCUCAUUUAAAAAUAGUACAAUAGCUACCUAUAAGCAUAUCCUCUAAUUCUAUUUUACAGUGGCCUACUAUGAAAUGUACUAAAUAUAAUGUUAUGAAGCAGUUGAGCAAGACAGCAUAGGGCGGGUCAGACUGUUUGUGAUGGUGUUACAUCCAUUGAUCAUAGUCCCUUGAAUAUUUAGAGCACAAUCCUAUAGAUUCAGAUGUCAGCCUGUUGCAGCCUUCAUCGUGGAUAAUGUCUCCAUAUCUCAAGGAGCUAGUUUUCUGUUACUCACACUUGAAAUCUGUCUUUUGCUUUAGGGUCAUUAAGGGCCAAAUUACAUAGCAGGUGAGUGCUUGCUUAACUCUUUCUACUUCGGCCAUUUCCCCGCCUUAACCUCCCCAUAUCAGCUGCUUUUCCCCUUGCAGGGCAAAAUAUACAAAUACUUAUAUGUUUCUUCUGUGCCUGAAAACCAUGCAAUUGUGAGUGGAAAAGCAGCCAAGAAGAAAGGGUUAAUCAGUCUCCUUUCCUCCAUUCAAAUUUCCAGAAUCUUCCAGUUACUUUUCAUAAAUAUCUAUAUUCAUAUUAAGAGACAGUUAUGCAUCGGCUGUGUAAUAUUUGGCUUGGCUUGACUCUAGCUAAAUAUUUUCAUUUGAAAGAAUAUUAUUGAAAAUCAACAAGAAUUAUGCCUUGACUAAUCUGCUACCUGCUGUCUGCUUAAGGCUGCACUCCCACACACAUUUACCUGGGAAUGAGUCCCACUGAAUACACUAGGUUUUGCUUCUCAAUCAACACAGGGUCUUUCUGUAAGGCUGCAGUCCUAGCACAAUUGGGAGUAAAGACCAGGCUAGAUGUGUGAUAAAUUUGUGGGCAAAAAAGGGUCUGCUAUUGUUUCAUUGUAGAGUGAUGUUGUUGAGGUGGAGUGAUUUAAAAUGAUCAAGUAUGAGGGGAGAACUCAAUCCUUCCCCCUGCUCACUAUCUAAAAUGGUGUUUUUUUAGCUGUUUUUCUCCCAGAAAUAGAGGUUGGUUCAUUAGGGCAAAUGGGUCACUGCCCUACAAACAUCUUGUCUCCCCUUCCUCAGCCCUCACCUGCUUGCCUUCUUAUUUACAGCCAGUCGGGGUGUGGUUCUGUCUGUCUCAGGGUCUGGCUUCCUGCCUUCUGCCCCAUCAGUCCCAACGAUUACUAACCAAUUACUAACCACCACUGUCUCCCAGUGAGGCUCCAUGAAGUGGAUAAAAUCCCUUUAAAAAGUGGCUUGGGGUGUAAAAGGAGGGGAUACAAGGAUUCAUCUCUGUCAGCCCUCCACCUGCACUUUAAAUCUUCUCCACCCAACCUGGUUUAAAGAGAAUUAGCAGGACCUGAGAUAAGUCCUACCACCACCCUGCCCGUUUGCAUCCUAUGUUCUGUACAGCUCAAUUUGUAGGUAAAUGGGCCUUGAGGAAUCUGGCUACAUGCAUGUUAUACAUUGAUAGCUAGUAACGGUGGAUCAUCUGGUAAUACAUGCAGUGAAAAGUUCAUUGGGCUGGCGACAGAAGUUUUAAAUCUGGGAUUCUAGAACUAAGCUAUGUGGUCUGGAAUGCACAUAGACAACUUGAGUAACUUUGAAGUACCUCCAUUUAUAAGAAUGUGACAGAAAGGUUAUAUAAACAUCUGGCAGACAUUGGGAUAGAAGGUACGGGAGCAAACACUUCAUUUGAAAAAGAAAAGCCUGAAACCACAUUUUAUUGAAGUAGAAUAAAUAGCUGCUUUGAUGUUGGGAUAUAUCUGUUCUUUACACAUUAAGCUUUAAGGAAUCUAUUUUCUUUCUAGAGUCCCCUUCCCCUAGUAUAUACAGAAACACACUUCAAGCAGCUGUUGAAGAAAAUCAAAAGUGGUUGCCAGAACCUUUAACCAUCCAUCCAUUUCUACAUUGCAGUUUUUCAUGUUUACAUACUGUUUUUUAAGUCCUUAGACUAUUUUACACAUUUCAUAUAUGAAAAUAAUAUGGGAACUUACUUUAUAUGAAACCAUCCCCCACAACAAAUGUAGCUGGAAGGCUUAGUCUAAACUUCUGUGAAGAGCUUUAUGACUAGGUGCCCUUGAGUCAAGUGGCAUCAUGGAAAAUAUAAUUAGAUGUGCAAAGUAAGCAGCAACAGUGGGAUGAAUGGUUGCUGAAUGGUUGCCAUAAGCCUAUGGACCACUUCUUGGCAAUACUAAAACCCAUCUCAUCAGAAUCUGCACAUUAUUUGUUAGUUUGAUAUGGUGCAUUUUGUUCGAGGGUAGACAAAAUAAAGUUCACAAUGUCAUUUUUAUUAAAGUGUAUAGAGUAAUCAAGCUGAUCAGUGCUGAGAACCAGCAGGGAGAUCCAGCAUGUUUUUUUGGUCAGGGGAGAUUUGAGCCCAAAUCCUGCUCAGCUAAACUUAUGAUUGAGCAGAGGUGCAUAUGAUUCCACUUUCAUGCAAGUUACUGUUAUGUAGCCUAAUCUACUUCACAAGACAGUUGCAUGCAGAAGGUUGUAGGUUCAAGCCUUGGCUUCCCCAAACCCUGGAGAGCUGCUGCCAGCCAGUGUAGACAGUACUGGCCUAGAAGGACCCAAGGGUCUGGCACAGUAUAAGUCAGCUUCCUGUUGUUGCAAAGCUGUAUUCUGUGUAGGAACAAAGAAGGCUUCACUGCAGUACUGUUUAAGUGAUUAGGGUUCAGGAUUAGGUUGUGUGAUAACACAACUCUUUCAUGCUCAGCUGGUAUAUAAAUUUACCGUACAUGUGUGGGUUAAACCACAGAGCCUAGGACUUGCCGAUCAGAAGGUCGGCGGUUCGAAUCCCCGCGACGGGGUGAGCUGUUGCUCGGUCCCAGCUCCUGCCAACCUAGCAGUUCGAAAGUACGUUAGUGCAAGUAGAUAAAUAGGUACCGCUCCGGCGGGAAGGUAAACGGCGUUUCCGUGUGCUGCUCUGGUUUGCCAGAAGCAGCUUAGUCAUGCUGGCCACAUGACCCAGAAGCUGUACGCCGGCUCCCUCGGCCAAUAAAACGAGAUGAGCGCCACAACCCCAGAGUCGGUCACGACUGGACCUAAUGGUCAGGAGUCCCUUUACCUUUACUUUAUAGCCCUUUGAGUAUGGUGGGACUUAGAAUCAUAGAAUUAUAGAGUUGGAAGGGACCACGUGGGUUAUCUGGUCCAACCCCCUGCCAUGCAAGAAUUUUUUGCCCAAGGUGGGGCUCAGAACCAUGACACUGAGAUUAAGAGUCUCAUGCUUAACUGACAGAGCUAUGCUCUACUGACUGAGCUUUGCUAUGUAAGCAUCAAUAGAACUGAGCUAUCCGUGACCUAAAGAGCCUUCCAGCAUUUUGACGGAUGAGGCUGGCCUGACCUUGUGUUAUAAAUUGCUGUUGAAGGCUAUAUGCCAGCUAGAACAUGGUUUGGCUUUCCAAAAGAUUAGUCAUGUAUUAUUGAUUCAAAUGAUUGUGGUCCUGAGGUUGUCUGAUUAAAAAAGAAAAGAAAAAAGUUUCAGAAUGGAUGCAGCUGCAACUUUUAAAAUAUAUUGCCUUCACCUCUUCAGUCCAUGGUUAAAACAAUUUAUUUCAUAACUAAAUAUAAAAUAAACUCCUGUGAUGCUGCUCUUCAGGAACAAGCAAAACAAAAUAUUUUUUGUACAACUUUUAACUGUUCAGGAAGUUUUCUUUUGUAUCCUUAUUAAAAAUGGCAGUGCGCGUUUGUAUCUUGUUUUGUUUAAAAUUUGUAUUGUAACCAAUUGGGGAUAAUUUGAAUUCCGUUCAUUGUAAUUAGCAGUGUGAUCUCAAAGUCUGUCUUUAAAAAAUGUUCGCUUUAAGCAUCACAGCAGUACAGCUGUCUUGUCCCCACCAAGUUUUAACAUUCCUAGUUGCUGAAGGAAAGUUUGCAGAGCAUUCCUAAUUCCUGAUCUAUGCUGCUGCAGGGGGUUUGGGUAUGGUGGAUAUUUCCCUUCUGCCCAGCUCUACUUGAUCCUGCCAGCAGAAGGUGACAGGCAUAAGGCCCUGAAAUGAGGCAGAGAGGACAAAGGGUGUGCUGGUCUGGGUCCUAACCUGGACAAGCAGACAGAGGGAUGUGAUUUGGGUCUCUGUGCUGCACUAAAGCAGGUCCUCAGUUACAGAGGGGGUUGUGUCACUCCAUUCAAGCACACAACUUCCAGGCUGGGAGUUAGGAUUGCCCUUAAAACUUGCUUUUCUAUCCCAGAAGGCUAUGAGUGGAAGAUGUAAAAUCAAAAUGGAAAAAAGUUCAUUACUUCCAUUCAGUACAAACCCAUGCUUGUUAAGUGUGUGCCUAUGACUCACACAUCAGUACUUGAAAAACAUAUAUUGCUUUCAACAGCAAUAGAGAAAGCAAUGCACAAUCAAUACAUUAGCAAACACAAGAAUCUAAUAAAACAGCAACAAUCAUAGUAGCCAGCGGAAAAACCACUAACCUCGAAUUCCUCAGUAGUCUUAUAAAAAAGUACAUGAACCAGAAACUUAAAUGGAUGCUCUGAAGCCUACUAAUACAUGUAUAUCUUCACAAACUCUCCAGAACCCUACAAGGAUUUAUAAAAGGAUAAUGAUUCAAAUGUCUGCUAAACAGGACUCCCUUGUGGAAGCUUCAACUUGUCCUCCUGAGAAGAUAUGAACAGAUUUUAACAAAGAUACAAACUUAGAUCAUUCGGUCCCUCUAAGGAUCCAUCCCCUUACAGAUAAAAGGAUUUCCAUCUCUCAUGCACAUCAAACUAUACACAUGGGUUUAUCUGUCCCUUUGAUCAUUUAGCCUGGCCUUUUCUGAACAGUAGAGGCUCAGAGAAGUUUUUCUUCUUCCAUUUCCUCUAUAGUCCCCUGAAAAUCUGCUCCUGUGGGCUGGGGGACACUUGGAAGUGGGGGUUGGCAAAAAAAAAAUGCCCUCUCAUGUGAACAGAGGAGCAACUUGGGAUCUGAGCCCAAAAACUUACUCUGUUGACUUCUGCUAAUAGUGCAAAUUUCAGACAUUUUCAGAAUUCUUCAGACACUGGCUGAUUUUCCCCCCUCUCAGCAGCUCUGACAUCAUUUAAUUGACAAAGUUGGACAGAGCACUAUUUAAAUGUUGCCACCUGUCUAGUUUUUGACCUGAUUACCCAGUUCCUAGGCUUGUCUGGUUUUUAGACAUCUCUUUGUUUCCCCCCCCCCCCACUACUUUCCCCCUCUUGACUGUAAUGUGUGUGCUAUGAAUAUGAGCUACUUAGGAGGUUGUUUUUUUUGGAGAAGCAGUGUAUAUGCCUGCAUUUCCUCCGGCUGGGGCUUUGUCUGGAUGUCAGUCGGAACAAAAGAGAGGGACUGGAAAAGCAGGUCUCAUCCCUGAUGCAGCAAAAGCAACUUUUGGGUACUGGGUUUGAUCUUUUUUAUAGCAACUUAUAAAGGAUGCUUGAAUGGCCUCAAUAAACAAUCCAUUGUAUAAUUCUGGGUAUUUUAUUUCAUAUCACUUUCUCAGGGAGUACACUGUUUCCCUUUUUACAAAAUGAGGUUCUUAAUUAAAAUAAGUUUCGAUGUAAUUCCCAGGAUUAACAUUGUUUGCUCCUUUUUCAAAAGCAUAGCAAUGAGUUGCAGUGCACAGUUCUUUCCUCCCUCCGUUCCCUCCUUUUUCGCAAGCGCUUAAUUGGACCGAGAGAUUGAAGUUCUCCUUUGCCCCCACCGAAUCACUGCUUCAUAGGCAGGGCUAUGAAUGUUGUGUGCUCUGCUAUUGCUCCUCGAGUGCUUUUGCCUGUCUGGAAUGUAUCCUUGCACUGUAACAAUGGCUCUUGCUUGCCUUAAGGGAGAGUUGUGCGUGCUUAGAAACCCAAUGCUUUGGCAUUGCUGGCAUGUAGCCUCCUGUCAGAUCCAUUGCCUCACCCACCUUUGCCUCUUGUCUGACCCACUGGCAUGUAACCUCACCCUCCAGGCUGGAGAAGGUCCGCCAUCAUCACUCUAUUUGUUCUGCUGACUGAUGAAGCUCCAGCCGAAUGGCCCAGCCACCUGUUUUGUGGGGAGAAAUGUGUUCCUCAAAAGGGGUUUUUUUGGGGGGGGUGUUGUGUUCUUUGUGCGGCUGGUCUGCUUGCCCAUGCUUAAUAAUCAGCCUGUCUACAGAUACUUGAAAAAACAAAUGUUUAAAACUCCAUAUUCAGAUUUGUUGUAGCUGCAAAACACUUGCCUGAAAAUAGGUCGUCUUUUUCUGAAUGCAGCUUGAGAUAUGGCAAGGCUCCAGUGGAAGAAUGCUAAGAAUUGCUAUAGACAUACCCUCGUUGUAUGAACUUGGUCUGCUGAUGGAAUAAUCAAGACAGCAUUUUCCUGGAGAUUGCAAAUGAGGGAGGAGGUAUGCUAGAUAUGUUGGAUCUAAUACAAGCAAAAUUUUGUAUGAUAGAACCAGUGCCUUGACUUUUGCUCAGGCAAGUUCAGAAAAAGCUACUGAAGUUUCAGAGCGUAUCUUGGUUGAGAGGCAAACUCCAUGAACUACACAAGCUGCAGCCCUGAACCUGCCGUGCUGGGGGAAUGUUUGCUAUAAUGACGUUUUACUAAUGCAAAAGAUAACUAUUUGCAAAUACAGUGCUAAAGUAAAACAUAAUUGCUCCUUAUGUACAAUAGAUGCCCCAAUCUAUCCAUAGUAGCCUGCCUGUAGAAACAGGUUCUAUAUGCGACCUGCUUCAGAAGAGGUUCAGGAGGCCACGGGACAAGGAAAGUGUGUUUUUGUUCAGCAUCCUGCAAUGGACUGGUGGUCCAUUGGUCAACUUUUUUUUUUUAAUACCCAAUUGCUCCAUCAAAAAUGUUUGCAAGUUGUAAGAUACAAAGAUUCCACAUGUUACUGUCACAUCUCCCUUUCUUGGAUUUGUAACCACACAUAAACAUAUUUAUAUUUAACACAUUAUGCCUAAGGCUCUAACUACACAUGCCAUUUAUUUUAUAAUUGCUCUUGAAUGCACGUUCCUCUGCUCAAACAACAACAACAACAAUAAACAACAACAUUGCUACCAUGGAACCCACUCUUCUGAAUUGAGGCCCUAGCAUGGAAAGGGUGGGGAGUAGGGAGAUUUUAACCAUUUGCAAUCAUCCAAAUCUGGGUCAUGUCCCUUCUGCCUUCCAUUGACAUAGGAAAUAAGCUCCCAUUAAAACAGGAGAUUUGAAGCAAAUCGCUACCAUGGAAGCCAAUGGGCCUCAUUAGGACCAUAGUGGGGGACAAAGGGCUAAAGCCCUAUUGUCACCUAAUCCAGAUUGGGCACUUCAUGCUGAUAGGGGCUUUUUGGGGUGUGUGUGAAGGGCUUGUACUUUGGGGUAAACUACAAAGUAAAGUAUCUUUUUUUGUAAUACUUUUUUACCCAUUUUCAAUUACAGUCCAAUAAUAGCCUCAUUUAUAACAAUAUAAAUUUAUAAUACAAUUAUUAAUACCAAUCAUUCAAAUACCAGUAAAUACCAGUACUGUUGUCACCAUUUUCUCUCUCAGCCUGGAAAGAAAAGUGGUCUAUCAAACUGCGGAUGACUCAGUAAAGAACCUUAGUUCCUUGGUAGCUCACAGUCUCCUUUCAUCCUUGCUUCCAGCUGAAGAUAUAUGAGCAAAUAUACUUCCAAUUAAAUUAAAUUCCAAGUCCUCUUAGCGUUAUUCAGUUCACUUUGUAGAUAAUAAAGGAUGGGGAAGAACCAGCUCUAAGUUUCCAUCUAAACCUUCCGGGGUGGCGCCUCCGGAAAAUGGCGGAAUUCCCUUCGGACUGAAGGGAACCCGCUGCACGGAGGCUUGGGUCCUGCCGCUACGGCGCAGCGGGGACCCUCAAAACCACAGGCGGAAGAAGCCUGUGGACGUGGGACUCGGCGGGCACCGAGAGCGCUCUCUCCUUGUACAGGAGCCCGGUAACGGGCUCCGGAGUGGGAGGUGCGUGGUGCUGUGAGUCGACUGCUUCCUCCGUGCAGCAAAGCCGCACUGCCGUUAUCGGAGAGCGCUGCCUUUUUCCUGGACAAUUUGGCAUCUAAAACAUCUAUCCGUGAGUACCUGAUCUUGGAAGAGUUGAACUACUUUUAAGACUGGUGAAUAAACAAAUAAUAUUGGACUUGAAAUUGAACUUAAUUGGGACUCGGAACGAAGGUCUAAACAGGAAGUCAGCCUUCCGUUCUUUUGUUACGUGAAGAAAGCAAAGACAAAAUAUACUAAAGCUUGAAAAUUAAAUUCUGAGAGAACUAGAAUUCAACAUCUAAGAUUUCUGAACCCCCCCCCUUUGACUGCAGGAGAAGAAGGGGGUUGUAUUUGGACUUUUCAAUCCUGCGGAAGUGAGUUUAAAAUAAAGCAAUUUUCCACCGCCCUGAACCAGGAGCGGGCUGUCAGAAUUGACGUUUUGAAGUUUAUCCAGCUCGACAGUUAGUUAAAAGAAGGGUAACAUUUUGAUUCUACUGUUGCCUCUUGAAUUUGGAAGGGGGAAUUUUGGAUAAAGUGUUUCUGGAAAAAGAAAGAUUGUUGCUGUUGCUUUUAUUCCUUUUAAAAAAAAAUUUCCAUCUAGUGGAAUUCAGUGAAAUUGCAACGCAGAGAGUUUAAAAGAGAAGGACUAUUGGACUAUUGUCGUGGGAAAGAAUUUUCUUUGACCUUGAAGGACAAUGCUAGUACAAAGGCUUGAACAAUUGUUCCUGGAAGGUUUUUCAAAACUAAGUGCCCAGCUGGACCAGAUGCGUCAGGAGACGACCUUGAUGAUGGAAGUUACCAGAGCACAGCAGCAAACAAAUGAAAUUCAGUUAAAGGCUAUACAAGCAUAUGAACCUGCUGUAGUGACGGAGGCUUCAGAGAUGGAGGGACCUUUGGACGGGCAAGAUCAGCCUUUGAACUUGACAAAUGAACUUGGGACAAAUCAGAUUCGGAAAGAUGAAAUGUGGUCAGAUUUGGAAAUGGGGGGAUGGAUCGACCCCCCUCUAUAUGGUUAUUUGGACCUUCCGAGUCUAGUGAUAGGCUAUCAGAGGAUUGGAGUAGCCGAAGUCUCCAAGCUUUGUGGAAAUUUGAAGUGGUAUUAUCUGCUGUCUAGCUUGGGCAAUGGGUUUGGGAUGGACUUGCUGCAAAGAGUCAAAAGCAUUUUCUUGCUGGAGUAUCCACGACUGGAAGGGAAUCAUCAACAAGAGUGGCGAAAGGGGCAAGAAAGAGACUUGAGGGCCUCGGAUACGAGACAACCAGGUUAAGGAGCCGGAUUAUUGAGGUUAAAAGGACUGACAAUCCCGGGUCCAGGGGAGGGAGGUUGGAAGCUGACUGGACUGAAUUUGACUUAUUAUUUUUUCUUUUUUAUUUUUAAUAUUGGGAAUGUUUAUAAAUGUUUGAAGGAUGUUGAAUGAAAUUACAUGGCUUAAGUAAGGAUUGGUAAAUGAUUCGUAAAAGGUAAUGAUGUAAGAAUUUGGUAAAUAUUGAAUAUAAGCUAUGAGUUUUAAAGUUUUUAUAUGACAAGAGGGAAAAUAGAAUAAGGAAACGUAAUGACAGAUUGUUAUGAAAAAACAGAAAGGAUUUGCUGUAAAAAUUAAAAAUUAAGAAACAAGAGAGGGGAGGAGGAGGAAGUCUAGAAAGGAAGUAAAUAGAGAUUGUAAAGGACUUUAUAUUUUUGUUUUUCUGUUUUUCUUUUUUUUCUUUGCGGCUGGGUUUUCUUUUCUUUUUUGUUUAUGUACUAUUUUUGUUUUUUGUAUUUUCAAAAUUUUUUGGAAAUUUUUGUUGUUAUUCUUUGAAAACGUAAUAAAUAUCAAUUAUAAAAAAAAAAACAACAACUAAGUUUCCAUCUAAACCUUUUGCAAAAUAGAGCUUCCCUCCUUUUUUCCUUUUUUUUUACACACAGAGUUUUGUUUGAUGUUAUAUUCCAUAUUUAUAAUCCAAUUUCUUCCAUCCUCACUUGUACAAAUAUAAUUUGAACCAAGAUUUAGAGGAGGGCUGCUGAAUCAUAAAUGUAGAGAAGAAAACAUUAAAUUAAGAAACAGUAACCUCCCCUCCCCCACCAUCUUUUGCACCUAAUGAAGUCUUACCUCAAGUUCAAACCUUGAAGUCCUUGCAGUUGGUUUGUUCCGCAGUUUGUGAUCUCAUCUCUUCUAGCACACGGCUGUACUUUAGUCCAAUUAAGCUCUAAUUAACCGGAGAAUCUCUGCUUCUUAAUGGUGGCAUUGGAAGGUUUUUAGCAAGUGAAGUGCUUUCACAUUCAGUGCCCCCCCCCCACAUUCCAUGACGGAGCAAGAGCCAGGUACUGAGACAAACUGAGUGAAAUCGUUCUCCCCGUCCCUGGAGGGAAUGUGCAAGGAUGAUUGUUACCCUGAAUCAUCCUUGUUUUUCCUUCGCCAAUGAUCUCCCACUGUCAUGGGGGCUGCCUCCAUUAAGGCAGAGCAGAACUGGAAGCCACAAAGUAAAGUAUCUUGUGUGCUUUGGCCUUGCGUGUACAUCCACCAUAGCUGCAGAGUGCUUGCUGCUAGAUCGUGCCAAUUUUAUUAUGAGGUUGACUUUCCCAGUCCUUGGACUACUGCCUGGGGAAUAGAGUGAACUUCUGAGACCACAGUAGUUGCCCAUUCUUGGUCUAGAUGAUUAAUUGUAGUAUGAAGUUCUCUGUCUCUCGAUGUGGCCCUUAGGCUGAACUCCCCCCCUCCCUCAAGUUCUGGCAUGCCAAAGAAAAGCAAAGAAAUUACAAAGCAAAACACUGAUGAGCAUCUGAUGAACACUUUCAGCACAUGCUAACUUUCUCAUGUAUAUGUGUGCAGCAUCCCAUUGAAAAAAGUGAAGCAAGUAAGCUAAAGCCAACUCUGGCCUUGCUACUUUCUACCCGUGCACAAAUCAGAUGAAGGUGCAUUCAUAUUGAUUUCUAAAUUUAGAGCAAGCCUUGGGAGUGAGUGGACAAUUCAUUAAUUCAGGUGCAGACUUUUAAAACGUUUUUUUGAUUGAAAACUUGAUUAUCCUUUCUGUUACACAAACGUUGCUGAAUUAUUACCAAAAGCUUAUUAUGCCAGAUUUAGGAGAAACACAUGGCUGGAAGUAGACUUUCAAUGUGCUUGCUGAAUUCCAGGAAUAAGAUGUUGUAAAUGGGAUCUUGGAUUUCAAACAUGUAUCCAGAUAAAUUUGUAGCUAGUUGUGAAACAAACAUAAAAUGAUUAAACUCCUAGGCACUCAUUUUAGUUUGCUUUGAAAUUUGACUAAGAUUUACAAAGCUUCAGCGCUGUGUAGGAGCUGUCUUUUCCAUCUGUCUGUUAGUAUUUUAGGUUUUUUGUUUUGGUCUUGUAGGCUAUUUUGUAUUUAUUUAUUGAGACAUUUCAUGGAGACAGCUGGCUCUUUGUGCCUACAGCAAUGAUCUCUGGUGUACUGAAUAUUAACACUCAUCAAACAUUCUCUUUCACUAGAACAUCCUCCUAAAUGGAAUAGCUGCAUCCUGUUUUCCAAAAGCAAAAUGUCAAAAAUUUACAUAAAGCCCAAAUGUGGGUGCACAUUUUUGUUAUCACAUUGAGUCCCAUUUUCCUUUGAUCAUUUUAUUUCCCUUCAGCAUUGUUUCCUGGCCAUCAAAGUAGAAGUAAUUAUGAAAGUCCCAUGUUUUAUCUAUUAUGUUAUUAAUUUAAUUGGCAAAAUGAGUAAGAAUUUACCUUUCAAAUCAAAGCAGGUAAAUAUAGAUAGAAAGUAGGUCAUGGAUAAAGAGUUGGUCACAUUGGCUUGGUUCAGACCAACCACCAGACCACAGUUUAGUGCUAUAUGAAUGUGCCUCAAACUCCCACAUCCCUUCAACUCACAUGCUGUGAUUGCUUUCCUUACCACUUGUUUACAAACCAUAGUUUGUCAUUACAUGUGAACCAAGCAAACCAUGGUUUGGCAACAUACAGGAGAGAGUUGGAUUCACACUGCACAAGAAGAAGAGUAUCUAUGUGAGGGUGAGGCUGGUUCAUGUCCUGCUGAGCUACGGUUUGGUGUUAAAUCUGAACUGAACUAGCAUCCUCUUAAAAUCCUGAUAGUUCAGUUUUAUUAACAAAACAUAAUUUAUAUUUUAAGACAUAUUUAAUCUUGGCUAAGGGAUGCGGGUGGCGCUGUGGGUUAAACCACUGAGCCUCUUGGGCUUGCCGAUCAGAAGGUUGGCGGUUUGAAUCCCCGCAACGGAGUGAGCUCCCAUUGCUCGGUCCCUGCUCCUGCCAGCCUAGCAGUUUGAAAGCACGAAGUGCAAAUAGAUAAAUAGGUACCGCUCUGGCGGGAAGGUAAACGGCAUUUCCGUGUGCUGCUCUGGUUCGCCAGAAGCAGCUUAGUCAUGCUGACCACAUGACCCGGAAGCUGUACACCGGCUCCCUUGGCAAGAUGAGUGCCGCAACCCCAGAGUCAUCCGCGACUGGACCUAAUGGUCAGGGGUCCCUUUACCUAAUGUGAGUUGCUCAUGCAGGCAACCCAAGGGAGUCCUUACUACAGGCUAUGAAAUAGGUUGAGCCAGUGCUGAUGGUCCACAGCCUGACUGGUGAGGGACAGGAUGCAGAACUGUGCACUUCAUUACUCCACCCUUAAGUGAGAAUCCCCAAUUAAGCAGACUAAGGGAUAAGUUGCCACGUUAACAAAGGCUAAUGCUAAUCAGGAUUUGCUCUUAGUUAAGCUUUCUUUUAACUGAGGUUUGACGCAAGUUCAGAAUCCUACUUAAGAGAAAAAACCUAGCAAGUGUUAACUGUGGCUAACAUUAAUGGCAACAAAUAACUCUUAAGGAUGCAUAAUGCCAGUGGGUAGAAUUAGUGGUAUAAAGGGGAAUCCUGUGGUUGGUGUAUCAUCCCUUAAACACCAUUAAAGAUGGACCGAAUUAUGUCUGCAGGAGCUGAUAUGAUAUUAAUUUUCAAGUUUUCUCACUUUUCACCUAAGUUACUCUAUUUGAGACAGGGUCUGUGAUGAGCCUAGUUCUGUCUGUUUCAUUAUCCCCAAUGCAUAUCUUGCCUUCUUAGAAAUCAUUUCCAGCAUUGUUCCAUAUAUUGUAUCUGCGGCUCCUGAGCAGAACCUUUGUAAGGCAGACCCUUUAAUGCUGGAGUUCAUUUGCUAUAGAAAUGCCCAGAUCCCCAUUUUUCAUCAGCUACUGAGUAUCUGUCAUUCCUGGGUUAUUUUAGUCAUUUGGCACUGUUCUCCUUGGUUUAUUUCCCUUCCUGUCUCGUCAGAAAGCUUUCUUCCUCAUUGAUUUUGAAGAUCAAUAAAUGCUUCUCAAAUAUUUCCACUGAUGUAACUUCCAGACAGCUUUGAUGGAGCAAAUGCAAAAUGCAGUAAAUAAUGUUAGGAAGCCCACUGGUAAUAUUUGGUAAUUUUAAGGGUAGCUUCUUUUGCAGCUUGCCAAGUUUUAAUUAAACUUCAUGCCAGCCAUCUUUGAUGGAAUAUUACAACCAUUUCAAAAGUAGGGUUGAGAAAUUGUGGUUAAAUACUAUUCACCAUGACUAUUGCAGCUGAGAAUAGAACCGUUAAGUCACGAAUUGUCAACACCUACUUUAAGCAGUACACUCACUUUUCUUUACCAAGAAAUGUUCUAUUUCCCUGCUUUUCUUGCCGAUGUUUUGUAGCAGCUGGUACCACUAUAGUUGUGAAGAUGUUCGGCUGAUUCAUACACCACUGACUGUGGUUUACAAUUUAGUAGGGAAAAUACUUCCUGUUUAGAGCCAAGCUAUUCCUGCAUGAAGGAACAAACAUGACUGCAUUCUUUAUUUUUUAUUUAAAAAAAUAAUUAAAAGGGUCUAGCCUAGCCAGGAACUGGACUAAGAACUGUGAAUCCCAGGUUCAAAUCUUAACUCAGAGCUGUUUCAUCCAUUACAAUUUCCAACAUGGAAUUGUAGUGUAGGAAAAAAGUAUGUACAUUUUCACAUUUGAAGGGCAAUGAGUUUUUCUGCUGAGACACACCAGAUGGGCAGGCAACACUGAAAAUAAACUUUAGCCACACUUAAAAUAGCUUUAUGCUGUCAUAUUUUUCCUCCUUCCACCCCAUCCCUAUUUUGUUUUGUGCCAUGUAUUUAAAAGCAGGGUCUAUCUUGUUGUUGUUGUUGUUAUUAUUAUUGAUCUGCAAACUACUGGGGGGGGGUCUCUUUUGGCUGAGAAGUAGAGCAAAAAUGCUACAAACAAACAAACAAACAAACAAACAAACAAACCACUCACACUGAAUGCAUUUAUCCUAUGUAGAGGUCAAAGAAGUGCCCAUUCAUUAGUUAUCCAGAGCUUUUGUUUUCAUAUAGCAGAUGUUAAGCAAGACAUUAGAAAUAAAGGCUGUGUUCAUGGAAACAGACACAAAUACUAUUUUCUGUAGUGGUUGUUCAGGACUAAGCAGCCUUAUUAUUUACAAAUAAUGAAGAGUGCAUCCUCUUGUGUUUUACAAUGUUACAUAAGGUUUUCUUAUGUGCCUGUCAAUCUGGUUUCAAUUCACAUGUCCUGGCAGAUAAAGCAGAGCCCGGGAGAAGCACUGCAGAUUUGGGAUUGUAACUAAAAUUAUUAAAUGGUUUAUUGAUUUACAAUAGAAAACAGAAAAAGAAAUAUGUGAAUUGACCAUAUAAGAACAUAAAUGGACAUCCAUCAAAGCUCUGCAAGAGGGAUGGCCUAUCUGUGAUCCUCCAGAUAUUGAAUUGCAUCUCCCAUCAGACCCAGCUAACAAUGCCAUGGUCAAUGAUGCAGUGCAGCAACACCUGGGGCCAUAGCCUAGCACCCUAGCAUCCCUGCUGUAUAGUGUAAACAAAGCAGUACAAUAUCACUAGAAUCAUCAUCAUCAAGGCUAUGCAGUGUGAAUAACAGCAUAACCAUAGGAGAAUUCACAAACCAUCUAUAAUUUGCAUAAGAAUAAGUAGCAAAGCUACCAGUAAAGAAAUCUGAAUAAGAAUAAAACGAGGACCUAUUUGUCUCUCCAGCCCAUUUCAGUUUCAGCACUGUUUUACCACUGCUCCCUCAAGAGCAGUGGUCCUUGUGUUGUAGCAAGCUUCUCUACACAUGGAAAAGUAAGCUGUUUGAGGCUAGCCAAGUGUAACUUUAAAAAAUCCAAGUUAAACAGCUUGACUAACAGUGCUGCUGCUACUUAGGAAAAGGUUGGGGUGAACACGUGUCUUCUGCAAGAUCUAUUACAGAGAACAUUCCUUUUAUUAUGCAUGGAGAAUUCAAACUAUUACUUCCAUAAAUUUAUUGCUUAAAUAUAAUUUUUAUGGAUUGGUAACACUGUUAAACAGCUUCUGUACAUACAUUAUUUGAAACAUGAAUGAUUAUGUCCAAUCAGCUUUCCCUACAGUUCUCUCUGUUCCUGGUGAAAUAUCCUAUGUUGCAUUUAAAUAAUUGCUCCUGUUUUCCCAAACACUAUAAUUACUUCUUUCUUUCACAUACCUUACCCAAACUGUGAACUUGCAUCUGAAAUGUAACCGUUAUGAAGUAAUAUGUUAAAAAAUAAGGACUAAAAGAGAAAAGGAGUGCCAAGGUUAGCUUUUCCUUUCCGGGGGGUGGGGGUGGGAGGAAAUCCCUGGCAUUGCUUUCAUACUGAAGUCAUACAUAACUUUGGUUUCUGUGCAGAAAACGAGGUAUGCUCUGACUUCAUGAACAAACUGGUGCUGAUCCUAUAAUACUGUUCUUUCUCAUUGUCUUUUAAACUUUUUCUUUAAGGUUUAUGGAGACCAGAAUAUUAAGUAAAAUUUAACUAGCUCUCUUCCAUGGGGCUGUGGACUUUCUGCUUUUCAGAAGCUAUCCAUGUUGCCACACAGAAAUCUAUUGACCCUCUAUGCACAUCACCAUAAACCAAGGUUGCCAACUUUUCUGGGCCUGCGGGCACAUUUGCAAACUGAACAAACUGCUGUGGAUGCCACAGACAUACCACACCCUAGCACAUACCACAACUUAUUCUAUUAGCUACAGCAGAAUGUUUUUUCAUGCCUCCUUUCUAUUUUCAGCAGGGGGAGGGGACCUUCAGGCACUAGGGAAGGCCUCUAUAGAUCCCUGCCACAAACCAGACACAAUGGCUAAGACCCAGACUAAGUACUCACUGGUUUCAAUGGGAACUAAAUUAAGUCUUAAAGACGUCAUUUGUCCCAGUGACUUCAGUGGGGCCUAUGCACAACAAAUUUAGUCUGCGUUGUGUCUGGAAAAGUACUCUGGAGUAAGAGUGAAGCCUAGAUGUUCUCACCAUCUGUAACACAUGCAAAUAAAUAUAUAUAUUUUCUACAAAUUUUUUUUGUGAUGAACAAGGAACUUGCUGUUGAUGGAAACCAAAACCUGAAUAUAAAGACUAUAGUCUUAAUCUUUAACUUUGAAUAAUGCAGUAGUGAGUACUUUUGGUGGCUAGGUCUGUUGAGUGUUUUUGGCAUUGCAUUUCUCUUAUUCAAGGCCUGUUGGUGCACAUGCAGUUCCAACCCACUUUCAACUUAUGUGUAGGAUGGAAUAUGCUUAAAAGGCUCUUACCCAUGUGCUGGGCAGUGAGUGUAAAAUCAAGAGCUGUGGUAGUGGCCAGGCGGCUGAUCUAUCAGUCAGUAGGUUCUGGUUCAAAUGGGGCCUUUGUCAUUAACAUACUAGAUAAGCCACUCUCUUGUCAGCUUAGGCUCCUCUCCCAUUUUACAUAUGAGAUAAUAAUGGCCAGUCUUACAAUUUGUUGUAAAAGUUAUAUUGUAUCAGUAUUAUUUAUUAUUAUGUGCAUCCCAGCACUGCCACAAUUUGAGAUGUUUCUGAAGGAUAGCCUUCAGGACAACAACUCUAGCAAAGUGUCUCUAGCAAAAUAUUAGCAUAAUGUCCAUGGAAGCUAAUGCCAUGGUAAAUCUCUUCAUCACUAAAGAGCUUUAAGAUUCACCUGAAAUGUGUGCAUGUAUAUGUAACAGAGACUGAAGGUGUACAUUGGCAGGAUCUUGCAAAUUAAACUAGGGCAAGCUAAGAUGACCCAAUCUCACUGCUCAGAAGACAUCCAAUGAGAUCUUUGCUGAGGCUUGGUGAGUCCUGCUUAAUUUUAGUCUGGGAACACUAAAACAGAUGGACAGAAAUGCUGUGGACUAAAAUGUAAAGAAAAAAAAACAUGAUAAAAGAUGAAUGGCUAUGGACAACUGGUAAACUGUGCUCCUGUGCAUUUGCUACUUUUUAUUUCUCUCUUCUUCCUGCCAUGAUUCUGGACUGACAAAGAGCAAGGAUGGGGACUGGGAGAAUGGUGUGCAACAGAAACAUCUUUUCCCAUGCUGAGAGAUACUCUGAGGAAAGCUCUGUCCCCUGAGAAAAUAGCUUGAAAAAUUGUGAGGUUCUUUCAUUUGUUUUCAGCGAGGAACUUGAGAAUGUGUUUCUUAACUGCUCACAGAGUUCCAUUAUGAAAGUCCUAGCAAUCUGUGUAUGUAGAAGGCAAGAUGUUUUCCAUUAGAUCAGUUUCUCUCCCCCACAACAUCUGUUGCAAAAUUGUGUUAUACAAUUCAAAUGGUUUGCGCAAGAAUAACGUAAGAUACACAAGAAAAGCCCUUCUGGAUCUAACCAAAGGUACAUCUAGCCCCAGCAUCCUGUUUCUAACAGUGGAUAGCCAGAUGCUUUUCGGGUAGCUUGGAAGCAAGGCAUGAAAGCAGCAGCCCAGCCCUGUCCACUCCACCCCAAGAAACAAUGCUGCACACCUUUAUUUAAUAUUCAUGAUCGUAGCUGUUGAUAGGCCUGUCUGCAAAUUUGUCUCUUAGACAACUCUUAAACAUCUUACCAUUUUUAUCUUCUAGAAGAGAAUUCCAUAAGUUAAGCAUGUGUUGUUUGAAGAAGUCUUUUUUAAAAAUCCUUUAUUGAAUAUACUGCUAAUCGGUUUCACUAGAUAACCCUGAGAUGUAGUAUUAAGACAGAUGGAGGGCAAAACCCCCUUUUCCAACCACUUUAUCCACAGGCGGAUAUAAUUUUAUAAAUCUUUUAUUACCUGUUGAAUUAGCCUUUCCUCUGAGGAAAGAUACUCCAAAUCCUGAUCUUACUGGUUGCCCUCUUCUCCAGCUUUAUGGUAUACACUUUGAGGUGGGUUCAGUAGAACUGUACAGAGUAUUCUAAUGUGGCAUUAUUAUGUAUAUUAGCUGUCUUAUUUUCACCUCUUUCCUAAUAAUCCCUAACAUGGAACUUGCCUUUUUCACUGUCAAUGCAUACUCAAAGUUGACAAGUUAUUAAGCUGUUCAGCAUGACCAAGAGCGCUUUCCUGGACAGUCCCCAUCAAUUCAGACCCAUAAACCUAUAGAAGAAGUGAAAUUUUUUUUUCAUCUUUGUGGUUCAUUUUACACAUCUCUUCAAUCUCCAGUAAUCCCUGUACAUAUUUGUUAUCAAGCAGUCCAACUUGUCUGGGUUUUCUGUUUUGCUUCUUAUUAUGCGUUUGAGCCCCACGUUGGGCAAAGCAUACCCGCAUUGCAGGGAUUGGACUAGGUGACCCUUGUGCUUGAAUGUGAAUUUGGACUUGGAGAAAAACAGACAGAAAGUGUAGGCUUGACCCUGCUGAAAUGUAACAUUGAUGUGGCUGCAAACUUUGUUCUUUGGGGAUCUCUGCAAGUUAUAGGCACACCCUAGAUUCCAGUAUGCUCUGUGUUUAUAUUUUGUAGGUAUUGCAAAGGCACCAUAAGUUUCACCAUAUGGGAUAGACUCCGUAAAGAAGCUACCCUUUGAACCUCCUACUGUUUGGGAAAGCUGGUCGGGGGCUGCUGUCUUCAUAGCAAUAUCAUGCCUAUAUAUCUAAUUAAGGAAAUUUAAAGACAACUGGUUCAGUUGUUAUCUUUAAAUUUACUUUGCCCAGUAUACAAUGUGUGGAUGAAUUAAUAGUUGAACUACUUAGUGUAAUGACUGCCCAGACCAUGAUUUAAACUUAUGUGACACUUCAGAGAGUUAAGUAAAUGCUGGGAGAUCUGGUUCCCCACCUGUUCUCCCCACCCCCGUCACUUAAAUGAAUUAUGAAAUGAUGGUUUGUCAUUUCUAACCAUAGCUAGUUAUCUCUUGCCUGCUGUUACUUAGAAAUCCCAUGGUUUUUGUUCCACUGCAGUUGCCAUUUCUUAAAAUAAUACGGGAAAGGAAUUUUCAUGGAGCACAGCAGUCAGCUCUGCCUCUCCUUCCAAGGAGAAUGUUUACAUUCAUGUUGCAAAUAGAUAAAAACUGGAUAGAUCUAAGAAAGGGAUACUUGUUUAUAGAACUCUCAUCUUGUAUGUUGUGCUAAAGUUUCGUUUGCUGCAAAAAGACAGAAACACUAUUUGAUUAUAAAUAGUGUUUCUGUCUCUCCUUUUUUGCAGUAAAUGUAACUUUAAAACAACAUACAAGAUGAGAGUUCUAUAAACAAUUGUCAAAGCAAUUGUAUUUCCUUUAGGAUGUGGUGGCUUAAUUGUUCUGGUGCAGCAUCACUGUUGCAUGCCACCCCAAUCUCCAAGCAGUACAGGAUUCCAGGGGUUCCAGGCACUUACUCAGGGUUCAGUUUCUUUGGAAUGAGGGACAGUGGAGACCAUGGUGUCUUUAUGAUAUCUGGUUUAUUUGUACAUAUAUACAACCUGAACCUACAAUGGUUAAUGCUCACAGCUUUAACAACCGCAGAAGGUCUUGUUUCUCCCAUAGUUACAGCCUUGGAUUUAAGCAGAAAUCAAGCAUGGCAUUCAUUCUCUGGCUUCUGUCUGCUUCUAGCAGCUCACACACAGAGCUUUGGCUAUGACUUUCUUAGUAUUCAGGGGAGGGGGGAGAGAGGAGGGGCCCCACUCAUUUCCCCUCUAGCACAGAGCAGUUUCCUUUGUCAGACUAACUACCCAUACCUGGCCCUUGCCUGGCUAAUUCAACAAUGGGAUAUACCAUUAGAUUUUAACCCUUGCUAGAUCUAAGAAUUAGAAGGGAUUCAUACAGACUAACCUACCCCACAACUCACAACAGGACUUUGAUGAAUUGAAGCCUGUAACUAGCACUGACACCUUAUACCUGUGUAGUCUUUUCUUAAAGUGUUUCAUUUGGGGGUGGGGUUUCAGUUUAUGGGAUUAUGGCUCAUGCCCCAGCUAGAAAAAUUACUGUUGGUUUUUGGAUCAAUAAUUUAGGUCCAGGGAAAAUCUAUUGCUAAAUAUUUUGGCAAUCUAUUGUGGAAGUAUUCCUAGAAAUGAGACACAUCUGUCAGUUAUAAGUAAAACAGAGCAGAAUCAUGAAGAGUGGUGGCCAGAAGGAUCUGGGCCAUCAGUAGCAGCUUAUGGGAGGCAGGAAAGUUAAUUGAAUUGAGCUUGAGUUAUAAAAUGCAAUUGUUAGGGCCCUUGGGAGGUCUGGCUAAUGUGUGGUUUUAUGUCCGGGUCCUGUAAAUGUUGCUUUACUGAAGUGAACAUAGAAUGCUAUUAUGGGUCAUUCUCAUAAUAACCACUCCCUAGAGGUGAGUGUACCUAACCCUGUUCCUAGCAGGACACCUGGCACAAUGCAGAUUUCUACCCAGAGGUCUCAUUUGUGCUGCAGUUUGCAAGCAGGUAGGAAACAGCAGCAGGUGGGAGUGCCAAUGUUUCUUACUUUCUUCAUACUCUGGACAAAGGAGAGAGGAUGCUUAAUCUCUUUCAAGCCCUCUGUGCAUGCCAGAGUGACCAACGGAAGGGCUCAUUGUUGUCACAAAUAGUGACUGGCUAGUAAGCCAAACCAAUGUUUGUUAACUCAUGAAGCUAAUUAUACAUAAUUUUAGCAGUGUGUUAAUUAUAUUUUGUUAGAGUAACUGAGAGGAGCCUCUGCUGAAACUGUGAUGCUAGUAUAUUAGAUGAUAUAAGUAGUUCUUACCUGACAUUUGUGAGAGGAGUACAUAAUAGAGGUGAGAUAAGUGGCACAGUUGUGCACGGCUCUGCUAUGUAGGUGAGGAUGUUUAUGAUAUGGUGAUAUGUGAAAAUGCCCUGCCUUGUGGCAGCCUCAGAGGUGUGGUGACUCAUUUGAUAAAUAUGGGGAUGCUAAAACUGACUAAUCUUCUUUGUAAUAUAAUGAGAAUCAGUGCUUUUAUUGGAGCAAGUUCCCCCCACCCUCACAAUUCUAUUAAUUAAAAAUAAGCUCAAUAACAGUCUUGUUGUGAGCUCUUAGACUAUUUUUUUUAAAGAAAUGUUUUUCAUAGAUAUCAACUCUGUUUUUAAUAUGAGUAUUUUGCAACUCUUUAUUGCUGACAUUGAUGAAUUAUGACAAGUGUUUUAUUUUUCAUUCCUCAGGCCAGGAAGAUCCGAAUAGUUUGCGGCACAAAUACAACUUUAUUGCAGAUGUGGUGGAGAAGAUAGCACCGGCUGUGGUUCACAUUGAAUUGUUUCGCAAGUAAACAAGAAAUCCAAGUUUUAUGAUUUAACUGGAGACUUUGUGGGUUUUGUGUGUUGUUGUGAAAAACACUGAUGCUAUAUUUUAAUGUUGUUAUGAAUAUAACAUUAUGUGUAAUGUACAAAUAGUAUAGCAUACUAUUAUUUUCUUAGUGACCAGCUUUUUUAAAAAAAUUAAUGCAUUAAUAUAUGUGUUGUGAGAGUCCUUUAUGUCUCAUAUUCUAAGGUAUCUUAAAACCAAAUGUAUCAUAAUAGUGUGUAAUGGUCAUAGAAGCAGAUUGUCUUUGCUAUCUUCAGAAACUGCUUUGCUUCUUGAUCUUGAAAUUCCAUGUCUUUUAGACUGCCUUUUUCAAAGAGGGAAGUUCCUGUUGCCAGUGGCUCAGGUUUUAUUGUUUCCGAAGAUGGACUGAUAGUUACAAAUGCCCAUGUGGUUACCAACAAGAACAGAGUGAAAGUGGAACUGAAGAAUGGUGAAACACGAGAAGCUAAAAUUAAAGAUAUUGACGAGAAAGCAGAUAUUGCACUAAUAAAAAUUGACACUACGGUAAGUUGAUUAUGAGCACGGGAUUAUUUAUGCAUCUGCUAUUUCAUUGAUAUUGAUAUAUUCUUACAUGAAAAAAAACUAGAUUUAUAGCAAACAAUGGACUUGGAAAGAAGUAUGAAUAUAUUUACAUGCCAAAUAUAUAGUUGAAUCAAGUUUAAAUAGAACUUUCAACCAUAUCAAGAUACUUAGGAUGUCAGUAUAGCAACGGAUUCAAUACAUUUGAUUUGUAGUCAUUUUAAAAUUCACCUCCUGGGAGAGUGAUGCAGUAUCAGUCAUCAAAAGGGUCUAAAACUUUUUAGGGCUGCAAACUGGAAAAGUUGUUCAGCAAGACUAAAAAAUAAAGCACUGCAUUUUUUUAAAAUCCCCAUUUCAUAUGAUUCUGCAAGCAUGCAAGAGCAACUUAGCCAUAGUAUGAGGAGCUGAUAUAAAUGCCAGAACCAGUUAUUUGAAUCAUAGAAUUGUAAAGUUGGAAGGGACCCUGAGGGUCAUCUAGUCCAACCCCGUGCAAUGCAGGAAUCUCAGCAAGCAGUCCUCAACCAGUUUGAGACCAUUCUGGACCCUGAUUAGCUUUGCCAAGUGUGCUAGAAGAUUUAUUGCUGCACCAUUACCUAUUAUUACCCAUCUAGAAAGAGAGACAAUGAUUGGCUGUGAUAGAAAUACACAGAGUUGACAUUGAUUCAGUAUUGCCAUGCACACGUUGACAUACAGUCACGUGUUUCUACAGCCGUGCUUGGACCUGCUGCUUGUGUGCAAAGGCUGCACAUGAGCAGAAUAGGAAUGAGCAUGCUAAGCUCUGCCCCCAUGUCACCAUGCCUGCUGCCCACAACAGGGGGCAAAGUCUGAAGCAGGGAUAAUAAUAAUAAUAAUAAUAAUAAUAAUAAUAAUAAUAAUACUUUAUUAUUUAUACCCCGCCAUCUGGCUGGGUUUCCCCAGCCGCUCUGGGCAUCCAACAAAAUAUUAAAAUACAGUGGUCUGUUAAACAUUAAAAGCUUCCCUAAAUAGGGCUGCCUUCAGAUGUCUUCUAAAAGUCUGGUAGUUGUUCUUCUCUUUGACAUCUGGUGGGAGGGCAUUCCACAGGGCGGGUGCCACUACCGAGAAGGCCCUCUGCCUGGUUCCCUGUAACUUGGCUUCUCGCUGUGAGGGAACUUCCAGAAGGCCCUCGGAGCUGGACCUCAGUGUCCGGGCAGAACGAUGGGAGUGAAGACCCUCCUUCAGGUAUACUGGGCUGAGGCCAUUUAGGACUUUAAAGGUCAGCACCAACACUUUGACUUGUGCUUGGAAACGUACUGGGAACCAAUGUAGAUCUUUCAAGACCGGUGUUAUGUUCUAUAUAAUGUACUGAGUCCUCACUCUACCUUCCAAGUUGCAGAGAGCAGACAAAGGGGCAGAGGUUAGUGAGCUCAUCCCCACUCCUGCAAACAUAUGUGCAGCCCACCAGAAAAGGGCUCAUGCAUUUUCAAUAUCUACUUCCAAAGUCUUCUACCCUUUGACAUGCAGUGCUCUGAAUAAAGAAUGCCGAGAUGCUAUCUAGGGCUGAUGAGACGAUGAGUGAUGCAGUCCAACGAUAUGCGGUGGGCUCGCCUAGCACCACGGCUGGACCUUUCCUGUGUUUGGAUCUGAAUAUACUCCUACCACGCACUCUUCAAGCCCACAUACAAACAAGCGCUUCUAGCGCACUGUCAGUAUGGCUGGCAAAUUAUUUUUGCGGCGUCAAAACAGGCUGUUAAUUCUGCAUGGCUGCCUUCUUAACAUGGGGUCACCCUGGGGCAAAAGGUACUUGCCUUUUCCAGGGCGAUGCUUCCUCCCGUUCAUGAGUGCUACAGAGUCCAGCUGGGAGCACAGGCUGUUACUGUGCAGAUGUGCCCUAAUUCAGUACUGCGGCCUUGGAAGGGGAAAGCACAAUUAAGACAUAACUCAAGUUCUUUGGAAAACAUCUCCUGGCAUGUGUUUGAUUUCUGUCCGAAAACGUAGCAAGAAUAAUGUUUGUUUAUGCCCUAGAGUGCACUCUGGUUUUCAUGUGGUGAGCUUGCUUUGCCACUGUAUUCAUGCUAUUUCAAAACCUCCCUUUAAUGCACUGCAGGUGUGUGUGUGUGUGUGUGUGUGUGUGUGUGUGUGUGUGUUGCGUUAUACAAUUUGGCAUAUUUAAAGGGACAAAUGCUGUUUCGUUUUCCAUUGCUAAGUGCUCUGGGAAAAUUAAAACACACACACACAAUACUUUAUUCAGUAUUUCAAACCCUAUUGGGGCUAUUGAUCCAGCAGUUACUAAACUGCUCAGUCAUUAUCACGUGGCUCCAUCCUACUGCCUAGAUGCCUUUUUUCUUUUUUACUGUGCUGCAUAAAUGUUUUACUUAAAUAUGCAAAGAGAACCUCAUGGGGGGAAGCAUAGCUUUGAAGUGAUGUACAGAGUGUUUGGGAUGCUAUCUUUGCUCUUUUUAUGUAUUAUUAAGGCUUUUUAUGCCUGUAGAACAGGCAGUGUCAGAGCAUAUAUCUAUGAUAAAAAGCUGUACACAUAUUUAAAAAUAUUAGCUCAUUUCAGAUAGCCGUGAUCAGCAUAGGUAAUGGGGAUUAUCCCCCCACGACUUUUUAGGGAUCUGGAAUGCUGAUUCAGUGCAAUUGAGAGUUAGCAGAAAGAGUGAAAUAAAUAUUUUUUAGUUUACAUUUCCCCAGAGGUUAGGGAAGGAGGAGUUAAGAACGUGUUAUAUCUACGUAGAGCAGUGUUUCCCAACCUUGGGUCUCCAGCUGUUUUUGGACUACAACUCCCAUCAUCCCUAGCUAGCAAGACCAGUGGUCAGGGAUGAUGGGAACUGUCGUCUGGAGACCCAAGGUUGGGAAAGACUGACGUAGAGAAUACAAUGGGUGGAGCUUCCUUAGUUUACAGUGGUGGACACUGUUGCAAGUUGGAGUUUUGGCAAGGAUUAACAGAGGAAGUAAGCAGAUGGACAUACACAGUAGCUGAGUUCAGCAAUUUCCUUCUAAGCAUUGUUUCCUGGAUUAUUUUAUGUAUUGUUUCAGGAAAGGAUGAAAUGCUCCUGUGAAAUGCUGUUCAGUUACAGUAUUUUAGCUAAUGCAAAGAGGCAGGGCAAUCCAAAGGGGGCAGAGGAAGGAAAAUCUGAAGCAGAGAAUCUUCCAAAGCUAAAGCCCUGCUAGAUUUAUUCUGUGAACCGCCCUGAGACCUCUGGGUAUAGGGCGGUAUAUAAAUUCAAUAAAUAAUAAUAAUAAUAGAUUUAGCACUGGCAGAGCAGAAGGUGGAAGAUCAGCUUUUCUACCAACUUUCCAUGCUUUUUUACUCUUAUUUUAAAAAAAGCUUUGGUCCCAAUGGAAAGCAAAGUAAGUAAGUGUGUUGGCCUUAGGGACUGUGUACUCCCCAACCCCCUAAUCCAUGGGUAGGCAAACUAAGGCCUGGGGGCCAGAUCCGGUCCAAUCGCCUUCUCAAUCCGGCCCACAGACAGUCUGGGAAUCAGUGUGUUUUUACAUGAGUAGAAUGUGUCCUUUUAUUUAAAAUGCAUCUCUGGGUUAUUUGUGGGGAAUAGGAAUUCGUUCAUCCCCCCCAAAAGAAAUAUAGUCUGGCCCCCCACAAGAUCUGAGGGACCCCCUGCUGAAAAAGUUUGCUGACCCCUGUGCCAAAACACAUCCUCCAAAGCACCAGAGGAGGAGGGAUAGCGGUGGAGGUUUCUGCAACUGCAACAAGGAUGCUCCUUCCACAGAGAAGCAGAUUCACAAAACCUUGUGGCCCCAGGACCUUAGGACUGCAUGCUAGGAAGUUGUAUAUAGUCAUAUCACACAUAACUAAAAUCUACGUAGUUUCAAAACAAGUAAUUUUAUAUGGCUUUCUGAGAACAUUUCAGCUUCUCUGCAUUACAUGCAGCCUAUUAAACUUCAUUUUGUUCACUAUAUGCUGCAUUCUUCAGUUAGUUUAUUAAUUCAAUUAGUUUAUUCCUACUAAGAGGAAUAUGUUUAACAAAGAUUCUUACUGGGAAUGUUAGACAAGUGCUCUUCUAAGUAUAAGCAUUAGACAAUUGACUAAUGAGGUAAAAACUUACCUGCAGUCACUUCCCUGCUAUUUUGCCACUUACGCUUUAAAUAAAUAAAUAAAUAAAUAAAUGCUUAAUUUGUAUAGCACAUGGGCUUAUUUAUCAUUUAAUUUGAUAGUAAUAUUUAAUGCAUUUAAAAAUGAUUGUUGACUGUAUGAUUCUUUUAACUGUAUUUCUGAAGCAGAAGGGAAUAUUUCCUCCUUUGGCCGGAUAAUGCAAAUAUGAGUACUAAAUUCUGUCAUGGGAUAUGGAAUGUCUGCGGUAAAAAAAAAGCACAAGGUGACUUACUCUAAAGAUUCCACACCACUGACAUUUCUAAAACUGCUGUGUUCUUUCAUUCCCAAGCAUGCAAUUUUCCUUUAAGUGAUGGACUUCUGCCUUAGGACAGACUGCUUUUCUAAACAGGAAAAGAAAUUAAAUAAAGUAUUGAGUUACAGGCACCAGUAGAAUGAACUGGUUUGCACUCACUAACCCAUUUUUCCACGGAAAAGAAUUUAGCACAAAUGAGAAACAGAUCUGUUGGGAUGUCCCCCUUCAGUUUCCAUAAGGUUGUGCUGACCAAAUGGAGAUACAUAGUAAUAUGGGAUAAUUUGAAGACAUCUUGAAGAGUGAAGGUUCUUUAUUAACUUUAUUCUCUAGGGAGGGAAGUAAAAAAUUAUUUCUGGAAAACUAACACAAGGGAAGCCCAAGAAAAGGAAGGGAGCUGUGAAAGUGAAACCAUUAGUUGUCUUGUAGUGAGUUAGUCAACUGGUCCAUCUAGCUUCAAAUCAUUUUUUGAUUCUCUCUGACCAAAUAAGUCAGUCUCUCUGUCUCUGUCUCCCUCCCUCUCUCUCUCUCUCUCUGUCUCUCUCUCUCUCUCUCUCUCUCUCUCUCUCUCUCUCUCACACACACACACACACACACACACACACCAACCAAACACAUAUUCUAACAGGCAGUGCAAAUAGGACUUAAUGGAACUAAAACCAAAGGGUUAAUAAAGUUUUUCUGUUCCUUUAGCAAAAAUAAACUAGACAAAAAAAACAACAACCCCUAUCAUGAAUGCAGGUCACAUAUUGUGAUUACAUGAUGACUGGUUGAAUGCCAAAACAAAUGGAACUGAACAGACCUCCCACAUGGAAGUUUCCAUAGAAGAAAGCAUAGAGUUGGAGUGUUCACCUUAGAAGCCAAUAAGUCCUCAUAGAUCACUCUUCUCCUUUCCUGAACAGUGAGUGGUUCUCCCUAGACAUUUUAUUAAUCACUUGGGCAGCUUGACUAUACAAAACACGGCAACUUGGACUUAGAAACGUUGCCUCUCUUAGCUCCAAAACAAGUUCCUGAACGUCUUACCAAUUAGUUGUCUGAAUAACACAGUCCUGGUAAUUGGGAUGGAUGCAGGAAAUGCAUCUCUUUCCUAUUUAGAAGUUGCCAGAAAUGUGCAGAGCUCUAAAAUUACUCUCAAGGGUCAUAGAGAGGAUACUGGUGGACACUGCUUAUGUUUGACUUCUCUGAUUUGAAGAAGAAAUCCAACUGAGCAAACAAUCAUGUUCAUUUCCAGUGCUUAUGAAGUCUCUAUUAGACCAGUGGUAGGGAAUCUGUGGCAUUCCAGAUAUUGCUGAACUAAAACUCCCAUCGUAUUUGUCUAUUAGCCUUGCCAACUGAUGAGGGUCAAAGACCAACAUCAUCAUCCCUAGCUAAUAGGACCAGUGGCCAGGGAUAAUGGGAAUUGUAGUCCCAAAACAUCUGGAGGGCCAAGUUUGGCCAUGCCUGAUCUAGAGAGUCACAAGUUCCCCUUAUCUGUUGUAGAUGAAUAAUCUCACCCACUUUGAAAAUGCAGCUAACUAGAUUGAUACUGGGACAAUAGGUGCAUUCAGACUUAGUGAUAAAUUCUAGUUCAUAAGUAUGGGAAUGAACCAAUGUGAGCAUCAGGACUCAUAUACUUCCCUCUUCAGCACAGUUGCAAGAUCAGAAGCAAUGGUCCCAUUUUUCACUAAGCACCAUUUAUGUCUGAACAAACUGUGCUUAACCUUAACUGUGGUUUACUGAAACAAAUUAACUUUGUAUUUAUGAAGCUGGCUUGUUUCAAUAACCAUAGCUAACAUUAACCACCGUUUAGGGUUCAAAACAGAAGUGAACAUUUUGGUUCACUUCCUUGUAGUUUCAUCAAAGGAGAUGUGGGAGUGCAUGAGUCCAACGCUUGUCUAGGCUCAUUCCCUUAAUAACUAUAGUUUCUUGUGAUGUCUGAAAGCAACCAUAAAUCAUAUAAUGUUUCCUAUUAACUCAAAGUGUUCUGAACUAACCUUUGAAGUAAGGAGGCCUGGUUACUGAAAGGAGGAUGGUUUGACUAUUAAUUUGCAAAAAUGAUUGUGUGUGGCAUGAUCUAGUGUCUGCUGCAAUAUGGUGUAGAAUCAGCCUUCCUCAACCUGUACCCUCCAGAUAUUUUGGUGUGCAGUUUCCAUCUGCCAGACUCAGUAUGGCCAGAGAUGAAAGGAGCUGUUGCCCAAAACAUGUGGAGGACACCAGGUUGGUGGAGAAUAGUGCAGAUGCUUCUGUGCCAGGAGACCUAAUUACCUCCCUACCUGGCAGUCUUUUUUGCCAUUUCACUGUUUGAGGUUUGCUUUUAGGGAGGUCUUAGUCUUCUGAUGUGUUUUGAAACUAGCUAGUGACUUUUGCCACAAUUUACUAAUAGAAAAAUUACCAUCCGAGCAUGUGAAAUAGCUUUUAGAGCCUUUUUUGUUUUUGUUUUAAAAAAUCUGCCUCCAUUAGAUCUCCUAAAACCACCAAGAGGUAAACUUAUGAGAAGAAACUUUUUUGAGGUCCAGUUAUAUGUUUUAGGGUCAAGAUCACUUCCACAUGUUUUGUAAGAGGUACCUCUGAAACGCAACCAGUUUGUUUUCCAGAACUGUUGGCCAUUAACAUAAACACACACAGCUUGCUUUGCUGCUUUCCACACAGGCUGUGUACACAGAAAAAUAGCCAAACCCCCCUCUGGCCACACAAAUACAGUAACUGCAGUGCUACAGAGGGGAAGAGAAACCACAUGAAUGGAUCAGACAAAUAGAAGGGAAAGCAGUGGGUGAGAGGGAAAUCAGGAGGGCAAAAGUUCGCAUUCACUUCCUACUGCCGAAGCAGGUAGGCCUCAAGCAGUGUUGGUGCCCUAGAAUCAAGUUCAUCACCUGGGUUGGGUUUGGUUGGGGUCAGAGAAAGCCUGCAACUUGUUUUAGAGCACCAGGCCUCCAAAGACUCAAAAGGGUUGAUUGUGUCAACAGUAAUGAGGCAGACACUGAUACUGGAUUAAACUAUUGUCACAACUUUUAUUGUAUACAGCAGCAACAACAAAAGUUACUAGGACUAGCUAAAUUAUUGGGGGUGGGGGCCUCAGUUGUGACUCUUUGCACCUGAUGACUGGUUUGGCUGUCCAUUCCUGCCCCUUAAUUACCAAGACAGGAGUUUGACUAAUAUAAUAAAGCAUGCAAUGAAAAUCCAGUAAUUACCCCACUAACUACUCAAAAAGUCACUCAAGGGAAGGUGAAGACCAUGCACGUCUUUGUCCAAUUGGCAUGGUGUCCAAAAAAUUGUUCCUGGCUCCUCUAGAGAGUGACCCUCAGAUGACUGAGGUAACUUUAAUUCAGUUGUGACCUGCCAGAUUUUGCUAAACUGCAACUCCCAUCAUCCCCAGCAAGCAUGGCCUAUAGCAAAUGGGAGUUCUAGUUCAACAAUCUCUGGCAGGACAAAGGUCCCUCACAUGGGCCUUAAAUAAAGGGAAGCAACUCAACUCUUGGCCCUGGCCUGACAUUCAUUUGUGUCUCCUGUCUUUGGCUGCCACUAAAUCUGCUUGACACAUCUGCUCGUCUGUCUCUGAAUUUUCUUCUUGCCCCAUUUGCUUCACUAAAAUGAAAAGGGAUAAUAAGUUGUGCAUUUUCCCAGUUGUUCAGGAGCAGCUGGUAGGUGUGAGUUCUUGCAUGCAUCACCCUCACUUUCCAGUUUAUUGAAAACAGGAAUGUAAAUCCUUGUAUGAAAUCCAUUGCAUCCUCUUCAUAGCACUGGCUCAGUAAGAUGGUUCCAGUUACAGAAUUUUAAAAAUUAUGCAGACUGUGUUAGGCAUUAAAUAGCUCCCCACAUCACCAGAACACCGGACAAAGAAUCCCAGUGUUUUUUGUGUGUGUGUACACACACCCACACACCGUAUUUUUCCGUCUAUAAGAUGCCCCCAUGUAUAAGACGACCCUUAUUUUUGGGGACUCCGAUGGGGGGAGAUGGCCCCCGUGUAUAAGACGCCCCCAAAUUUUGUACAUUCUUUUUUAGCUGUGAAAUAGAAAUACCAUAUUUCCCAGGUCUCUGCAUCGCAAGGUGCCCAUACGUCUGUUGUCUUUGUGAAUUUGUCAUCUUGCAUGUGUGCAUCACAUUCCUCUUUUCCUCUUCACUACUGUCCUUUCAUCUCCUUGAGAUUUGCUUACCACAUUCAUCCAUAAAUUUGUUCUCAAUAUCACAUAAUGGAUUUGAUAUCCUGCUGAUGCUGUGCUUCACCUCUUCUGCUUCUAUUAAAAAAUAAUUGAUACUUAUUUCUCUUACGCGUUUUGAGUGUACAAAUCAAUGUUUCAUUCGGUGAGUCAUACUUUGGCAACACAGUGUAAAGUAAUCUUACUUUUUUGUAUAGGAUUUCUUCGCUGGUCUGAUCUGUUAGACCGUGUGAAUGCAUUGCAGGCUUGUGAAUAUACUGACUUUGGAAAGUAUAUUGUUUUUCUUGGCAUCUUUUAAAGGAAUAAAAUAAGCAUUCCUGACUUAAUAUAGUAAGGGCUGUCUGAGUUUUGGCAGCACUUCUGCUAAUAGAUUGCUGCCAUUUAGUUCAGGCAUUUCCCAGGGUUGCUGCUGCUACAUGUUUUGCAAUUCACUGUCAGCUCAGUGUAUGAAUUAUUCUUUUUGGGAGUGGGGAUGGGGUUGAGGAAUCAAUAUUAUUCUUUAAGAAAAAUCAGAUUUAUAGAGUUCUGCUCUCUUGUAUUCUUGUUUAUGAAUUUUCUGUAAACUUUCAAGCUGCAAGGCAAAUAAAAAUUAAAGCCACUUUUAGUUCCUCACUACAGUGGUACCUCGGGUUAAGUACUUAAUUCGUUCUGGAGGUCCGUUCUUAACCUGAAACUGUUCUUAACCUGAAGCACCACUUUAGCUAAUGGGACCUCCUGCUGCCCCCGCGCCGCCGGAGCACGAUUUCUGUUCUCAUCCUGAAGCAAAGUUCUUAACGUGAAGCACUAUUUCUGGGUUAGCAAAGUCUGUAACCUGAAGCGUAUGUAACCUGAAGCGUAUGUAACCUGAGGUACCACUGGGUAGACAUCAGUUUUACUGCAAUUAUUUCAGGAGCGGACCCUAUUUCAGUUUUCUUCACAAGCAUCCACAGUAAAGUAUUAACUUCUUACAACCAAACUGGCAACAUUAAUAUGGGGGGGGGGGGUUGCAAUGCUUUCCCGGCCCAUGUUCCUGGGAGUUAUUUGUGUUUCAGAGGAAGUCCCCAUAGGCACCAAAAGGAAUUGAAGUUGCACCUAGUUUGGCUUUUAAAUUGUUGAAGAUAGUUCCCAUUCACAAAUGUACCUUACUUGAUUCUGAUCUCCACAUGCAACCAAAUGAAGUUGCAGAAUCCCAUUGUGAUAAAUAAACUGCAUUUCUUCCUUGUACCUCCUGCAAGUAAAAUAACUAGCACAUAAGGGGAAAAGAUUCUACCCCAGCAUACUUCUUGCUGUGCUAGUUUUCUCAUCAAAGUCAGUGAUGUGGCAGAAUUCUAAAUUGGAGGUUGGGAGAUUAGUACUAGAUUUUAGAGUCUGCCUUGACCUAUAUUAGAUUGAAUUGGAUCCCUUUGAAGCUGAUGUAAGUGAAAUCUUUUUUACAUUGCACUAUUGCCUGACCUAUUGGGACACGGGUGGCGCUGUGGGUUAAACCACUGAGCCUAGGACUUGCUGAUCAGAAGGUUGGCGGUUUGAAUCUCCGCCAACGGUGAGCUCCCGUUGCUUGGUCCCUGCUCCUGCCAACCUAGCAGUUCGAAAGCACGUCAAAGUGCAAGUAGAUAAAUAGGUACUGCUUUGGCAGAAAGGUAAACGGUGUUUCCGUGCACUGCUCUGGUUCGCCAGAAGCGGCUUAGUCAUGCUGGCCACAUGACCAGGAAGCUGUACGCCGGCUCCCUCAGCUAAUAAAGCGAGAUGAGCGCCGCAACCCCAGAGUUGGCCACGACUGGACCUAAUGGUCAGGGGUCCCUUUACCUUACCUUUAUUGCCUGACCACAUUUCCAAAUGCACUGUGGAUGCCCCGAUCACUAUCCUGCUAUGCAGUAAACAUAAAAUCCUGCACUUACCAUAAUUGAGUGUUGCUGUCCAGGCUGCUGGAAAUCUAACCUUGCAAUUACUUCUCUUCCUGCACAGUAUUAGGUGGAAAGCAUUGUUUAGCUUACAUUCUUGCCACAAUGAGAAGUGAUGGCUGGCUUAGGUCCCUGAAUGCUUCUCUUGUCCCAAAUACAUUUGCACUGGGAGAAAUGUGAUGGUAUCUGUGCCCACAAUUGCUGGGUGCAAAGCUUUUGAGACCAACUAUUUUAACAUCAGCCUUGACUUUCAGAAUUUGAAAUAAUACGUCCUGGGUCUAUGUUUUAUGAACAUUACAUGAGGCCACACGAUAAUAGGAUGAUUAAAGGAAGGAAGGAAGGAGGGGGCGCACAGAAAGGAGAGAAACAAUGACUGUGGUUUGCUCUGGGCUACAUAGUUAAGUCAGUGACUCAGCAUGCGGAGGGAGGGAGGGCACUUGGAAAGAUUUAAAUCUAGGCAUGUCCAGGCUUCUUUCAUUUACUCAUUAUAUGCUGCUGGAAGGCAUUUAAUUAGCUCCUCUGCUUUAAUAACUCUUUGCUACCCUGUCCCUGAAUAUUGUAAAAAGAUAAAUUAAAAAGCAAAUCAUAAUUGAAGCUUCCAAAAUACUGGGCCUUCCCUGCAAAAAAUUAUUCUAUUCCAUAUACAGGAGAGAGAGUAAUACUGUUUUUAAAAAUGUAUGCAUUGAACAGCUUUCCUUUAUUUCAUUUAGGCAGUGGUGAGGCUGGGAUCUGUCUCUGUUGUACUCUAUAAAACACCAUGCACACCUGGUGGUCCUGCUUAAAUUAAUGGAUUAAAUAAAUAACUUCAGAUUAAGUUCCUUCUUUGAAAUUGGUGUUUAUCAGUUGUCAACAAACUGACUCGUAUUAGACUUUUAAAAGCACUGUGAUAUUUUGCCUUUGUUUUAGCUUCAGCUCGUUUUAGUCACCCUUCCUUUGUCAUUCAGAAUUUAUAGAUGCUGUUAAUUCUUUUUACGAGGUGGGAGCAUUCCUUUGACAUGUUUUACUGUAGAUUGCUUUCUAAAAUGCUAACCACUCUUUGAGUUGAUCCAGCAAGCAAGAAACAUUUAUGACUUGCAGUAGGAUUUUGGAUACACAGCCUAUGCUGGAUUAGGACCUGCAUUGGCAAAAGGAUUCUGUUCACAUGGUUUCUGGUACAAGGAUCAUGUAUACAGAAUUUGGCACUGAACCGGUAACCGUGUGUGCAGAACAAAAUGUAUUAAGUCAUGUCUGCCAAUAGCUGCAGCAGUUAUUACCUUUGCAAACCAUUCCCCCUUUUCCCAUCUUUCCCAAACAAGUGGUAGCUGCUAGUCCUAUUAAUUGCUUAGGCAGUUAGACAUGAAUGAAAAGCCCACUGCUGUGCAUGCAUAUCUCUGGGUAGCACAAUAUCACUCUAAUUUGCUUAACACAACACAGAGUUUUCAUCCUAAUCUGAAUUUUUUAGGCCCUUUUGGCCUUUUGGGUUUUUUUUAAUCCAUUCCCAUUCUAAGAGCCUUUACAAAGGUAAGGCUUAAAUUACACCACUCUGUGCUGUUUAUGCAAAUGUGUUCCUGGUUAUUGUUCAUGGAAGAGGCACUUGUAAUGCAAAUGAGCAUUUUCCCCAUGUAGCACUCCAGAUGUCACAAUAUUUGUGCUCUUUGACUUAACUUUAGAGUUCAACAGGAUCUCCAAAAAAGAAAAAGGGAAGGCCGCUUUUACAUAAAUUGAUGAUGAUUGCCAUGUUGAGGAAUAAGAGGAAACUGACAAAUGAGCGUCUCACACAUGUUCAUUUGAGGAUUUCUGCCUUAAAAUGCCUUAAACAAAAGAUACAGAACUUGGUCUCUUCUGGAAACUCUCUGUACAUGACACAUUCUGCUUUGCAAAACUGUGUUUUAUAACAUCUGCUGAGGAAGGGAGUUUUGCAGCUGAUUUUGUUUUAACCCCAGAAAGAGAAGGCUAACUCUUUCCAGAAGGCAUGUUGAAUCCCACAGAUGAUCUUGAGCCAAGUCAUACAGUACUUGACUUUGAACUAGUGUUUCACCAAUAUUGGCCCAGGCUUGAAGACUCAGCACAACUGCAAAUAAUUGCAUUACUCACCAACUAUUUAUUAUAUAGCUCGUUUUCUUGCCAAAAAUAACCCGAAGCUAUGAAAAUAUGUGUCUGUCUCUCAGGAGAUCUAUUACACUUAUCAGGGUUUGAUCUGAUAGAUGAAUCGCUUUAGACAGAUCAUAGAAAACAUUUUGUUUCAGGAUUCCCACCCCCCACUCCUCUCUUCUCUCUGCCUCAACAUAAUAUUUCCCUGCUUUAGAAGUUUUGUGGAGAUUAACAAUAAGUGCUAUGCUUAGGGUGUUCCAGUUAAGGGUGAACUGGCCUAUAAAUAAUGCUAAUUUAUAUCUCUAAAGGGAUGGACAUAUUCUUUUGUGAAAGAUGUCUUCAAGAAAUACAUUAGUUUAAAAGGAUUAGAUUAAUAUUUUAUGACUGGAUAUUUACUUAGUUUGCUGCUUUGCUUUUUUUUAGCCAUGUCAAUGGGCACAGCAGUGGGAAGGACUUUGUGAGAGAUGGGGGCCUUGGCAGUGAUCAGGGCUCCAAGUGGGAGAAGUGCCAUCACUUUAGCAUUUCUACUGAGACAGCAACAUAUCCUGAGCCAGUGGUUGUACUUGGCUACUGCUGAACCAGCAACUGAGCCUUUUUCAUUUGCUUCCCCUUAAACAUUUCAUUAAUCAGACACUAGAGUUUGCCAUCACCCCAGAAUUUACCUGGAGUUUUCUAUUCUCCUUCCCUUUAUUUGUCUCCUCUUGUGCUUCUACCUGACAAACAGUAUACAAUGCAAAAUUAAAAUACUAUGCUAGAAGUGUCAUUAAUAUGACUUAAUUGUUUAAUUGUUUCAAGUUGCCAUUACAUUUACCUGAUACAGGAGGAAAGCUGGCUGUGCUUAUAUCUUGAUUCAUUGUUCAAGUUGCUAUUUAAGUUGCUUGAGUUGCUAUUGACUAAUGAUUAUUUUGACCCUCUCUAUUCUUAGGGGAAGUUGCCAGUCCUGUUGCUCGGACGUUCAGGAGAGUUACGGCCAGGUGAAUUUGUGGUUGCAAUUGGAAGUCCAUUUUCUCUUCAAAAUACCGUGACUACUGGAAUUGUUAGCACCACCCAACGGGGAGGCAAAGAACUGGGACUUAGAAACUCUGAUAUGGACUACAUCCAAACGGAUGCAAUUAUCAAUGUAAGUCACUUUCCACAAAGCCAUUCUCUUGCAUUCAUGGUUCUCACCUCAAAAUACAUUCAGAUUCUGUUGCCGCCUGGUCAUUCAUCCCUAUAAAGUUGAUGCAUUAGGACUGGCCAAAAUUGUUUCUUGGAACAUGCAAAGGAAGCAAUUUGCACUGAUCUUUCUGGUUGCUCUUUAAAGAGACAUAAGUUUUUUAUUAUAUUUAGCUGAAUUCUCUUAGAAUUAUUAAGUGCAGGCAGUGUUCAUCAGAGGUCUUUAAAGAUCCAUCAAAGAGUUUGCCAAAAUAUCACGUUGCUGUUCUUUUGUUGGCUUUUUUAAGAGACAAGCUAGUUUUUGGACUAAUAAGACAUCAACUUUUAGUGCUUCUUCUGCUAGCCUUGAGAGAACAGGUAAUUCUCAGGGAGAAUUCUCGGUCUAAUUCUCAGAAAGUUGUGCUAACUUCCUGUAAUCUAGGAGUGUACAGAAUUAAGAAAACAGACAUAUUUUCCUAAGCUUCGUUAGCAAGGCCAUCAAAUAAAGGAAUCAGUGUCUAGCAGUUUUUAGACUAAAAGAGAGGCAAAGGUGACCAGGAACUUUACUGGGGGGAAACAGAAGCUCUAGACAUGUUUAAAGGAAAGCAUCAAAAUUAUCACUGAAAUUUAGUGGUCUUUUGUUUAAAAGAAUACUAGGUAAAAGACCUCCCUGUCUUGUUUUAUUCAAUGAAUGGCAAAACUGAACCCCCUGAUUUAAGUACCUCCACACAGGAGAACUUUAUUUUGGCUGCUAUGGUAGUUUGUUUGGUCUGUGGUGUGCUUUGGCAAGCCUUCCAUAUCAGCCCCCUUUGAACUCCCUGUUCCUUCUCCAAGAUCUUGGCUUCAUGCUUUUGUGCCCUUCUGCUCAUGAGAUUGCAUGUGCUACAGUUAAAGCAGUCUGCAUUUUCUUUCAAAGUGUCAUGCAUCAAUCGUAAAGGGUUUUCUUUUCCCCAGCCUAACAAUACCGGAGGGGGUCUGUUAAUCCUUAGUCCACCACUGCAAAGUUUAGGCAUUCUAGGCUACAGAAAAUAUAUCAAGUUUAUUCCAUCCAUGUUUGUAUAGUAACCUCUCCAUAAGAGAAUGCUGUGCAUAAAUGAAUGUGAACCCCUCCCUCCCAGAAUGUUUUGUGUAGCAACUCUAUUUCAAAAUGUAAAGAACUGUUGUAAAUGGGGGGGAAAGAAAGAUUAAAGACAAUUUUUCUUCUUCUUCUAAAUUUACAGUAUGGAAACUCUGGAGGACCUUUAGUAAACCUGGUAAGAGUUCCUUUCUAAUAGUACUUCUAACUGGUGUUUUGGAUUUUACUAUUGAUUCUCUUGCCUCUCUCCCAUCCCUUUCCCCCAUAUUGGUAGAGGAAGGCUAACAAAUGCCUGUACAAACAUCAGACUCAUUAAUCACUCUUUAAUGUUGGUGCUGGUAAAUGGUGUGAUGCUCUUGGAGUUCAGUAUUCAAAACAUUUACUGUGUGCAUAUUUCAAAAUGAACGUAAUACGUAGCAUAUUUUCUGAGUGAAUAAUAAUAUUCUUUAGAAUCUUAUUUCCACCUGCCCUGAACUAGGCAUAUAAGAUGCUGAAAUGCAGACUCCCUGUGUCAGUUGCCUACGUUUACCACAUGGUUCUCUCUACCAGCAUGUUAGCAAUAUGAUUCUGUGUAAGUCAGAAUUAAGCCCCCAAGGGAGUCAAAGGGAUGCUGACCCUUCUGGUAUUAGUUUGUGAUAUUUCAGUGCCACUGUCUGCAUAGCCAGUGGACUGUGAGCAACUCAAAAGCUUGUGCGGUACAAGAACAUGGAAGACUUGAAUUCUAAUGCCAUGAAUAAGACACUGUCUGUUGGCUUUGCUUUGUUUUGGCAAAAUGGAAAUAGUAGAGAUUGGCUUCACAAAACAGAUGAAAUGUAUUAUCAAGAUUUGGAAACCCCAUUCUGUGAGGCAGUGAAAAGUUUUGCAUAAAUAGUGGCACAUGAAGAAGUUCAGCCAGUUCUUUCUAACAUGCUAGUUUUACAGAUAAACGGAUUAGAGUCCUCUGAGGAUUGCCUUGACGCCAUCGUUGAAGUCUUCUGGUUUUUUUGUGUGACUUCACAUUUUCCUCCAUUGAAGGCUAUUUGGCAGCUUUGGCAAAAUUAUUACUGUUAAAAAGAAAGUUUUCUGUGUCAUAUCCUUUAAUAGAACUAUUGUUUACUCCAAAAUCAAACAUUCAAAAUACCUGUAAGGUUCUGUCCAUUUUGAUUUUUAAAAAAUAAAAUAAAACUCAAUUUAGGCCAGCUACGAUUAUGGACUACUUUCUUUCUUUUUAUUAUUUCAAUGCAACAGAGUCCCUUAAAGCAAACAUGUUGAGUAAGUCUUGUUGGAAAAAUAAAUCUUGAAACCAGUUGAAGGAAAGUUUUUUGGUUAGUUUAAGAGAAAGUAUCAAGCUGUUGUGCAGAGCAUAUUUUUGCAGCUAGAAAAGACUGGGGCGAUGCCUGAUCUCAUAACCAAGUCGUUCCCUUGAGUAGAACUGUCUGUCCUGCUUUGCAACAGCUGUCUCAACUCUUGGGCAGUAAUGUCCCAGCUCUGCUACCUGACUUUGAAGAUGCCAGGAAUCGAACGUGGAGCCGUAUGCAUGGAAGCAUGUCGCAUUGAGCUUGCUUGUCCUGAUGUUAAACCCUGGUCCUUUCACACUCAGAAGUCUCAAAGCGGGUGGGGAAGAAAAAGAGUGAAGGAUGCUUUCACCCAAAUGAAAGCGGGGGGGACAGAUUUAAUUUUCCAGGGUACAUUCAGUUCAUGAUCAGUUUAGGAACAGGGAGCUAUGACAAAGAGAUCACACGCAAGGUCAGCAGCUCAGAUUAAAGUGUGAUAGAAAUUGCAGUCUUUAUUUGGGCCGCUCAUGCUUAUUUAAUUAUUCACACUACUGCAGGAUGGUGAAGUGAUUGGUAUUAAUACUCUGAAAGUCACUGCUGGGAUUUCCUUUGCAAUACCAUCGGACAAAAUUAAAAAAUUCCUCACUGAGUCACACGACCGACAAGCUAAAGGUACUGUACUGUACUGGUAAAGUAAACCUUCAGUCCUAUAUACAUUUACAUGAGAGUAAGUUCCACUGAAUUAGUUCAAUCCUACACAUAUCUGCUCUGAAGUAAGAACCAUUCUACACAGUAUACAAAAGUCGCAGCACUUCAAACUUCAGGAAAAGAUUAUCCCACCAGCAAAUCUUUCACCCUUGUGUGCUGGUUUAUUAUAAUAUUGUUUAUGUGAGAUAGUGUUCAACAAUACUACUUCCCACUUAUAUUCUGAAGUGGUAUCUCUCACAUCAUUCUGCUUCUUUGGGGUAGAAUGUCUCCUGUUCCGAUGGAAAAGGCGAAUCAAAAUAAAUUCUACAUUUUCCUUCUCAAAACAGGAAAAGCUGUAACUAAGAAGAAAUAUAUUGGCAUACGGAUGAUGUCUCUUACCCCUAGGUAAGUUUAAAAAUUACUGUGGGUGUUUCUGGACAAGGAAUAUACUAGCCUGGAAUUGCCACUCUUUGUUGACACCAGGCCCACUGGCUUGGCCCCAGGACGCACACCAUGGGUGCACAUGUGUCCAACAUCAGCACACCCUGUAGCAUCCUGACAUCAUAUGCGCACGUACGUAAGUGGGCGUGCUGACAUAAGACAUGCAGGACCCCACGGCAUGCAGGACCCCAGCGCAAAAAAGUGUGGGUGCCCAUCCCCAUCAUGGGGAAUGUUGUGGGGGCUGGAGCACCCAGGGCUCCCCACCCACCCGGAGCUUAUGGUUGACACACUUUUUAUGGGGGAGUCACACGACGUCUCCUCAAAGUGCUGCCCUCCUUUGUUUUCCCCAUACGACUUCCAUCUUUUUUUAAACCAUUGAAAGCCAUCUCUCCCUCUUUCUUAAAUACAAUGUCUUUGAUGAGCGGACAAAGAAAAGGUGCAAUUGAGGCAGGAGGAAUGCUAUACUGAUGAUAUGGUUGCUACUGCUUCACCAUUUCCUGUUUGCAUUGUCCCUUUAUCCAUUACUUUUCAAUGAGAGUUUUGCCAGCUCUGAGGCGCUACUGAGGGAAAGAUCAGCUGGAAACUCUUUACAUCAUACAUGUUUGAUCAUAACAAUUGUUUAUUAUUGGAUCAUUAUGUGUCACCAUUCAUGUACUGGAUGAUUUUCAUUUAUUUUAAAUUUUCAGUUCACUUACAUUUUUUGGGUGGGGAGGACAUAGUUGGACCCUUGUUUAUUUUUCUGGAUUACCAUUGCCAUACACUGCAGCCCAUUUUUUAAAUUUGCAAAGCCACGGACAGAUGGUUUUCAUCUUUUCCCUGGCAAUUGUUAAGUAGCAGAGCUACUUAGCAGAAGAGCUAGAAUCUGAUAUUCAGAGACAUAGAAAGAGUUUACAAUAUCUGCCAAAAAAAAGGAGAAAACAUUCUCUACUUGCAAGCUUCAGAUGCUUUCUGAAACUCAAAGGCUUAGGACAUUUCUAGAUCUAAAGCAAUACUGAUUUCAAAAAUGAACAAAUUGGUAAGGCAAAAUUUCCUGUGCACUUCUUUCCAGAAUAAUGUUUCUCAAUGGCAGCGGCAUAUUUUUCUUUCUUUCUUUAGACUUAGGAAAUUUGUACAGGUUACGUCAAAAGUAAAAGAGUGGCCUCUGUGUUGUCUUGUUUUGCUUUUCUGGAAAUAAGUUUCUUAUUUAACUUGAUUUGGUUUGUUUUUCCUAGCAAAGCUAAAGAACUGAAGGAGCGCCAUAAAGACUUCCCUGACGUCAUUUCUGGAGCCUAUAUUAUUGAAGUAAUUCCAGAUACACCAGCUGAGGCGUAAGUUAAAGAACCCCUUUUAUUCAGAAACCUGCACCUAUUCACUUAAAGGAUAAACACCUAGCAGCCCUUUAACUAUGCUGUUUAAUGGCAGGAAAGUUCUUACCCUCAGAUGACAUCUGCCUGCUAUUUCAGGAAAUCUGUUGGUUUCCCAAUACCAUAAAUCUAGAAGAUGAUUUUUGCCAUUUUACCAUUUGUUAGAGACAUGAGCAAUAUUUAGAAGAGCGAGGGAGACUAAUAAACUGUUUUUCCCAGCCGUUGCAAAAAGUUCACAUGGCAUGAUCCCAAAAGCAAGCCCACAGUUGUCCCAAAGCUGGGAGCUGACCCAGCAGUUGCCCUUAUCACUGCUGCACUCAGUACUUGGGUGCGGCUACGGUAUCAUGUGAUUGUGUCAUGCAGUCGCUGCUAGAACGGGGUGAAAGUUGUAGCUGCUGGAAUUCCUUGGGUAACAAGAAUAAUAAUUUGUAGCUAUUAUUUGCAUAGCAUUUUCAUGGGGCUCCUGAUAGCACUGAGCUCCGCAAAGCAGACCAGUGCUCCUUUUGAGUUUCCUGUUCCCCUGCUUCCCGCAGCCCACACCUGAACUGGAAAGAAGAUGAGAUGGGGGGGGGGUAGCUCUUUGCAGGUCCCAUAGCAGGGAGAGACAAAGCAACACCGUAUGGUGUCCGCCACCUGUUCCGCCUCCUCCUCUGCCUCCCCUGGUCCUCUUCCCUGCAAACGAUCCAAACUUGUCCUCAACACUCAUCCUCUUGAUCCAAUUUCCUUGGUCACAGCCCUUUUGGCAGUGCAGCCUGCUUUCAUGCCCCACAGGUGGCCUCCUGGGGCGCUGUGCUCACUAGGUCUGCCAGUAAGGCACAGCCCACAUCUCUGGGGCCAUCUCUGGCCCAUUCAAAUUUGGCGGGCAAUCCCGCCAGCCUCUGACACCAGCCGAGGCCAAUAGAGACCAUGCAGGGCUGAAUUCCUUCCCUCCUCUGUUCUUGCGGCCACGCUUGGCCUCAACAGUCACCACCAUUGGAAUACAGUAAGCGCUCUUUUUUCCAGUGGUGGAAUGCUCUCCCCAGGGAGACUUGCCUGGCACCUUCAUUACAUUUCUCUUCUUCCGGAACCUUUGGCUAAUUAAACAAUCUAUGGCCUUUUAAAUGGGGGUGGGAGGUUAUUAUUUUUGUUUGUUAUUAUGUUGUGCAUUUUUGUGAUUUUAUAUUGUAAACAGCCCUGUGUUCUUUGGAUGAAGGCGGUAUAGAAAUAAUAAUAAUAAAUAAAUAAAUAGAUAGAUAGAUAGAUAGAUAGUACCCUCCUCUUGACCCAUAAGCACAUAUUUCGAAUCCUUGUGGCCCCUAUGCUCAUUUCUUAAAAGGGGGGGUUCUGUGCCUCGUUGUUGCACAAGUAGCUUGAAAUCACCAGUAAUUUAAUGCAUGCAAUUUAAAUGUUUUUAUUUGUACAGCAUACUAUGCUUGUUUUCAUGGAGCUGCAAUAAGAGAGAGUGAAAUAAAACUUUCUCACUCUCGCUUUGGUGUCCUCCCUUAAGCAUCAUAAAAUGGCAGUCCGUACAAGAACUUCUGUGGGGAGGGGGGAAAUACUUCUGAAAGAAGUGCUUGUGUAAGGCAUUUCUCUGCAUGAGACAGUAGCUGGUGACUGCUAUAAACUGAUUAUGCUUAGGGGUUGAAUCAUGUCUCAUCCCGCUAGCUGGGUUAAUGUUUCCAUAACUCAGAGCCAGAAUUUGUCUACAAGAAAGGGCAAGAUGAUACAGGGAGAAAGAUGCUGUAUCCUCUUCAUUUGCCUUAAUGCUGUCAGUGACUUCUGCCAACUCUGUUCAAACAGCACCAUCCAGCUUGAUAUAUGGAUUUAUUCUUGCUGAAUAAGCUCAACUUUGAUUUUUCUGUCACCAUUGAAUGCACAUAGGUUAGAGUAAGGAGAGGAGCUAAGGCUACACCACCUAGAGAGCAUGUGAAAUCUAUUUUGUGUAGUAGCACAAAGGAACUAGAAAGGCAAAACUUUCUAAAAAUGAUCUAGAAAGGCCCCAGCUUUUCAGAACAUGUUCCUGCCAUUUGUCCUUUUGAAUAGCUUCUCUAGGUCUCUCUAUCUCUCUGUCUGUCUCUCAUCACCUGUUUUGCUAAAGAUCUGUUGUAUUCUUGCUUAAGAGUUGUGGGUUUGGUAUCUUGGGGGGUGGCUGUUACAGAAAGCAGAUAUGUUUCUUGCAGUUGAAGUAAUUAUUUUCCACCUCUUUGUAUUUCAGCGGAGGCCUGAAAGAAAACGAUGUGAUUAUAAGCAUCAAUGGGCAACCAAUACUCUCUGCCAACGAUGUCAGUGACAUUAUCAAAAAGGACAAUACACUCAGCUUGGUAGUACGUAGGGGCAAUGAAGACAUUAUUUUAACAGUGAUACCUGAUGAAAUUGACCCUUAAGUAGAAACAUGAGCUGGAUUUCAUGUUAUCUGUUAAUAGCAAGCAGUGGACUGCUUAUAUUAUCUCUGUGCUGGUACAGGAAACAUUAGACUUUUGACCAACAACCUGCAUGUUCAGUGGAAAUGUAUUGGCCAAUAAAAUAAUUUUCAUGUAGUUCUGAGGUACAAAACCGAUGCAAUCUUCAAGAUGAUACUUCUGUUCUCUAUGUAUGCUUUGUAUUCUCUACAGGCUGCUCCUUUUGUUAAUGUUAUUUCUGUGGUCAACAUCUGAUGCCACCUACGUUGCAAAUGUAUUACUACUUUGAACCAAGGCUUUCCCAAAGUUAAACCACAACUAAACCAUACAUUGCAUUGGUGGUUUUUCCCCCCCUGUAGCUUUAGUCUUCCUGGAAAUACAACUGUUUAUAUGAGUGACAGAUGACUAACAUGUUUGAAAUGCUCACUUGUACACACACAGCCUGAGUGAUAUUUCCUUACUGAACCCGUGCUGAUUUUUUUUAAAAAAAGAAUACUUGUUUUCCUAGUUUAAUUAAAAUAUUUCCAACAGUACUGUUGUUUGUGUUUUCCCUGAUGAAAAUUCAUUUCUGGAAGAACGCCCCCCCUCCCCCCCGUGAUGCCUCCUUGAUCCAAACUCUAUGCACUGCACAUAGAGAUAUAUAAUUUCAUUGCAUAUCCUGGCAGGUACAAAUGGCUUAUGUACAACUUUCAAACUCACCUCUCUUCACUGUAUUUAAAGACUGUAUUUAAAUUUUUAGAACCACAUUUGUCACAUUGAUGGGAACCUUUGUAAAGUGGGUCCUUAGUGAGCCCUAUGAAGGAUUGCCUCAGAUUGCAAUUUUGUGCAUUUAGAAAGAAUACUAAGUGUGUAGUAAAGCUUGUGUUUACUUUCCAUGGCAUGGUUUGUUUGUUUUUGCUAUAGAUUUUGUCAAAUUGAUUGAUUUUAUCAAAUUGAGGCAGCCCUGUUUAGGGAAGUUUUUAAUAUUUAAUGCUGUUUUGUUUUUAACACUUGAUUGGAAGCCGCCCAGAGUGGCUGAGGAAACUCAGCCACAUGGGCGGGGUAUAAAUAAUAAAUUAUUAUUAUUAUUAUUAUUAUUAAUAAUUUUAAGAAUAUGAGAGGAGCCCUGCUGGACCAGACCUGAGGGCUAUCUGGUCUAGCAUUUUGCUGCACAGUGGCCUCCCAGGUGCCUAUGAGAAGCAGAAAGCAGGACAUCAGUGCAAGAACCCACUCUCUCUUAUGCUCACCAGCAUCUAGCAAAGCAUUCAAGUCAGUGGUGAUCAUUAUAUCCUAUGGUAGCGAAUUCCAUAGUUGUAACCAUGCAUUGUGUGAAGAAGUAUUUCCUUUUGUCUGUCCUGAAUCUCCCUUGAUGAUCAGGCCAACCACAGAUUGUGAUUUUUUUUUUUUUACAUAAUAUCGCUAUUGAAUUAAUGUGCUGCAUAUGCAUAGAUUGACCUUAGUAGUUAAAUGAGCAUUCAGCCUGUGGCUCAUUCUAGAUUUAGAAGGCCAUUCAUGUGAUGAUUCAGUCAAUGCAUAUUAAUGUAAGCUUCAAAAGACAAUGUACUGAACUGCAGGCACUGCAGAUUCGUUCUAACAAUGCGCAGCUUACAGAGGCAGUCCUUUACACCCAGUGCCAUACUUCUGGAACAGCAGUUUUCCAAGAGUGCACUGUGGUUGUGCAAACAAAUGGAAACUUGUAGUAUAAGAGACUUCUGAAUGCUGUGUCCCUAGUAGGUUCAUACACUCUUAAUAGGCUGUGCUGCUCCAGUUCACCCAUCACAUGCCAAACAACUGGAAGUCAGAUCCUGUAGCUAGAGGCAACUCUCAGUCUGAAAGCAGCUUUGCAAUUGCACUCAGAUUGGAUUUUAUUGCAUUGACAUAUGAUUGCACAGGUGCAGAGACCCUCGUUGUCUGUCUUCCUUCCUCUGCUUUUUAACACUUAAUUAAUUCUCCUUUGAAACUGACAGUCCGUGACUCAGUAUGCUGACUAAUGUAACAGGAUUCUUAUUCCAUUUCAACUACAUAACACAAACAUUUCACACACUAGGAGGAUGUGUCUGGGUAGAAUGUUGCUUUGCUGCUUUCUACAUGGUGGGACAUGCCUUCCUUGUGAUCCUAUAAUGCACUGAUGAAGAGAUGGCAAAUAGGACAGGUUUUUUUUAAAUCGGUGAAUCAGUUCCAACCCUGUGGUUCAUACCUAAAAGUGCCCCGUAAGUUGUUACACUUAGCAUCUAUUUUCUUCCUAAUUGUGUUAUUAUUAUUAGCUAAAAAAGGUAAAGGUAAAGGACCCCUGACAGUUAAGUCCAGUGGCAGACAGCUCUGGGGUCGCGGCACUCAUCUCGCUUUACAGGCCGAGGGAGCCGGCGUUUGUCCGCCGACAGUUUUUCCGGGUCAUGUGGGCAGCAUGACAAAGCUGCUUCUGGCACAAGGGAACACCAAAACCAGAGCAGUGCACGGAAACGCUGUUUACCUUCCCGGCAGAGCAGUACCUAUUUAUCCACUUGCACUUUUUGGCAUGCUUUCAAAAUGCUUGGUUGGCAGAAGCUGGGACCAAGCAAUGGGAGCUCACCCCCUUCGCAGGUAUUCAAACCGCCAACCUUCUGAUCGGCAAGCCCAAGAGGCUCAGUGGUUUAGACCACAGCGCCACCCGUGUCCAACAAAGGCUCAUAUUAUGAGAAUCUAUCAAAACAGUAACAGUUUGGGGAUUUCCUUUUUUUGGUCAGGAUUAGUCUAUCAUAGACGCGGGUGGCGCUGUGGGUAAAACCUCAGCACCUAGGACUUGCCAAUCGUCAGGUCGGCGGUUCGAAUCCCCGCGGCGCGGUGCGCUCCCGUUGCUCGGUCCCAGCGCCUGCCAACCUAGCAGUUCGAAAGCAGCCCCGGGUGCAAGUAGAUAAAUACGGACCGCAUACUAGCGGGAAGGUAAACGGCGUUUCCGUGUGCUGCGCUGGCUCGCCAAAUGCAGCUUGUCACGCUGGCCACGUGAUCCGGAAGUGUCUGCGGACAGUGCUAGCCCCCGGCCUCUUAAGUGAGAUGGGCGCACAACCCUAGAGUCGGACACGACUGGCCCGUACGGGCAGGGGUACCUUUACCUUUACCUUUAGUCUAUCAUAUGACUUGGCUUUUAAUCUUUCUGUGCCCUCUCUGAGGAGCCUGGGUUCAUCCCAUGGUUUGAAUUAUUCCAGUGGUAAGAGCACAACGGGAUCUGUGCAUAUAUUUUGAAAGAAAGAUGGAGAGAAUAAAGGAAGUAACAGGAAAUGCUUAGAGAGCAACCUAUAUUGCCACCUAGUGGGCAGUAGAUGGUCUUUCACUAGGUGUUUUGGCAAUACCUGGAGUUCAUUGUUCCUCUGAGUUACUUGUAAGUAACUUGGGUAAAGUGCUCUCUUCAUCCCUGACCAUUGUCCAUGUUGUCUGGGGCUGAUAGUUUCUUACUGUGAGACCUGGCUGUUGGAUGAGAUGGGUCCUUGACCUGAUCCAUUGUUAUCCUCGGAGUUGUCCCAAAUGUCUGUAGUGUGCCAGAUUGAGAGGACUGUAGCAUAUUAAUUAUUGUAGGUGAAGCAAUGUGUCAUUUAUGAUUUGCAUGUCUUUGACAUGUGCAAAUGGUGGAUUCCAGAAGGGUAGCCCUGUAAAUGUUUCUGGAAGCACAAUUAAGAGUUCUGUGGUACCUGACAUUUAUUUCAGCACAAAGUUUACAUAGGCAAGAGCCUGCCUACUUCAUUGUACACAGCAUCUGAUCAUGCCUCAGAUGAGGAAGGCAAAGGGAUAAAUGAAUCUACCAGUCUUGGGGAGAAAUCUAGAGUGAAGCACAAGUUGUUGUUGUUAGGUUGCAUGAUGUUCAGAUGUGUUAAGCUAAAACCAUAAGAAGGUUGAAUGCACACGUUCAGAAAGAGACUACUUUUGAAUUUUCUUUCUGAGCCUACAUUUGCAGCUAUUCUAGGCCAGUUAACUUUUAGAUGGCUGAGGUUUUAGAUGGCUAAAUAAGCCCUGGGUGAUACAGUGGUACCUUGUGUUACAUACUUAAUCCGUUCCAGAGGUCCGUUCAUAACCAGAAACUGCUCGUAACAUGAGGCACGCUUUCACUUAUGGUGCCUCCCGCUGCUGCCGGGCCGCCAGAGCACCACUUCCGCUCGCAUCACGGGUAAAAGUUUGCAACAAGGGGCAUCUACUUCCGGGUUAGUGGAGCGCGUAACCCAAAGCAUUCGUAAGGGGGACAGUACUUAACACAUGGUACUACUGUAUUCUGUGUUAGUGAUACUCAUGGUUGACCCAAUAAAACAGAUGAACAAGUAACUUAAGACUGUUGAUUACAACAUGACUUAGUUUGAUAUCACUCCAUAUAUUUAUUGGCUGACUGCAUGGCUAAGUGUUUAAUCUGACGUAUUGCAAGUAUUCCAUUACUUGCUUGAAGUGGAAAAUGAUACUAGUCAACAUAUUUGAAACUGUAUUGAUUGUUCCCUGUAAUAGUGCUGGUAUUAACUCUAAAGCUCCAGACCAGUCUGGAUUGGGUAGUAGUUUCUCCUUUCUUUGCAUGGCUGAAUCAUCAUUGCUGACUCACCAUGUCAUCCACACUGAUUGAACAGCCAGUGUUACUUGCCUGAAAACUAGACAGAUGCAUGUUGACUUCAGCUACUGGUGGUUUAACAGCCUCAUCCCAGCUCCAUUUAGUAGCCAUCUAUAGCUUCCAUUGGCUUUCUAGUAGCGGAGAACAACUUUAUAUGCCAUACUUAUUGCCACCCCAGCGCAAAAUUCUCUUCUAAAUCAAAACUAAAUCUUUUCUUAAUCAAAACCAGGAUAGCUGUGUCUCAGCUGAAAAGUAGAACUGGUUGGAAAAAUGUGCUCAGUGGUACAUUUCAUUAGUCAUGUACAUCGAUAUUGCAAAUUAGUAAAGCAGUAGGAUUUGCCAGUUCUUAAUGUCUCCGCAGAGCCCUGCAGAUGAUUUCCAUUUCUUUUCCUAACACUUGACAGGCCCCUACACAAAAACCCUUCUCAACUACCAUUUCCUAUUUCUCUGACUCAGUGACAUACAGUGAUGCAGUGGAUGCUGUAUAUUAUCCCUGCAAAAUGUGAAAAUGUAAGAGGACGUUCAUCUAUAGGCCAACAUGUCUGGGAUGUAGUUGCAGAAUGUGAAGGUUGAGGCUCUUUUGUGUGCGCUGGAAUAGUGAAGCUUGGAGAGGAUAUCUGUGGUGAGGAAUCCUGGGGACUGAAUAAUUAGAAGGAAGGAAGGAGUUGCAGGCUAAGAGACAGAGAGAAUGAGAGAACACUAGGUCUUAGGAGUAUGACUGUGGAGGGAAGGGAACACUUCAUCUUCUGCACCAAGACUAAUCCAUCCAAGCUGUAAGUGACUACACAAGCCCUUUCUGUAAAUGUAUAUAUCAAGGCCUUUCAUAUUGAUUCUAUACACGUGCAUGUUCUGCCACCGUGACUUAGAUAAUGCAAAAUGUUCAGCACUCUGAACUUGACUUAAAUCAAUGGAACGAUGGCACACAGAUUGCAAUGUACAUACGAGAAAGAGUAUUUUUUUUAAAAAAAAAAACACCACCAAACAAAUCUAAUCACUGUACAGAUGCCAUCAAUAAUGUGAUAAAGCAUAUAUCUGAAGCAAUGCAGCAGUUCAGAUGGCAUAAGUUCAGGAUCUGUGAAUGGAGAUGAACUGGGUAUCCAGAAAGGAUGCACACAUUUGCAAAAAGGAGAUAUGCUGUCGAAGAAAAUACCUUUGCGGGGAGGACCAUAGAUCAGUGGCAGAGCACAUGUUUUACAUGCAGAAUACUCCCUAUUCAAUCUCUGGCACUUUCACAUAAAAAAGAUCAGGUAGCAAGUGAUAAGAAGGACCUUUGCCUAAGAUGUUGGAGAUCUGAUGCUAGUCAUAGUAGGCAGCAUUGGCCAAGAUGAGCUAAUGGUCUGAUGAGAAUAAGCUUUCUACUUCAGAAAUUGCUCUUUCAAAGGGUUCAGUCCUCCACUUGCUGUAGGAAAUGGAGAUGUAUUCCUCCAAAAGGAUGCUUUCAAGAAAAUGGCCCAGGAUGAUAGGAAGCUGCCUUAUACUAUGCCACAAGAACAUAAGAAGAGCCUGCUGGAUCAGACCAAUGACCCAUCUAGUCCAACAUCCUGUUCUCACAAUGGCCAACCAGAUGCCUAUGGGAAGCCAGCAAACAGCAUGUGAGCACAAGAGUCCUCUUACCUCCUGUAGUUUCCAGCAACUGAUAUUCGGACACAUUACUGCCUCCAACUGUGAAGGCAGAGCAUAGCCAUCACAGCUAGUAGCCAUUGAUAGCCGUCUCCUCCAUGAAUUUCUCUAAUCCUCUUUCAAGUCAGACCAUUGAUCCUUCUAGCUAGGUAAGCAGGGGGUGGCAGCAGCCUAGCCUGCAAUGGAAGGGAGUUCUACAAUCUGGGAACAGCCACCAAGAAGGCCCUCCCUCAUGUCCUCUAUGACUGAACUAAGACCUUUUGCCAUAUGGUUCUGAUGUAGCUAGACAUGGCCUCUUGAGAGCAAUUGAGCAUGAGUUCGUCUUUGUAGGAUAGGGUGGUCCGCCACUCCAGCACCAGCCCUGUAGCGUAGUCUUGGGGAACCCAUCCUUAUCCUUUUUCUCUCCAGCCACCACCCAUUUACAUAUCACCUAGGGCCAGGGGCACAGAAUUCCAACUGCCUUACAGUGGUCUCCUGUAUGUAAGGGAACAGCCAUCUGAACCCCAUGUUUCCUGCUUGGCCAUUUCAGCCCCUUUCUCUCUCCUAGGCACCUUAAGAAUUAGUAGCACAAUUCAAGUAGCCGAAGCCACAUGGGAGGUUAAUCAGCCCUUAAAUGUAAAAGGGAAGGGGAGUGGAGAAGUAGCAAGUGUGCAGCUCACAACUGAAACAAAACAACAUACCAUAAUAUUGGUCUUACCCUAUUGCAAACUGGCAUUGCAGAACUUAGUCCCAAUUGUCACCUCCCGUACUGGAAGCUUCAGCCAUCAUUUGCAGGUUGAGGCUUCAAGAGGGAAAAGGAUGUAUGACCGCAGUCCAUCUUAAAGGGUUUCUUACCUAUGUUGGUUCUGACUAACAGUCAUAAGUCAUGUCAUAUUUGGCAGGCAGAGUUUCAACAUUGAGGGGCUCAGGGAGAUGGUAGACACCUCCUGGAAGUAGCACAGAUAACUUUUGGGAGCAGGGGGUGAGGGUUAUCACUGGUAGGAAUUGCCAACAGGAUUUCUUGAUCUCCUUGAUAGAAAGGAUUUUUUAAGGAACUUUGUGUAUUUAAGGAGGAAUCUGCCUUAUUUUCUAAGCAUAAUAGAGGGGCCAGAGACCAGGCUUUGACAGAUCCAUGACUAACUGCUUUCAUUUGUUUCCAUUUGAUUUAGUUAUAUGACUAACUUUAGCUGGAGUGAGGCACAUGUUAGAAUUAAGAAGAAGCCUUCUAUUUCACUUUUUUAAACAAACAGGGAUCAUACAGGAAUGCCAUCAACCAAGUACAGCAGAGCAACCCAUCAAACAACAGUGCAAUACUCUACUUUAAGCAGACAAGGGUUGUUGCUAGGGAGCCUUUUCUGAUGUGCUGGAUUCUAUAACAAAUGUGUUUCUCAAUUAUUCUUGUGGAGGCAUGCUUUGCCAGAACUGAAAAUCUAUGCUGUUUUUUCUUUUAAAGAAAAGAUAUGUGAAUAAGUGCUGGCAGGAAACUAGUAUUCUGCUCAUGGAUCUUUCCAAUGUGAUUACUUCCAUGUGUUUGCCUCAAAAACUAUUCAUGUGGAAUAAGAAGUUGACUAAACUGUAGACUACGGUAAGCAGUGUAGCCGCACACAAUGAUACUUACCGCCAAAAUAAAAAUGUAUGUCUGAUCAGUCUCUAUGGAACUCCUGUUGAUAAUACAGUGGUACCUUGGGUUAAGUACUUAAUUCGUUCCGGAGGUCCGUUCUUAACCUGAAACUGUUCUUAACCUGAAGCACCACUUUAGCUAAUGGGGCCUCCCGCUGCCGCCGUGCCGCCGGAGCACGAUUUCUGUUUUCAUCCUGCAGCAAAGUUCUUAACCUGAAGCACUAUUUCUGGGUUAGCGGAGUUUGUAACCUGAAGCGUAUGUAACCUGAAGUGUAUGUAACCCGAGGUACCACUGUAAUGACAGAUAUGAUUCUAAAUUAGUAUGCCUAGCUAUUCCUAAUCAAGUAGUAACCAGAAUGCUGUUCCUAAACAAGUAGUAACCAGAAUUGUUUGUGGAAGAAAUUGGAUGGGAGCAGAGUAUGUGCUCCCAAAUAGCUACUGAAACUUCAUGAAACCUUGCUUAUGGUUAGAAUACAUAUAACACUGCAUAAGAAAAAGCUUGAUCCAUUUAAAAAGAAUGUUUCCAUUUUGAGAGUGUUUAAAAGGAAACUGUAAAAUAUUUAGGAACUGAGUUUUUGACUCAUAUUCAUCUAUAUACCUUGGAUCUUAAACGCUUUGGCUCCCAAACAAAUCGGCUCCCGAAUGAUCGAAACCUGGAAGUGAGUGUUACGGUUUUCGAACGUUCUUUUGGAAGCCAAACAUCCAACGAGGCUUUUGCAACUUCCAGUUGGCUGCAGGAGCUUCCAACGGACUUCCAGGAUGGAUUCCGUUUGACUUCCAAGGUACGACUGUAUUUCUAUAGACUUUAUGGAAGAUUGAUGCUCAUAAACUGCCCACUCUGGAAAGCUUAGUUAAGUGUGUUUUACUGCAUGAGGCAAAGUCCAUUGAAGGAAUGGUCUCCUGCAAGCAGUGCAGUGGUGAUUUUCACAAUGUAAAAGAAACUAUAUACUUUAGCAGAUAACAGCAGCAUGCUUUUACUUCCCAUUUAUAGCAGGCUAAUACUCAUAAAGGCAAGUUUUUUUUUAUAAAAAAAAUCACGAUCAGAGCAAUCCACUUUAUUCAUCCCUUCCCUGCAGCAAAAUAGCCAUUGCUCAAGGCAAUGCUGCUCAAGGCAGAAAAAACCUCACCAUAAGGAAGUUGUUGGCACACAACUUGAGCUUUAUUAUGUUGCACCACCCACUGCAAAACAACAGUCAUCCAGCUUGCAAAAUAAGUGACUUUAACACGAACAGCAUACUGCUUUAGACCACCCAGCAACUGCAUAAGCAACAUUUUUGAGUGGGUGAGUUAAAAUUGCCUGGUCAUCAGCACAGCAGAUUCUUAUAAUUACAUCUUCAACCUUCAUGCUCACUAAAUAUAUGCACAAUUUAUAAACAUAGUUGCAGAAAGCAUAGUGCCCCAAAAGUUCUUUAUGCUCUCAAAUCCAAGCUUGAAAAGCUGAGUAAGCCUAAGGUGUGCAUGUGUGUAAAAGUGCAGCGAGAUGGAAUCCCAAGCAGAGCAAAUACCACUUACUAAGCCCUACUGGCUUGUUCCAGCCAGGGUAGAAGGUGGGCAGCCUUGUCAGAAGACCUGACUCCAGUUUUCUAUUUUUCUUCCAGUUGCUGUCAAAACCACGAUACCAUGGCAAGAACUAGUAACCUUUUUUUUUUGCCUUUUGGGGGGACAGUGUUGGGGCAAAGGGAGCUUUAGAUCCCAGGAUCACCUGCAGUCUGCCCUUACACGCCUCCUUUCAAGUCCUACUGCCAGUGGCACACCACUAGCUAUGCCCAUGAAGUUUUCUGCAGGUGUACAAGAAGCUCCUUCAUGUGCUUAAGUGCCAACCAGCUGGCAGUGGAGUAGCACUUAUGCUGCAUUAUAAGGCCCCUCAGUUGGCCUUUGUCUAGUUUAGGGUUGCCAUCCAUCCGGACAUAUCUGGAAUAUGGCAACCGUAUGGCAGCCGAUGUUGGAAUUGGCAAAAAACCCAAAACUGGACUGUCACUUUGUGGAAAAUGGCAUCCCUACCUUAGCUCAAAUUUGAAUUUGCACAUUUUACAAAAUUGGAUUGCUUUUUAAUGAAUUCGACGACAUUGCCUCAAAUAGAUAAAUCUACAUGAUUUGUAUCUUUGCAAUCUGUAUGUCAUGAAUUCUAAGCUUGUACAUCAUCAGUGGAAAAUGCAUUGACUUUAAUCAGGUUAGGCAUUUCAAAAUCUAAUCAAGACCAGCUUUCUGUUAACAUAAAGUACAGUUCUCAUGAUUUGGGGUGUGGGGAGGCUGUGAGCUUUAAAUAUAUGGUGUGCAUUUUAGCUGUAUUCUUACAAUACAGAAAAAGUGCAGUGAUUCUUCCCUGAUCUUGAACUGCUCCAGUAAUAUUUGAACUGCUACAAUCACAAGGGAUGGGUAGGCCACAUGGGACGCUCUUCCAUGCAGUCCAGCUGGAGGAACUUCCUUUCCCACAUGUUUUUAGUUACCAGAAUGUAUUACCAGAAAGGAAUGGGAACAAGCUACCGGGUCAAGGGAAGGGGCGACAUCAACCAUGCCGCUAGGAACUGGCUCUUGGGCAAUGUGUAAUAGAAAACAUGCGAACCAGCUGCAGAAUAUUCAGAUUUAAUUGCUUCUUCUCUUUUGCUUUUUCCUUUCCAAUGCACUGUACUUACACACCCAGAACGAUGAACAAAGGAAAAUGAAUCUAAACCAGUGCAAUGACUGCAUGGUGUCAUAUACCACCUGAUGGUAGUAAAGUUCUCUGUACUACUAGGCAAGAUAAUACAGAAGAUUCCACCAGUUGUUCAAAUUACACUGGGUGGGAUAGCUUAAUCACCUGUACAAUUCUGCCAAGUGAUAAGGAGAAGUUCACCCAAUACCACGUGAAUGCCUAGAUUGCUGCCAAGUGAGAAAAGGAGCAGGGAAGGGAUUGCCAAGUACAAACUCAGAAUAUGUUGAGUUCAGAGGAAUUGGUAGACCACUCUUCAUACCCACCAAUUUUGGUUCUUAGCUUUCUUUCUUUCUUUCUUUCUUUCUUUCUUUCUUUCUUUCUUUCUUUCUUUCUUUCAGCUCAAGAUGGCGUAUAUACUUCUCCUCAACAUUUUAUCCUUACAACAACAGCCCUGUGAGAUAGGUUAGGCUGAGAGUGAGUGACAGGCUUGAGGUCACCCAGUGAGCUUCAUGGCUGGGUUGGAAUUUGAUCCCUGGUCUCCCAGGUCCUGGUCCAGCACUCUAACCACCACACGACACUGGCUGUCAAGGAAGACAUUUGCCUUCCUCCACAGACACUUUCUUAGCAGAUACGUUCUCAGCAUCCCUUCAGUAAAUAAGGGUGAAAGAUGAAAUUCAUAAAGCUGUGAUAUGUUUUAAAUAUAAACAUGUGUGAUAUGAUGCGAUACAUUUAAACUAUGCUUAUUCAUGUCCUUCCUUUCCCCAAGAUGGGCACAAAAUAAACUGCCAAGUGGAGAAGAUGCAUAGUAGAGAAAGACUCCAAAGGAAUUUAUUUCAAACUAUAAUGAAGUUCCCAGCAUCUGCCCAUAAACUAAGUAAAAUAAGUUUACAAUUAGACCUAACUGCUGUUGCAGCUGUGGUUGAUGAAGCUGUAUAAUUUAAGGUAUAGUAUAAUUUUAAAAAGAAACCAACAGGAUUAUCAUGAUGAGGUGCACAUCUUUGCACUGAAUACAAUUUCGCAAAGUUAUUUCGUUGUAUGUCCUUCAAAAAGAAAAAUCUUGUCUACAACGGACAGGAAUCAAUAUUACUAGCUAAAAAUAUAGUUCCACAAGGGGGAGCUAAAUCUUUGCAUGUAAAACAUUGGUCUUCAACUAGGAAGCACAGGAAAUUUUGAUUUCUCUCAGUUUCUUUUUCUCUAAUCUUAAAUUCAGCCUUUCAGGUUUCCACAUCAGUGUCCAUGCUCUGCUUGCUACCUUGCAUCUUGGUCACAUAACUCCCUGUUCUAAGCUUCUGGCUCACAUUGCUUCUAACUACUCACAUUGCUCCCACCUUUCACUUCUCUCAGCUCUGCCUUUAUCUUUGAACUAACUCAGAGCUGAGGGACGAGCUGCAACUGUUUGGCAUCCCACACUGAGUCCCUUUGAUGCUUUGUCCUCUUAAUGGCUCAUCACCUCACGCAGAAAGCUUGGACUAGCUUAAUUAAUUUUCAGCACUUGGUGAUUCCAGUGGGUUUAAAAGUGUCUCUCACCCAGGUUAAUACACACAGGUCUGGCUUAAUACACAUUGGCAUAAUACACCUGGGUCUGUCAACCAGUCUUAUCACUCCAAGCAUUAAAUUCCAACACUUAUCCGAUCCAGGAAUUUAGGGUGUCUAGCACCUACAAACUCAUAACAAUACAUUUAAUAACUCACAAUUUGCUGUUCUUUCAGAGUACCUAAAUCCAGCUGCCUGAGGAAACUGCCUUGCAAAAAUAUAAUGGCACAACCAGCCCUGCUGAGCCCAGACCAUUAUGAGGAUAAAUGCACUUAUAAGGGGAAGAGUUUCUAGGGGGAAAGUGAAGGAUAGUGGGAUGGUUAAGUGUUUCUUUUCUUCCUGUCCCUUCUCUGAUGCCAAUAAACAUUUCCUGAGGGUCCUUUUCAGGGGAGAAGGAGGUGUCAGGGCCUUGUUACCUGUAGCUGUAAUACCACACACAAUAUUUCUUCCUUCCUUUUCCUAAUGUAAUCUGUUUUGUCUGGAUUCCCUUCUCAAAUGUUUCAGGUGCCUCCCAGGCCCUUGGCUUUUAUAUGGAAAGUUGCACUGUGCUAUAACAUUAAUCCAAAUGUGAAGAAGUGUUUUGCAAUUCCACGGUCAGUGGUACUGGUUUAAACACCAUGAGGAAACAACCUUCACCCAGGGUGAUUUCCCAGUCUUAUCUCUUUAUCUCUCGGUGGUUUUUUCUUACAAUGUAUAAUACAUAUACGUCACAUUCACACAAAUAGUUUCCAUGGAACAGUUAUUGGCAUAGCAGAAACACUCUGUGUGGUAAAAAUGCCAGGGAUAUUAUAAAAAUUUGGCCUACACGUGCAUUAUGUGUGAGCCCAUUGCAGGUGGGUUCCAUGUGUCCUUUGCCUGGACUGCUUUGGUUAGAUUUUAUGUCUAGAUUUGAUAUUUAUUUAAAAGCAUUUUUAAAAGGCGAUUUAAAAAAUAAAUAAAUCUCUAAGCGAUGUACAAAAACACAAUUUAAAAACAACAAGACAGUACAAUUAGAAACAGAGCUAAAAUACAAAAACCACUAACAGGAUUAUAACAAUAGGAAUUAAAAAAUGACAGAGCCCAAUAUUAUGGGAAGCCUGGGCAAAAAGAGAAGGAUGAUAUUUUACCUCAGCCUCUGAAAUCUGAGAAUUCUAAUUUUAGUUAACAGUCAGUCUGAAGGACAUAGCUAAAAGGAAGAGGCCACAGUUUUAUUUUGUACCAUGAAAACCACAAGAAGAGGUAGUUAGACAGUCCAUUCAACUUCCCAAAUUCCUUAAAAACUUAAACCAAGACUGUCCAAAUUUUGAGGAAAAAUUUAGAAUGUGCCUCCCUCCAAAAGAAAAGAAAAGAAAAGAGCAUAAGGAAAAAUGAAAUAACAGCACCAUGGAAUGCUUACUGACUACUGUGGAUAAAGAAAACCUGGUGCAAAAGGGAACACAACUGAGUAUCUUGAAAGAAGUCAUGGCUGAGCAUCCCAGGUGGGGUUGAGGGGCUGCUCCAAAGUGCCACAUCAAACCUUGGAUUAGGGGAGCCCUACCGAAUAUUUGAAAUCCUGAAGACCAUUGCUAAUCAUUCUUAGUUACUUUAUGCAAUACAUUUUGAAAACAUGACAGAGCUUUAGUGGAUAAUUGCUAGUAUCGACUUGCAUAUUUUUGGAAACAUAUUGGAAAAUGUGUUACCUAUAAUAGAGGAAAUGUUAUAUAUGGUUUGGCAAUGGCUGUUAAUGAGUAACUUUAUCUUUAUGAACAUUUAUGGGAAGUGACAGACCACCCAGAAGUCUAUCUGCUUUUUCCCAUACAUUGGAAAGUUACUAGUUUUAGGCUUAUCUAAUCUGUCCUACUGUGAAUCUCUUUUGAGUUUCAGAAAGGAAACAUAAGAAAUGUAAUUGAUAAGAUCAUAAAUAAUCCUUCAAAUUGCCACACUCAUGCGAACAAAUGCCCCCCUUCAUCAAACUGUUGGGGAGGUGGUAAAUUAUUUAUUUAUAUUUUAUACAAAUAUCGAUAUACCACUAGGUCAUUAAAAAAAUCAAAGCAGUUUACAGCAAUAAAAAGGCUGUACAAUAAAAGCCAUAGACAAGUUUAAAUCAUGCAAUAGUUAAUCACUGUGGAAGGAGGAAUUCUCAAUUGCCUGCAUAGGCCUGGCAGAAUGGAAACGUUUUCAGCAGUCAUUUAAAACCAUACAAUAAAAACAAUUAAAAAGUUGAAACUGACAUCAAUGAACCAUUGUCGAAGGAUGUAUUAUUAGUUGCUUGCACAGGUCUGUCAGAAGAGAAAAGUUUUCACCAGGCAUUUAAAAGUUGGCACAGAGAAGGCACCUGCCAAAUUUCUGUUGGCAGAAUACUCCAUGGGACCAGGCCAAUGACAGCAAAGGCUUGGUGUCUUAUAAUUGUCCAAUGAGCCUCACCAACUUGGGGGAUGAUGAACGACGUUCCUGCAGAUGAACUCAAUGAUCAAGCCAGGAUAAUAAGGAUUUAAGCAAUUCCUGUGGCACCCUGGACCUAAGUUCUUCAGGGCUUUGUAAAUUAAUAAGAACUUUGAACCUGGCUCAGUAGUAGGUGGACAGCUAGAGCAACUGUAUUAACAGUGGUGCCACAUGUUCUCAACCAGAAGCUCCCAAUCAUCUGGCCACCGCAUUCUGCACCAGCUAGAACUUCCAACCAGAUCAAAGUGAAGCCCUACAUAGGGCAUAUUACAGUAAUCCAGCUUCGAGGUUGCCAGUGCAUGGACCACAGUGGUCAGGCUAUCCUUGUCUAGCAGCAGAUGUAGUUGAUGAACCAGAAAAGCUGGUAGAAGGCACUCCUAGCCAUGGAGCACAAUUGGACCUCUAGUAACAAAGAUGUAUCCAGGAGUACCUGACAAACUAUGUUUUAGCUCCUUCAGGUGGAACUUGCCAAUUUCCCUAACAUGGGAACCAUCCACCCAAAGAGCCUCCGUCUUCCCUGGAUUCAAGCACGGUUUAUUGGCUCUUUGUCCAGUCCACCACUGCAUCCAAACUUUCACAGCUUCUUCUGAUUCAGAUAUUAUGGAGAAGUAGAGUUGUGUCUCAUCAACAUACUGGUGAGGUCUUGCUCCAAAACUCCUAAAGACCACUCCAAACAGCUUCGCUCCAGCUGGUUGAUUGGGUUGAUGCAGCAGAGCUUGGAGCAAAGGAAGGAAAGUCUAAAGAGGACCCCACUUCGUAAAAUUGUAUUUAUAAAAUGAUCAGGCUUUACUGUUCAGUGUUCAGGGCCAGCCCUACCAUUAGACAGAGUGAGGCUGCCAUCUGAGGCAGCAGAUGCUGAGGAGCAGAGGGUCAAAGCUUUGACGCCUUGGCAUGCUCUGCACCUCCUAAAGUAGCUUACUACCCUCAGGUGUGGUGGAGGUUCUGUCCCAUUACCACGGUUGAAGUAGUAUUUAUCUGCCCAUCUAGACAGUUUUUGUAAAGGAACGGGAAAGGAAGAGGCACCAUCUUGUUUUUUGCCUGAGGUAUCAGAACAUUUUGGACCAGCCCUGUAAGUACUGAAAGGAAAAGAUGGAUGUGCAAAGGGUAGCUACGUGUAGGGAAACAAGAAGUUAGUGAUAACAGUAAUAUGUGGAGUUAUAUUUUAUACAUAGUGUCACAAGCAGUAUUGGAAGGAGUCAAGCAUUAAGCCUCCUGCAAACUGAACCUUUGCAUAGUGACAAUUGUACAGUAACAACUCCAUAUGUCAUCGUGACUGCAAUUCUGUAUCAUUGUAGCCACUGCAGAGAAUUACCCAGAGAUUCAUGUUCAUUGUACCACUUGAACUUGAUCACAGCUGUGGCAUUUCAUCACAACUAUGGGUGCAACUAUUGCCACCAAUUUAGUGUUGCAAAUGAUUGACAACAUGAGAAGUUACGGCAGGAAGAUUUUAAAGGGCAGAAUGACACACACACCCCAAAGUAUAUGUGAUGCAAGUAACUUUAUCCUUCCCCACUGAGCUUCACAGACUUCCACAACCAAGUAUGGAAUGUAGAGUUGUAACCUAGUACCAUUUUCCCUGGGAAUGGUAAUACUUAGGACCUGACUGAUCAGCAAAAUCAGAAAGUUUGGAAGACCUUUUUAUGUUGGUUUAGCUGAUUAGCUUAGAUAGUCCCCACCUUUUCUAUAGUAGGUAUAGAGAACCUGUGGCCUCCAGAUAUUGUUGAACUCCAGUUCCUUUCAGCCCUAGUCAGCAUCACAAAUGGUAAGGGAUGAUGGGAAUUGUAGUCCAGCAACAUCUGUAGGGCCAUGUUCUCCAUCUCUAUUCUGUAGCAUGUGGCUUGCCUUACUUUAUUCAAAGGGAUAAAUUUCUCUACAGCCCAUUAGUUUUUUGCCAGAUUUUUGAGAGGUCCAGUUUUGUGUACAUCUGGAAAUGUUCACACACAUUUGUGACUCAACAAUGGGGUUGCAUUCCUUCUUUCCCUGACAGCUGCCGAUCAAGAAGGUUCCCGUGGUCAAUGGUGUCAAAAACUACUGAAAGAUGCAGGAUUGUCAGUUUCCCCUCUUUCUCCUAGCAUAGAUCAUCUGUCAGAGCGGUCUUUGUGCCAAAACCAGACUAGAAUACAGAUUGAAAUGGGUGAUCGGUCUCAUGCAAAAGCACCUGGAGUUGUGCAGCCACCAACUGCUCAGGUACCUUCCCUAAGAAAGAUGAUAGAUGAUAAGAAAGACCAGAUGAUAAUUCUUAUAAUCCUAGGGCCCCAAGCCCUAGUUGCAGACGAUCAUAGACCUGUUACACUGGAGCAUAUUAACUGUAACACAACUCAAUGACUGAGCGGUCAUAAGAUUAAUGGAUUCAUUGUGAUAAAGUAUUGAAUAUCUGUUUAAUUUGUAUAUAUCUUGAGGAUUGUUUCUAGUAUGUGGCUUUGUAUUACCUGUUUCACUGCUUUGUAUUAACCUUGCAUGCAUUUCAUUGGUUGGGAGACUGACGGUGAUGGCUAGUCUCUCUCAUGGGUAGCAAGUGUCACCUACUGAAAAUAAAUUUAAAGUUGUGUUUGUAAAGGAAAGGAAGUGAAGGAGGCAAGAAAGGACAUAUCAUGCACACACCGCCAUACAAAAGUAACAGAUGCGGAAUAGCAAGCAUUUCUGCACUUGCUGCUCCCUAGCAGACAAUGCAGUCCUGUCACCAGGACCAAUGGCUUCCUACAGAAGUUUUCUCUCACUUUCUCUCCUUGCUCUCUCCCACACAUUCACACCCAAGAACAGGGACCUCCAGCCACUGUUGCAACCAUCAGUCAUCUGCUGCAACUCCUUCUCAUCGCAAGGGUCUGGGAUUGUCAAACCUGCCCAAGACUACAACUAAUUUGGUUGUUCUGUGCCAUUCUACUAGAGACUGGACAUGGGGAGGGGGAAAGGUGUUGUUUGUAAAACUGCACAACACUGUUGACAACCUUUAGAUGUAUUUUAAGAUUUUCUUAUUUUACUGUGUUUCUUUGAUAAACAGAAAACGUGGUAUCUGGUUUACCUGUUCUGAAUAGCACUGGCAUUUUUAUAAGUCAUUCAAAUGACACAUCUUCUAGUUCCUGCAAGAAUUAUGUGAAUAGAUAUAUCAACUCACUAGUUUAGGCAGUUCAGGGCAAAACCUUGGACUGCACACAGCUUGUCGGCAUUUGCUGCCCCACUCUGUCUCAUUGUAUGUAGGCUUGGUGCCCAAAAAAGAGAUCUCUGUUUCCUCUAGUUCUCUGCCAAGCUUUCAAAUACUCUUACGUUUCUCUGCAAAGUUCCACUUUUAGUCUGUCAAUCAAGUUCUUGCCACUGGCAACCUAAGAACUCUCUGUUCUCCUGAGCAAUCAAGAACAACCUUUGACAAACGUGCAAGCUGCUACAUUUUACCCAAGCCUGAUUUCCUCCUUCAUUUGUGACCUUUACUUUACUUCCUCUUCAUAAAUUCUCACAGAGAGAUUAUGAGCAUUUCACCCUAGAUUUUUUUUUUUAAUGAGAACAUAACAUAGGAAGAGUCUGCUGGAACCAGCCAAUGGCCCAUCUUGUCCAGCUUCCUGUUCUUACUUUUAUUAUUUAUUAACAUAUUAGUCGCUUAUAGAAUCAUAGAAUCAUAGAGUUGGAAGAGACCACAAGGGCCAUCGAGUCCAACACCCUGCCAAGCAGGAAACACCAUCAGAGGACACCUGACAUAUGGUUGUCAAGCCUCUGCUUAAAGACCUCCAAAGAAGGAGACUCCACCACACUCCUUGGCAGCAAAUUCCACUGUCAAACAGCUCUUACUGUCAGGAAGUUCUUCCUAAUGUUUAGGUGGAAUCUUCUUUCUUGUAGUUUGGAUCCAUUGCUCCGUGUCCGCUGCUCUGGAGCAGCAGAAAACAACCUUUCUCCCUCCUCUAUGUGACAUCCUUUUAUAUAUUUGAACAUGGCUAUCAUAUCACCCCUUAACCUCCUCUUCUCCAGGCUAAACAUGCCCAGCUCCCUUAGCCGUUCCUCAUAAGGCAUCGUUUCUAGGCCUUUGACCAUUUUGGUUGCCCUCCUCUGGACACGUUCCAGUUUGUCAGUGUCCUUCUUGAACUGUGGUGCCCAGAACUGGACACAGUACUCCAGGUGAGGUCUGACCAGAGCAGAAUACAGUGGCACUAUUACUUCCCUUGAUCUAGAUGCUAUAUUCCUAUUGAUGCAGCCCAGAAUUGCAUUGGUUUUUUUAGCUGCCGCGUCACUCUGUUGGCUCAUGUCAAGUUUGUGGUCAACCAAGACUCCUAGAUCCUUUUCACAUGUACUGCUCUCAAGCCAGGUGUCACCCAUCUUGUAUUUGUGCCUCUCAUUUUUUUUGCCCAAGUGCAAUACUUUACAUUUCUCCCUGUUAAUAUUCAUCGUGUUUGUUUUGGCCCAGUUCUCUAAUCUGUCAAGGUCGUUUUGAAGUGUGAUCCUGUCCUCUGGGGUGUUAGCCACCCCUCCCAAUUUGGUGUCAUCUGCAAAUUUGAUCAGGAUGCCCUUGAGUCCAUCAUCCAAGUCGUUGAUAAAGAUGUUGAAUAAGACCGGGCCCAAGACAGAACCCUGUGGCACCCCACUAGUCACUGUUCUCCAGGAUGAAGAGGAACCAUUGAUGAGCACCCUUUGGGUUCGGUCAGUCAGCCAGUUACAAAUCCACUGAGUGGUAGCAUAGUCAAGACCGCAUUUUACCAGCUUCUUUACAAGAAUAUCAUGGGACACCUUGUCAAAUGCCUUGCUGAAAUCAAGGUAGGCUACAUCCACUGCGUUCCCUUCAUCUACCAGGCUUGUAAUUCUGUCAAAAAACGAGAUCAGGUUAGUCUGACAUGACUUAUUUUUCAGAAAUCCAUGCUGUCUAUCGGUGAUCACAGCAUUCCUUUCUAGGUGCUCACAGACUGUUUGCUUAAUGAUCUGCUCCAGAAUCUUCCCUGGUAUUGAUGUCAGACUGACUGGGCGGUAAUUAUUUGGGUCCUCUCUUUUCCCCUUUUUGAAAAUAGGGACAACAUUUGCCCUCCUCCAGUCUGCCGGGACUUCGCCUGUUCUCCAGGAAUUCUCAAAGAUGACUGCCAGUGGUUCUGAGAUCACAUCUGCCAGUUCUUUUAAUACUCUUGGAUGCAGUUCAUCUGGCCCUGGAGACUUGAAUACAUCUAAACUAGCCAAGUAUUCUUGUACUAUCUCCUUAGUUAUUCUGGGCUGUGUUUCCUUUGCUGAAUCAUUUGCUCCAAAUUCUUCAGGUCGGGCAUUGUUUUCUUUAUCGGAGAAGACUGAAGCAAAGAAGGCAUUGAGGAGUUCAGCCCUUUCUGUGUCCCCUGUUUGUAUUUCACCAUCUUGUCCUCUGAGUGACCACACUGUUUCUUUGUUCUUCCUUUUGCUACGAACAUACCCAUAAAAGCCUUUUUUGUUGCUUUUAACCUCUCUAGCAAGCCUGAGUUCAUUCUGUGCUUUAGCUUUUCUGACUUUGUGUCUACACGUGCUGGCUAUUUGUUUGAAUUCCUCUUUGGUGGUUUCCCCUUUUCCAUUUUUGUACACAUCCUUUUUAAUCUUAACUCAGUUAAAAGUUCUUUAGAUAGCCACCCUGGCUUCUUUAGGCACCUUCCAUGUUUCCGUCUCAUUGGUAUUGCCUGACGUUGUGCUUUUACUAUCUCCCUCUUAACAAACUCCCAGCCAUCAUGAACUCCCUUUCCUUUUAGUAUUACUGUCCAUGGGAUCUCACCCAGCACUUCCCUAAGUUUUAUGAAGUCGGCUUUCUUAAAGUCAAGAAAUUGAGUCCUAGUAUGCUUGGCUGCUCCUUUCCGCUGUAUAGUAAACUUCAGAAGAGCAUGAUCACUCGCGCCUAAUGAUCCUUCCACUUCUACCCCACUAACCAGGUCAUCAACAUUGGUUAGGACCAGAUCUAAAAUGGCUGUUCCUCUUGUUGCUUCUCCCACUUUCUGGACAAUGAAGUUGUCUGCAAGGCCAGUGAGGAAUCUGUUUGACCUUAUGCUCUUGGCUGAGUUUGACAUCCAACAAAUAUCCGGGUAAUUGAAGUCCCCCAUUACUACUAUCUCCCUUCCUUUUGCAUGCUUGGCCAUCUGUUCCAGGAAGGCAUCAUCUAUGUCCUCUGUUUGGCUUGGGGAUCUAUAGUAAACUCCCACAAUGAGGUCACUGUUAUUCUUCUCUCCCUUAAUUUUGACCCAAAUGCUCUCACUUUGGCUUUGAGGUUCUAAAUCUUGGAUCUCUUCACAGGUAUACACAUCCCUGACAUAUAACGCCACUCCUACUCCUUUCUUGUCUGGUCUGUUUCUCUGAAAUAGAUUGUAUCCCCCCAUUAUUACAUUCCAAUCGUGGGACUUAUCCCACCAAGUUUCAGUGAUGCCUAUUAUGUCAUAUUUAGUUUGCUGUACCAAGAGCUCAAGCUCAUCUUGUUUAUUUCCCAUCCUUUGCGCAUUAGUGUACAGACACUGAAGUCCAUUAAUCAUUCCCCCGUGUCUCUUAUUUAAGGAUUUUUUUCUCCCACCACUAGGUCUGCGUGCUGUUUGCUCCAUUUGGUCUAUGACAUUUGGAUGAUCAUCUUCAUCAAUUGAUAGACUUCUACCUUCAGGAGCACUGUCUCCCUCCCCCACAUUAGUCAGUUUAAAGCCCUCCUGAUGAGGUUUCUGAGAUUUUUGGCAAAAACAUUUCUCCCAACCGUUGUGAGGUGCAGCCCAUCGCUUGCCAGAAGUCCAUCUUCAAGAAACUGCAGUCCGUGAUCUAAGAAUCCAAACCGUCACCCAAAGGUAUCCAAGGGACUUACAGUAAAGAAAAAUAUAAAAUACAUAAUGCCAUAGGGUAAAAAGGGGGGGAUAAUACAUUACUAUUUAAUACAAUACAGUAGUACCUCGGGUUAAGUACUUAAUUCAUUCCGGAGGUCCGUUCUUAAUCUGAAACUGUUCUUAACCUGAAGCACCACUUUAGUUAAUGGGGCCUCCUGCUGCCACCGCGCCGCUGGUGCACGAUUUCUGUUCUCAUCCUGAAGCAAAGUUCUUAACCCAAGGUACUAUUUCUGGGUUAGUGGAGUCUGUAACCUGAAGCGUAUGUAACCUGAAGCGUAUGUAACCCGAGGUACCACUGUAUAACAUUUAUGGAAAAACAGAAGAACAUAGCAGCUGUAUCAAAUGGUAGCAAACAACAUUAACAAUACUCAAAUAAUAAACAAAGCCAUACUUUGACCCACUAAUUAGCGAAUAAACAAAACCUCAACCUCCUCCUAGCCCAAAACCCAUUCACAUCAAAGCAACAAAUUUUCCCCUUUAACCUCCCCACCCAGAUGUCUGGUGUCAAGGCCAGCUGUUGCAAAUCAGUGGUGGGUUGGUCCAGUGUCCUCUAGGGGUGGUCCAGCACCUUUCCUCUCCCUUUAGGGGAAACAGACAUGUCCCAGCUUGGGUUGGGCCUUGCCUUGUCUAAACCCAUCUUCUGGUUGCCCCAUAGGUUCCUGGGUGCUUAGGUUGCCCCAUACCAGGAUCUAACACUGGUCAAAUUCAAAGUACAUUAGGUACUUCCCAGAAGACCAUUCCAACAGCAAUGCCUGAUUGGAAUGAUGAUCCAAUUCUUACCCAUUGCCUUGCUACUUCUUACCUGUUGUAUAAAACUGUGGCCUAAUUUCACUGAGCACUAGUGUGUAUCAUUCCUGCUGCACCCAUGGGCCAUAAAUCUAUGUUGAAUACCCCUCCACUCAUUGCUAAAAAUUCAUGGUAGUGCUUUGCCCUUUCCCCUCCUUUACUCUGGUGUGCAAAUGAAGAGCUUUGCCCCACCUCAGCAAAUGAUUUCCAGUCAAAGAAAAUUAUCCUCUUAUCCAUGAAGUCAUUUCCUUGCCUCAUAUACACAAAUAAGGGCUUCCAUGUGUCAAUGGUGUCUUCUUCUGCAGCCAACAUUAUCAGCCAAAUGCUUCACCUUUGGGUAGAUAAGGAAAUGUUAAAAGUAUGAUAUGGAAUGAACAAAUAAAACGCGUCAUAAGAUUUAUGGCAGAGACAGAAAAGUACAUAUACACAACAGUGCUGUUUACCACAACCAUUUGAGUUGGGGAGCUUUUUGUACCUGGACAGAAGUCUUGACGAGAUGGAUUCCACAGUGAUGGUUGCUUGGGUGAUGCUGUUCAGUACAUUGGCUUUGCCAGGUGUCUCAGGUAAUUACUGGGCUUAAUCCCAGAGUACAUUAGAUGUAGCAAGUUUGUUUACCUAAGUUCCACUUACAGAUUUUGGCAACAAUUUGGGGACAUAGUUGCAAAGUUACGAAGCAUGACUAUAGCAGGAUGAUUUUGUAUUUGAUGCCUCUUCAGUUAUCCAGAAAUGAUCACGGUUAGAAAUGAACUGAUGGUCAGAGAGGCCAUUGAUCUGACUCCAUAAAUCAGUUUUUAUGAAAGAGCCAGGAUAGGUUUUGAACUUUAGAUGAAAGUAAAGCAUGAAUUAUUUGUAUACCUUAAAAAAGAGAGAGCAAAUGCCAGAACUCAACAAAAUGUUCACUUGAGCUCAUGGGAAACUAACUGUGUCAAUAUAGCACUUCUUUAAAAAUCAGUAAUAAGGUACAUCUUAAAUUAGUCCACCACAAUAAUUUAGGAUUGCAUUCUAAGUAAUCUUUAGAUACUUCACAUACUGAUUAUUUUCAUUGUUCCAAAAUGUCUCUUGUAUGGGCAGGUGUGGGGAACUGUGCUGGAUGGGUAGGGAAGUGGGCACAGCCCCAGGCUGCUUCUCCUGAACAACCUGGCUGUACACUGUUAUUGAAGGGUAGCUGCAUGUGCCAUGUGGCCUGUUCUGAUGCCUGCAUCUAGCCUGCUGCAUUCAAAAGUGGUGGAGGACAUUGUCCCAUAGCCAGCAUUGAAAUAAGAUUGAACUGCCAGUCUAGUCAGCUACUGUGCAUGGAACAGUGGGGCCAGCAUCUUGAUGCCUAAGGAAGGAAAAUGUCUUGGUCUGAUCCUGGCUCUCUUCCAUCCACCCCUCCUUCGCAGAUGCUCCAGAUGUCCUUUUUACUGAGCAGUUAUGAUUUGUGCUCAUGAGCUUAUUGAGUAGGGCCAUGCAACGGGUUACUAUGUUGUUAGGAGACAUACAUAGCACCAACCAAGUUAUCCCAGUGUGCUUGGGGGCAUAGGUUAAUGGUGUGGACUGGAAGACUCAGGAGUCGCCCCUCUAAGGAGAUGUCACAGUUAUACACAUAUACCUGCAAUGUUGUUUUCCAAUUCCUUCUACUACAGGUUACACAGUCAUUCCUGAUACCACAACCACCACACCAGAAACUACCGGUAAGAACUCACUUUGUUUUGCUUUUUCCAAGUAUCAUGGGAUUUAAAAUAUUAUGUGUUUCAGGUCUAGAAAACAGGUCGUAUCCAAUGAUAAUCCUGCUUAGAGUAGACCCAUUGAAAUAGGCCUACAGUGGUCAUGUCCAUUAAUUGUAAUGUGUUUUACUCUGAGUAGGACUAACAUUGGAAACUUGACUGCCAAAAUGGUGGACUUUAAGUUCUGUGAGAACACAGUAAAGAGAAAACACACACUCAGCUAGGAUUUGAAAGAUAUUCUGCGCUUAGCUUCGUUGUUCUGCAUUGGGACCCUUUGGGAGAAACAGCAGGGUAUAAAUUUAAAAUAAAUAAAUUAUUAUGAAGACAGAAGCCAUACAGCCAGAAGCAGCUUGAAGGACAGGGUAGAUUUGCUACACGAACUUCUCUGCUGGUGGGGCACUGUAUCCUAUAUCUUCAUGACUGAAGGACUGACCCCUGGGACAUCCACAAUGAUUUUCUCCAAUCAAUAUUGUCAUGUUUGAGGAACAGUCCUAAAUGUGUGAUUGCCCCAGAUGAAAAUAACAAAUAAGAAAUCUCACAAUUAGCUUUGUGCCACUGCAAAUCGUACACUCACACAAUUAGGAGAGCAUUCUCUAUGAGAUUACAUUGAAUCAUGCUUGGCCUAUUGCUUUUCUUCAUUUUGGUGCAGGAUAUUAUCAAAGGCAUGUAUCCACCCUACAGAUAGCUAAAAUAGGUGUGUGGGGGGGAAUAAGGAACUAGGGUGUAAGUAAGCUUUUGGCCACCAUUUGACCUUUUGAGUUCUGGAAAAAAAGAUUUGGAUGGAGUGUUUCCUAUCUCCCAGCUUCACAGAAAUGUGCAUAAACAAAGGAGGUUCUUGAUUUCAUUAGAUUAAUUCCAGAUGAUUUUAUAAAGUCCGUUUCACAUGAUUUUUUCUUCUGAAUGCCCAUGGUAAGAGCUGAUGUCGAUCACAUCUGAAAACCUUUUUCCUGGGAGAGGGAAACUGCCACCCAUUGAUGCAUGCAAGUACAUUCCUAAGAAAUGUUCUUCAUACAAAAUGGACACUCUAACUUAAAGAUGGAAUAUGUGAGCAGCCUCUGAAAGAGAAGGAAGAAACAGGAACAUGUGAAUUUCUCUUUAAAAAGGAGUAAUAUUUUGAUUCCUGAAAAGUUCAUCUGAAAAUGAUAAUGGAAAACUAUCUAGGGGUGACAUUUCCAUUUCAAACAGUAACAUGAGGAACAGCCCUUAGUGCGGACAGAACAGGAGGCUAAUAAUAUUUAAUACCGCCCAGAAUGGCUGGGGCAACCCAGAAGAAGAAGAAGAAGAAGAAGAAGAAGAAGAAGAAGAAGAAGAAGAAGAAGAAGAAGAAGAAGUAUGAAAAAGUUUCCAUUGCCCUUCUUGGCUUCCAUGAGCACUGUAUGGUCCAUGGGGUCAUGAAGAGUCGGACAUGACUAAACAACUAAACAACAACCCUCAUAAAAGGAUCUUCAUAACUCUAGUUUAAUAAUUCAAAUAAAAAAUCAACCUUAUUUAAUUCCCUGCGGGUAUUGCAUAAAAGAGGAGGUUUUUCUGUAUAGGCUGCUAAAUGCCAAUAUAUUUGUUUUCUUCCAGCAUGGGCAGAUGGUGAGUCUACUGUUCAUAUUUUUUGCAAUAUGGUGUUCAUGUUUGUCCUAGAUUUCCAAUUAGAUGUAUUCUGUUAGCUCAGUGGUAAGAAACAUGCCCUUUAGGGCAAUCUUCUGGGGUUACAUGCUAGUGGUGGUUUGGGCCAGAGGCAAAAGUGGGGAGACAAGCAAUAUAAAUUUUAUCUUUGUACAGUAGGCUUUUUUUUUUACACAAACUAGAGGCAAGGUAUUACGACUUAUAUUCGCAAAAGUUCUAGUCAGAUUUUUUCAAUUUGUCAUUUAAAAUUGGUAACCAAAAUGGGAACUACUCCAUAUCUCCUAGGGUUAUAUAUUUUAAAACCACAGCUAAUAUCUAUGGUAGAAAACAAAAACAAAAGAAAAUUAGCACAAUUUUAGUAGUGUAUAAUUAAAAUUAUUUCUUUCUUUCCCAAACAAACAGUUAAUUAAAAUAUGGCUUAAAAUACAGCUUAAAAUGCAGCCUCAUUUUAGUAGCAGCCCAUAAAUCAAGACCACAAAGGAAGGAAACAUAAGAUAUUCACCUGAGCCAGCUAUCCAUGCUGGUCCUACAUGGGCAAGCAAAAAAGCCAAGGGAAAAUUUAUAUACCAAAUCCCAUAUAAGGGGUCAGAGUGAGUCUAAGCCGAAGGCCAGGCGGAACAGCUCCUUCUUUCAGGCCCUGCGGAAAGAUGUCAAAUCUGGCAGGGCCCUAGUCUCUUGUGACAGAGCGUUCCACCACGUCAGGGUCAGUGCUGAAAAGGCCCUGGCCCUAGUUGAAAACCAGUCUAACCUCCUUGAGGCUCGGGACCUCCAAAGUGUUGUUAUUUAUGGACCUUAAGGUCCUCCACGGGGCAUACCAAGAGAGGCAGUCCCAUAGGUACGAAGCCAACAUUGUUAUUGAGUUCUGGAAAGAACCACAGUUACCUUUGAUUCCACUGUUUAUAUAAUAUGCCAGUACUAAAAGUCAAGCAACUUUUGCUCUGCUAUCUCUGUCACUGUCUUCUAUCUAAUACUUUAUGUUUGUUCUGCAACUGUAUCCUCUCCUGUACAACCAUUAACAGAACAAAGUAACUCAAGUUUUUCAGUGCAUAUUAUUUAUGGGCAUGAUAAGGUUUGGAAAUCUUAUCAGUACUUCUGCAUUUAGUUGGCAUUCCUUGUUUACAGUGUUCAAAAAGUGUCCAGCGUAGGAAGAUUAAAUGGACAGUUGAUGUGAAAACACAUUUCCUUUCCAAGAUCAUUGGGGCCAUUACUAUUUAUCAUGACUUUAGAUUUUAUUGACCUUAUGUUGCCCCUCUCCCUUUUACAUGGUUUGGAAACUGAUAAAUAAAUAUUUGAGAGCAUAAAAGACAUUGGGGAAAAUCAAAUCCACAAUACAGGCGUAGCUUCUUUGAGAACUAUGAAGGGCUCUGAUACCUUUAAAGCAGCUUUGGUUAUAUUUUUUCCUUGUUAAUACUGAAAUUAUAUGAAAUAACUUAGUGGUUACACUGUAGCUGUACAGAACUAUUUAAAAACACACAUGCCUAAAAUGCUUACAGUUAUACUGUUUUGAAGAAAGCUGAGUUCCGGGGUUAUGAAAAAUGUACACAUGCACCAUGGUUGGGGAUAUUGUACACCAGUGAGGUGUCUAGAGUCUCUUUCCACGAUCCUAGUAGAGUAUUAGCUAAACAGCCUUUCCUCCAUCAACAUCUCCCAAAUGGGAUAAGUAGUAGGCACUGCAUAGAAAAAGGGGCCCUGUUGGGCACAAAACCCCAAAUGCAGGUUCUGUUGUGGUAUUUCUCCAAACUAACUCCUUCAUUCCUGGUCUAUGCAGCUGAGUCCACAUGAUGCUGAGAAGGGGAACAUCAUGAACUGGGCCUUUUUGAAAGUCUCAUGAUAUGUGUUUUACAUGUGUAUGAUAGAAUACUUCAUGAUAUACUGGUACUCUGUGAUGUGGAGUAUGGGGCGUGUUUUAGCUUAGCUUCUUUUUUGCCCCUUUAUGGCUGUUCAGAGAUCCCUGGAGCAUAUCAGCUACUAGGCUUCUGCUGGCUGCACCACAGUUAUGUGUAUAAAAUGCUAUGUAUACUGCCUUUUGCUCCUUAGAAGAAAGGCAGGAUAUAACUGAGAGUGAGAUCCUAAGUGGGGUACAUAUAUGCGCAGAGUAGCAGACCAAUCUCCACUUAUGAGCGCUCACAUGCUGGCCAGGAGAAGAGGUUUCCGUUUUCCUUCCCCAUGUAGAUAUUUGAUGUUCAUCUCCUUGUCCAGUUCUAAUAGUGAUGAAAUUAGUUGUGUCAGGUCCAGGCUUGUGUGAAGACAGCCCCUGGCCUCUGAAAUGAAAGAGGGGGCCUGAAUUCCAAUACAUCCAAGACCACCUCCAGCCUACCUCUGUACUACUGCAGCUGAAAGAACCACAGGUGGCAUCUCUACCUGUUCCUUUGCUGGCAGAGUUCUUCUCAACUAAUGGGAAGCAUCUCCACCCCAUCCUAACUCUCUCCAGUCAGUGGAUCAGGGGGUUGGGAAUGGCCUGUGAGUAGGUAAAACAAACAAACAAAGGUACUGUGGCAUAUUUGUAUUUACCAGGCUGUGUACUGUUGUAGGUAGAAUGGCAAAGGGGACUUUUGCCAUGUUGAGGGUAGGCAAAGGGGCACGUCACAUUCUACUUCCUCCUAUGCUUGAUUGGGUGGCAGUGGUGUUGCCCUGGAGGCUAGAGAAAUGUAUGUUGGUGUUAUACUACAUUAAUUGUAGUAGUACCAUUAUUUUGGUUGGGUGGGUUGUAGAAAUCUUUAUUAUGCUAACAUUUCAUUGAUGUUAGUGGUUGCUGGCAUCAGUGGUCCCACCAGAUUGGUCUAGCAGUCCUCUCACUUUGAACAGAUCUUCAGUAGGGCUUAUUGUGGCAAUCCUCAAAUCUAUAACAGAGUUGACCCACUGGUGUGGGAAGAACUUUUCAUGAGUAAGCUAUCUGAAGGCUGGGAGUUCAUUUAUAUCUUUUGAAAUAAAUGUGAUAAAAAGCAAUAUCUUAGUUGUUCUGGCUCAAUUAGCUUAUUUAUUUGUAAGAGAACUUAGCUUCUGUUCCUUCAAUGUGACUUUUAAAAGUCAUUGAAAUGUAUCUAAUAACUCAUUCUGAGAGUAGACCCCAGUAGUUGUUGACGGGUUAGCCGUGUUCACUUGACCCCUUGUCACUAUGGCUUACCAGGAGUGGUGAGAUGGCAGUGGGAUGGAUGUGGUGCAAGCACAGUGGCAGAGCUAAUCCAGCACUACUGCCGUUGUGUUUGCUCUUCAGCAACUUUGCCGUGGCCUCACUCCUUCCAGUAAACCACAGUGAUGUGAAUCAAUGAUUCCUGACAGGAAGUCAGGAAAGCCAGGCCACUCCACCCUGCUGACCACUAUUGGUAGACCCACUGAAAUCAAUGGACUAAAGGUAGUUAAAACUAAAUUCAUUGAUUUAUGAGUAUGACCCAGUUGUUCUGUUUUGAGUUCUAUGUCUUAUUUGGACAUAACCCAAACCCAGUGAGAAGCAUCUGUAACUAUAUGGCAGUCUGUUCAGAAAUAUGAUUUCACUUUUUUGUUGCACUCUUAGUGGCCUCUGUUUGUGGUGGUCAUCUCUAUGAGCCAUCUGGGAAAAUCACUAGUCCAAAUUAUCCUGUUGUAUACCCAAAUAAUGCACACUGUGUUUGGGAAAUCCAUGCUGAAGGUUAUUCCUACAUAAAUCUCAUCUUUGAGUAUCUUAAGUAAGUGGCAGUAUUUUUAGGAUUGUGUUGCCCUGUGUGAUCUUUAAAAAUGAUUUUGUCUGCAUGCUUGCCUUUCUGUUUGCUGUCAAAUUGGCUUUGCAUGUUAACAAUAAUCUAUAUGCUAUUUCUGAGCUUGCCAAGUUGUGUGUGGACCCAAUAUUAAAUCAUUUACUUGUAUUCUAAAGACUUGGCUCAGACCUUAAAAAAAGGCUCACUCCAUAAGUGUGAAUACAUAACAAAUAGUGUGCCAAAAUUUGCUGACCUGGGUCUACAAGUCCCAAUUUCGUGUGGAUUUUAACUUUUUGUGUUUUAUAGUUACAAGCGAAAUAUCACCCUACUCAGUGGUUUCUAACUUUAUAUCCACAGACUGGAGCCACGUAAUCACUGCUCUUAUGAUUAUGUUGAAAUCUAUGAUGGGCCAGCGUAUGUAGCUCCUUUGCUAGGAAGAAUUUGCAUUUGGGAGCACCAAUCAUAUAUUUCUAAGUCAAAUACAUUGUCUGUUGUGUUUUCAAGUGACACUAGUUCUCAAAGCACUGGAUUUUUGGCUAUUUAUUUUUCUAUUCCACAAGGUAAGAUCUCACCAAAGAGAACAUAAUUCAGGACCAUGCUGCUUUACUUUAGUGCAAUUUUUCAAGUCCAUACCUGCAACUGAAUUAAAUAGGCUAUGCUUGCAUUGUUGUAUCCCAAAUUGUAAUUCAGGGCCAUCCUAAAAAAUAUUGAUGUGUGCAUGGGAACUCCAUUAUUUAAUUUUCUCUCUCCCAUGGUUAAACAGGGAAGAAGCAAUUUAAACUACUCAAUGGUUUAUCUAUUUGGCAGUUGACUCUUCUGCAGAGAAAGGUAGAAACAAACUUGUGGCAAGAUACACAGUUCUCUCUCAUGUGUUCUGUGUAUAUAAAUUACUUGAGUCUCAGUCCAGAUUUUGUACAAGAUUUAUUAGUGGCUGCUUCUGUUUUUGUUUGUUCAUUUCAGUACUUUAUCUGAAGAACUUUCAAUUGCCAAAGAGCAAUACAUUGACCAAAAAUUUAAUUUACACCCCCCCCAUUUUGAACUUGGCCACUAAUUUUCACUUGCAUAUGCUGUCUUCUUCCAGAGUUACCAGAGAUCAAGUUUGUUCCAAAUGUUGUACAAUAUAUAUUGAAAAUCUUGUUACUAUGCUUUUUCUUGUAUAGAAAUAAACUGUUGUACACCCACAUGUUAUUGAAUAUAUUAUGUAUAAAACUCUGGAAGAGACAAGUUCUCUCAUGUGGCUACAUAUAUUUAUUUAUAGGCACAUGGUACAUUAAAAGCACAUGUUUUGCCCCAAAGAAUCCUGGGAGCUCUGUAAGGAGUAAACUACAUUCUCAGGAUUCUCUGAGAGAAACCACAUGCUUUAAAUGUAAGGUAUGAACACAGCCAUAGAGAGGUAUCUAUAGGUAUGUAAACUGGCUGCUGUUUAAGAAACAGGAAACAGGCUGCUCUUUACCAAGUUGUUUCCUGUUGUCUUUCGAAGACGUGUCCUUAAGACUGGUGAAUGGAUCAUACAGCUGUGAGGGACGCAUUGAACUCUAUUACAAAGGAGAAUGGGGAACAGUUUGUGGUGAUUACUGGGACAUAGCCGAUGCCCAGGUUGUGUGCUGGCAGCUUGGAUGUGGAGAAGCCAUUUCAGCCCCAAGAAAAGCCUAUUUUGGCCAAGGCUCGGGACCUAUUCUCCUUGAUGAUGUGCACUGUAGAGGAAAUGAGUCUAACCUGUGGGACUGCCGUAGCCUAGGGUGGCAUGUUCAUAACUGUGGCCACAGUGAAGAUGCAAGUGUCACCUGUGCAGGUAUUUUCUGAUCUUGUUUCUUGCAUGUAGCACAAAAGCAGGAUAGUUGAAUCAUGCAUGGCAUGCCUCCUCUUCCCUCCUGAAAUGCAACAAGCUUAAGUCCUAUUUGAAUCAAUUGCCUAUGUUGCUGAAGUGCAGAACUGCUUGCUUUGGAAUUUAUCCUGUUCAUAAUGCCGGUUCAAAUUAAUUGUACAUAAUUGUUCCAAAUUUGGAAUCCAUCAGCGUGCCCCCAGCCUUUCUUUCAAGUCCAUAAUAUCCAGCCACAUAAUCUUGUACUUAGAGAAUAUCAUAUGUUGCUAAAGCCCUGUACAACAGCACAGAUAUAGCACACAUGAAAUCCCAGAUUCAAGCAAUGGAUGUGGAUCCCAGUAGAUACAGGAGUCGCAUCACAUGGCCUCAUAUCACACAGCGCAUUGGCCUAACCAAUCAGAGGAUGUGGAGCAUGAACCUAUAAUUUCAUUUAGGAAAGUGUUUGGCUCUCACAUAUGUCGAGAUUCAUGUAAUUUUGCCCAAUCCCUUCAUCCCACCAAGGCUUGCUAUACGUCAGGAAAAUUCCUGACAUAUCCUGGUUUGGGGGUUUAAAAAUGGCGUCUGGGGGAAAUUUUGCUGAAUUGGAAAAAUGUUUCUGUUCACAAAAGAAGCUCAAUAAUUUUGGUGGUUUCCUAUAAAAAAAAAAGUUCAACAAUUUUAGGGUCUUCAACAACUUUGGGGGGGGGAGUGUGUGUCAGGAAUUUUACUUUUUGAAAUAUGGCAACCCUAUCCCACAUAACUUCUGGCUGCAUGCUCAUUUGUUUGUCGGCACGUUCUGGUUAUUUCUGUAUAAGACAUUCCACUGUUCAUUCCUGCACUUCCAAUGCUUGAUUUAUUAUCAUACUAGCAGUAAUGAGGAGAGGUAGGACAGUUGUGAGCUGUUGAGGCCACCUUAUUGUCCUCUCCAGUUCUCUGAUGGCAAGGCUCAAGCCAUGCGGGGUGGAAAAUCCCAGCUUCUCUGCCAAUGUGUAUGACUCUUGAAGCAGCUGAGGUGAGUAACAGAGAGGUGAGGGUUUCUGCUAACUAUCACAACUGGAGUAACAGCUUUGUGUAUAGCCUCCGAAGUGGUGGGAAUUCUGACAGCUUUAUAAAGACAGGGGCUGCCAAGCUUCCAUCUUGUACAAGAUCUCAUAACAGACACAACUCUCCCUCUUGUUGCAUCUGAAAGGUGAGCACUGUUGUAGUUCAGUCUGUCAUGCCCUCUUGCAAGCUGCAGAUGCAUGGGGAAGGGAAUUUUGGGCAACCCCACAGAGGAAGAGCUGGAUUCUCACUGGCCACCGCUGGUCUAGCAGCAAGUCUUACUUGUCAUCCACCUUGCAAUGGGAGUUGGCAUAUUUUAGCCUGUGCAUUUGCUGGAUUAUUGCUUGGUUGUCUUUGAAGAGAUAGAGGGGACAGUAAUCCGUAAUGGACACCCUCUGUGAAAGAUCAUUUCUGUGCCAAAUGCUGAGUAGUUACAAUUGAAAGCAAGAGACAGUUGCAAGCUUAAUGCUCUUUCAAUCAUCGUGUCUGGAAACCCCCCCAUUAAUGGUUCCUCUAAUGUCUUUGUUGCAGUACUAUAGAUAAUGUUGAUGAUAGUUAAUACAAUCAGGAAGACAAUACUUACCAAUAUACACACCCCUUAUUGAGCCAUGACUAGGGGGGACUAGCCAGGUUUUUUGCCCUGGGUGAAGCCUCCGGAGGGCUGUCAUUGAGGCUGUGUGUGCGCGCGCACGCAUGUGUGUGUGUAAAUGCGCAUGGGGUGCGUGUGCCAAACUGGGUCUUUGAUCCGGAUGAAAUAAAGCCUAGUUUCACUCCUGCUCCUUAUGUGGAAAAGAACUGGAAACAGUUAUUAUAUGACUUGUUUCUUGCCCAGACUGAGAUAUCAUUACCGGGGGGGGGGGGGGAGAGAGAGAGAGACCUGAGUGUUUGGUGAGUGGGAAUGGAUAUCUAGGGAUUACCCACUAAGCUGGGUAUGUUUUCUAUUGCCUUUACAUGGGUAGAGUGGUUUAGUCAUGCUGGCCACAUGACCUGGAAAGCUGUCUGAAAAGCGAGAUGAGUGCCACAACUCCAUAGUUGCCUUUGAAUGGACGUUACCGUCUAGGGGUCCUUUACAUUUACCUUUUUUACUCAGGUGGUGCUGUGGUCUAAACCACUGAGCCUCUUGGGCUUGCCGAUCAGAAGGUUGGUGGUUCGAAUCCCCGCGAUGAAGUGAGCUCCCGUUGCUCGGUCCCAGCUCCUCCCAACCUAGCAGUUCAAAAGCACACCAGUGCAAGUAGAUAAAUAGGUACCGCUGUGGCAGGAAGGUAAACAGUGCGCUCUGGUUUCUGUCAUGGUGUUCCGUUGUGCCAGAAGCGGCUUAGUCAUGAUGGCCACAUGACCCAGAAGGCUGUCUGUGGACAAACACCAGCUCCCUCGGCCUGAAAGUGGAGACGAGCACCACUACCCCAAAGUUGCCUUUGACUGGACUUAACCGUCCAGGGUUCCUUUGCCUUUUACCUACCUUUUUUUUACUGUCUGCACAGUGUUCAUUUUGGUGUGUCUUUGUGCAAAGUGCCCUUUCACCAGAGUGAUCCAAUCACCAAAAUUCCCCCAGUGUGCUUUUAAAUUAUCCAGGCAGGCAAUGUAGUCCAAACACUGUUUUCAGUAAUGGUAGGGAGGAGUAUGAAGCAUUGCCAUAGCCAGCAGCAGAAGUUAUGUGACUGCAGAAGUCUGCAAAACACAACCCUUCUGACUGUUUUGCUAUAUUGUAUAUAUCAUUCUCCCGAACUCUAUUCCCCCCCAAUCUGUUUUUCUCUGAUAUUUGCCUUCCCCGACCAGUUUCUCUGUUCUCAACAACUCCCUCCCUCUUUCUCUCUCUGCUGAAUAUUAUUAAAUGUACAUAUUAGUAGUAGAAAAAGAUAUCUUUAACUUAUAUGUUGUGUUUGCAAAUGGAUAUCAUAAACUUUAUACUCCAGCAGAAGGUAAUUUGCAGUAAGUGCAAAUUAUGCUCUUUCUGUCUCUUUCUAAAUGUUACCUCAGUAGUUCUCAAACUUUUUUCUCUGCACCACAACUUUCAGAAUAAAAAUUUGCUCGGGCCAGACCAUUUUUUUUAUUAAUAAGAAAUACAUUGGAAAACAAAAAGAAACAACUCCUAGCAUUGCUAGGAGAACAAAGCAACUUUAUAAUAUGAUCUUCAGAAAUCCAGAGAGUCUAGUCUCCUCACCUAUACAUAGAAACCUUUCUCUUUCCUGAGCUUUCAUAUUUGUUUGAGUUGAAAAUCACUGUUUACAGCACUCUGUCAUGGAGAACUGUCAGUGCAGCUCUCCAGCAUGCUGAAUGGUGAUCCUGGAUCACAAUUAGGAUGGUUGUCCGUAUCACUUGAUGCUCUUGCUCUCACUUUGAAAAGAUACUGUAUUUUUCCAUGUAUAAGUCACCCCCAUGUAUAAGGUUCCACAACAGAAAAAGUAAUAGCCAGUAAUUAAUUUUUCAUUUUCAUUUAAAACAUAAAUAAAUCUGCUACAAUUCCAAAUAAACCAGAGAUUUAUUCACCAGCUCCAUCUAAAAAAGGGGUCCAUAUUGUUGUUUCAGAGAUUCAGAUGUUGCAUCUAUCAUUCAAACAUAUGCAACCAUGAACUCUUAAAUCCGAGAUGGGGAACUUUUGAUAUUCCAGAUGUUAUUGGACUGUGACUCCCAAGACUCCUGGCCAUUUGCAUGCUGGCUGGGGCUGAUGGGACCUGUAGUGCAGCAACAUCUGGAGCUCUGCAUGCUCUGGCUUGGAGUGCCCUCUUGAGGUUGCUAAGUCAGUUUAGCAAAAAAAUAUGGAAAGGCAUUACAGUGGUACCUCAGUUUAAGAACAGUCCUGUUUAUGAACGAUUCGGUUUACGAACUCCACAAAACCGAAAAUAGUGUCCCGGUUUGCGAACUUUACCAGAAGCCGAACAGUGGAAGGGCACCAGCGUUGGGAGGCCUUAUUAGGGAAAGCACUCCUCGGUUUAAGAAUGGUUUCGGUUUAAGAACAGACUUCCAGAACAGAUUAAGUUCGUAAACCUAGGUACCACUGUAUUGGGCUCUGUCAAUCAGUUAUGUCUUUUCUCCUCAAGCCUUUCAAAAGCCCAAGUCUCAACACAAUAAUUCCCCCCGCCCCUAAAUCUGUUGUUUUACACAUCUGAGAUGCAUCGGUCUAUGAGUUCAAUUUUUUUAAAAAAAUAGGCUGAUGGAUGGACAAAGGUGAUUUCUUAGAAAUAUGAACACCUUCUGAUAUCUCAAUCAGUUCUAAUAUUUUUCAUGUGUGUGUGCGCGCGUGCUCAUAUAUGUCUCUGUGCGGUUCUUUUACCUUAUUACAAAGUGGCUUUUAGCAGGAGGGAAGUCUUUCUGCUACUUAAAGUAGUGACUUGGGUUCUCUGAACAUUCUGAUUGCAUUGCUUUGGACAGAACAGCAUCAUUCCUAGGAGAAUUCUUGGGGGGAAAGAUCACUGUUUCUAUGGUCAGUCUGUGGAGACAGCAUUCUUUUUGCCCAAAUAAUGUCCCUGAGAGUGCCACUACAUUGUGACAUCGUAUCAUUCUCAAGGGAUGUUCUAUCACAGAAAGGCCACAUACGAUCCCUUUAAAUAAUCCUGGGAACUGUAGUUUGUUAAGUUUGCCAGGAAUUAUAGCUCUGAGGGAGAGAAAUGAUAGUUCAUAUGAUUCUUGGGGGAUGCUUUAAAUGUGCUUUAAAAGAGUGGUGUGUAUACAGCUGCAGAGGUAACAAGGUUUCCAUGCCUCUGUAAAAGAGAGAAACCGAUAUCCUUUACAAAUGGGUUCAGGGCAGGCAGGGGCAGUUUGAUUAUUAUGUGUGUAGCAUAGAUACCUUCACACAUUUGAUUACAUUGUCUUUUAUUUCACAGGAAAUUAUAGUUGUGGUUCUUACCUUCCAUAUGGAUCAGGAUCAUUCAGUAGUCCCUUUUAUCCAGCACUUUAUCCAAACAAUGCAAACUGUAUAUGGACAAUAAAUACUUGGAAUGGCUCACGUAUAAACCUCAGAAUUGCAAGUAUUGAGUAAGUACGAGGAGAACUAAAUAGUGCUAUAAAACUGCAGCUCAUUUAAAUGUGGACUUUCCUGUGCUCACUUCAUCAUAUAUGUUUACUAUUAUAAUUGGGAAGCAUGACGAUGAACAUAUCUGUUGAGUAUUCAUGUGCCCUACUUUACAGAGGUUAGCCCUGUAUUCAAGGAGCUGUCAGAGGAGAGUCCUCAGUCUGAAGGCACUGAAUUGAUCUUGUAUGACUCGGUGGCAUACUGAAUCUCUGCCAUAGUUAAUUGAUAUACUAAGUUUAUAUGUUGAGCUGUAUGUUCAUGCGGGUUUCUUGUUUUUUUUCCAGGGCAGAAUGCCCCUUUGAUUAUAUUGAGAUCUUUGAUGGAUAUAUCUACUCACGUUCCCUAGGAAGAUUUUGUAAUGGUUCCCAACGAACAUUUUUUUCUACAUCCAAUGUUCUCACAGUGGUGUUUCGCAGUGACAAUAGAGUAACAAAUCGUGGUUUUAUUGCUAACUACUCUUCUGUUUAUGCGGCAUACGGUGAGUGACUAAGUGUGUGUGUGUGUGUGUAUUAAAUUGAACUCAAGUUGAAUGACUGAAUGGAGUAAUAGUUUGUCAUUGUGUACAUUCAUCAGGCCCCAUGCAUAAUGUACACAAAAUCCUUCCAAGAAGAGGGGAUUGUGCACAUUUCCUGACCAAUAUACAUAAUCCCCAACAAGACUUUGAGAAUGUGCAAAUCUUGGCUAAAUUUUGUACUUACUCUGGUCAUCUACAUAUCUCAACGGUAGUUUGCACUUUAUUUGAGCUACAUGCACAUUUUUCAGUCAGUAUGCAUUGUCCCAUUUUCCCCCUCUGUCUCUUGUUCAGAAGCAUGUAAUCUGCUCUCUUUGGGCUGCUUCUGACCCACUACCUAAUCUUCUAUGCCCACAACAUACCCCCUCCCCACUGCUCAGCUAAACACCCGGCUGAAGAGGGGGCUUCAGAUAAAGAUGAUUUAUUAUUACUCUUUAUUAAAUAUAUAUCCCACCCUUCUUCCAAAGGAGCUCUUUCCCCCCUGAAGUCUAGCCUCCUUUUAACCAGCUGAUUAGCACAUGGGAAAAUGCAUGUAGUGAAAAAUUCUACAUCUUUGCUCACCCCAGAGGUGUAGCACGGGUUGCCAUUGCCCUGGGCACAGUUUUUCCCAGGGUGCAUUUUGCUCCUCAUACCACCCAGCAGUCCCAUGCUGCUUUGCCAUUGUGGGGCUGGCAGGACAUCAGGAGGAUGCAACAGGCAUGUGCCCUUCCAAUCAGACCAAUUAGGCUGAUUGGAAGGGUGCAUGCCUGCCCUGGUGUGUCCUCCUCACAUCACCCUCCAUGCUCUGCUCCCUGUUGGUGCGUCCAGAUACUGCUGCCUCAUCCUCCCACAAUUCUGAUGGAAAUUCUCCCCCCUCUGGUGCCACUAUUAAGCUGAAGAAAAGCCUUAGUAGCAGAACUUCUACCGCUAUUUAAAACCGCUACUUUCCCUCUACCUCUCCGUGUGUGUCUCUUCUUGCUUCCAUACCACACCACUGCUGUUGUACAACCCUUUGCUUUUGCUCCCCUAUCCCAUUCUGACAUCGUGAAAACCCAGGAUUGUGAUACAAUACUACAAAUUCUCCAAUGGGGGCUGAAUGGUGACGGUCUUACAUUUUUGUCUACUAUAUAUUUUGGAAAGUAGUUUGUCUGUCCAUUUGUCUGUUCUCUAUCUGUCGGGAUGUCUCUUGAUUUCCCCUCUGGGUUUUCAGCGUUCGGGAGCCGAAACGUUCCAAAAUGGAGCCGUUUGUGAACUGAGGUUUGACUGUAUUGGGGAAUUUUAUAAAUCUCAGACUUUAGCAGGCUCUUGCUGAGACUUGAAUUCUGCAGUAUCUGUUACCAAAAAUGACUGUGAAUGCUCAUGAAUGAUCCACAUACUUUUGGUGUCCCCAUCCCAGAUCUCCGACUGGUGAAUGGACGUCAUGGCUGCGAGGGCCGUGUCGAAAUUGGUUCUUACAAUGGAACAUGGGGAACUGUUUGCGAUGAUUCGUGGAACCUGAUGGACGCAGGUGUGGUGUGUAGACAACUUGGAUGUGGACAGGCUGUGUCAGCCACAAUAGCGGCAUAUUUCGGUGAAGGCUCUGGACCCAUUCUUCUGGAUGAUGUUUAUUGUAAUGGAAAUGAGCGCCACCUUUGGGAAUGCUCUAACAGAGGCUGGGGGUCCCACAACUGUCGUCACAAUGAGGAUGCUGGUGUCAUCUGUUCAGGUGACUUCUGAUUUUGUCAUACAUAUUGUUUUAUAUUAGCAUGUUUUAAUCAGUUUGAGCAUCUAGGUUAGACAGUAUAUUCACUUAAAAAAUUUUGUUGGAUUCUCCAAUAAUUCAGUCCUCCCUAACUAUAACUAAUAGUAACAUUGAUUAUUCAGGAGCAAACCAAACUGUUGAUCUCCCAAGGUGGUAUCAAUAAAAACAAUAAAGUAUUGGGCUUCUACAGCAGGAAAAAUAGCUACAAACUAUGAUCUGCAAUCUCUAAUGAAACACUAUUCUGACUUUUGAUGUAAUUCUGUUCUACUAUUUCCAAUGAAUUACUGAGUCUUUAGAAGAGAAUAUAACUCUCAUUUACCACUUCCAAGGAACUGGAAGUAUAUGUCAGGAGCCCAGGGUGCUGUCUUGAUAACACAGCAUGCAAGUUGUGAUUAGCUUGAAGAUUUAUUGCAAAACAAUUAGCUGAGCGUCCUAGUCGUACAAUUCAGUUGACUCUUCCGGCUUCUGCAGAACCUAUGACCCUUAUGUUUCUGGUUUUGUUUUCUGUCUAAUACCUUUCCCAUUCAUCUACUCCUGGGGCUCAUGGGGUUAAUUACCUCCUCUUCCGGUGAGGAAGUGCUCCACCUUCUGCCAUCCCUAGCUGAACGGAGAAUUGCAUGCCACAUCUCUAGCCUAAUCCAAGAAUUGUAGGCACGUAACUCGAUUUUGUUUUUUGGUUUGUUUUUAAAAGGUGAAUUCUUGUUGAGCUGUUGGCAGGCAGAGGAGAAGUGACUUGAUUUAGCUCUCUUCUUUUCCUUUACCCAAUGACCACUGAUCAGAAAGAUAUUUAAUUAUACAUUUGUUCCAAUGAAUCGCAAAUAAUUAUACUGAUCAAACCAUUAACACAUUUGGGAAACAUUCUAAGGUCUCUACCUUUUUAUUUUUCAGGUGGUCAGCUUACAACAGGUAAAUGAUUCAUUUAAUAAAAAUUUCCUUAUGGCUUUUUUUUUUAUAGUAGUGAAUAACUGCAGCAAUAUUACAAGAUUAAGGGAAAAGGUAGCAGUGUUGUUGAUGUUUAGUUGUUUAGUUGUGUCCGACUCUUCGUGACCCCAUGGACCAGAGCACGCCAGGCACUCCUGUCUUCCACUGCCUCCCACAGUUUGGUCAGACUCAUGCUGGUAGCUUCGAGAACAGUGUCCAACCAUCUCAUCCUCUGUCAUCCCCUCCUCCUUGUGCCCUCAGUUGUUCCCAACAUCAGGGUCUUUUCCAGGGAGUCUUCUCUUCUCAUGGGGUGGCCAAAGUAUUGGAGCCUCAGCUUCACAAUCUGUCCUUCCAGUGAGCACUCAGGGCUGAUUUCCUGCUAGUGUAUUAAAAUAUUUAAAAAUCUUUAGUCGACUGAAGAGGUGUCCUCAAUUCACCUGGCAGAAAAUCAAACAAGUACUUACAAAACUUUCAGAGGAGGGCAUGGGCAGAGGGGAAUUGCUCUCCUUAGCUUCUGUGUCUGACCACCAUGGCUACUCCUUGAUGGGAAGUGGGAUUUGAUGGUCAGGAGGUGGGGCUUGUCGAUUUCAAAGGUGGCCCCUACCUCCCCACCCUUAUCUGAGCACUGAGAUCCAGCAUAGGAAAGGCAUUUUCCUUUCUUUUAAAAUAAUAAUUCUGAGGCAGAGUCUGUUGUGAUGUGUAGCCAUCAUGUAUAAAAAAGCAGCUCUUCCCCCCCCCUACAAAAACUACUCUUUAUUCAUCAUUUGAAUGUAUGCUGAUGGAAUGAAUUAAUUCACAAUGAUUGAAUUCACAUAUGUAGUAUGAUACAAUGAGAUGAUAUAUCGGAGGGGGAGGCAGCAUAAAGCCUAUAUGCCAUAUCUAGACAGUCAAAGGGAAAAGCAUUUUUCUUCUGUAGACAAAAUACAUCUACAUCUGUUAAAUUAGCAGGUGUGGAAAAUGCUUCUUCUUCCUUUUCUCACAUGAGCUGCUAAUAAUAAUUAAUUUACAAUCUCUCUCUCAUUGCACAUAAAGAUGCAGGUAGAUGCCAUAAAGUGUUUGACAGUUUUGAUGAAUGGUGUCAUGAAGUGUAUCAAAUUCUGCAUUUCCUUUCCAUUUCCUAAACAAUUCAUUCCAUUGUCCAACCUUAGACUGAGCAUUGUACUGAUUUCCUUAUAGCGAAUUUAUAUUUGCCUUUCUGGAACUUAGACCCAUUAGUCUCCACAUUAUUAAUGGCAUUGGCAGUGGGGGAGAAAAUAUUUAGACAUUUCUUAAUAGAACAGGUCUUUCAAUGGCAAUGGAUUCUAAUCCUUAUGAAUGAGGUACUUUAGGCAGAUCCUGCCACUGCUUCCAAUAAUGGAAAGAAUGACGUUGAAGGUAAACAUUCUUCCUAUUUGCAAAAGCUUGAAGAGGUUUAUAUCUGGUCACUUUAAACAAAUACAGGAGAUGGAGCAAUCAAUUCAGGCUUCUUCUUGUGUUUUGUAAACUGCAUUUCAAAUUAAUUUUUAAAGCUGCAAAACGUACCCGCAAGAUCAAGGAGUAUUAACAUGAGGAGCAUAAAUGUAACUCAGCCUUGGCUAUUUUUCUGGGACUUACUUUAUGUAUUUAUUUAUAGUUAUAAAAGUAUUCCUGUACUACCAUUUCAUAAGAUAUCAAGGUGGUGUUCACUGUUAAAACGUAUUUUUCAAAAAAUAACAAAAAUGCAAAUAAUCAUUAAACUUACAGAUCAAUGUAAAACCAAACAGCUGCAAAGGCCUGUUGGCACAAAACAAGAGAUGCUUGAAAGUCAAAAGCUUGAGUCAAUUGUUUAAAUUGUUCUCUCUCUCUCUCCUCUUCCCUCUUGAUCUUCAGAGAGACCAACUCCUCCAUGGUGGCCAAGGACAAGUAAGCUCUAGAUUUCUUUACUUCAUUUUUUUUUACAUUGCCUUUUUAUGAUCACUUUUACUUCAGCUUCAUUAGUGGUAUCUGCAUUAUCACAUGGUCUAACACAGGCAUCAGCAAACUCGGCCCUCCAGAUGUUUUGGGACUACAACACCCAUGAUCCCUAGCUAACAGGACCAGUGGUCAGGGAUGAUGGGAGUUGUAGUUCCUAAACAUCUGGAGGGCCAGGUUUGCCUAUGCCUGGUCUAACAAAAAAGGACUUGCAGAAUACUCUCAUGUUGUUCACUUUCAAAACGGAUAUAUAAAGUCAUGUGGUACGGUGGCUGUUGUUUAUUGCUUUGAGGAGGAGUAAAAAUGAGUUAACUCAGCCUCUCUUUCAGGGUUUCUUAGCUACAAGGCUAACAUAACAGUGAACUUGAAACAUAAAAUGAAACAUAUAUAGGGAGAGAAUAAAACCUAGUAGCCACAAAUUUUAACACCUGAUACAAGGUCAUGUACAAAAGAUCUCCCCAUUUCCUUUGCACAGAGGCGGACAUUUCUGCAAUAAUAUUCCUUUGCGCAUGUGGAUGUCACCAGCAACAGACAGUGGGGUGGACAAGUACUGCUCAACUUACCACCAGCUGGUUGUGUUGGUGCUGCUUACUGGGAUGUUAGAGGAGAAGGAAUGAGGUAGUGGCAAGGUUGAUGCAAAUCCAAUACAGUGGUACCUCGGGUUACAUAUGCUUCAGGUUACAUACGCUUCAGGUUACAGACCCCGCUAACCCAGAAAUAUUACCUCGGGUUAAGAACUUUGCUUCAGGAUGAGAACAGAAAUCAUGCUCCAGCGGCGUGGCAGCAGCGGGAGGCCCCAUUAGCUAAAGUGGUGCUUCAGGUUAAGAACAGUUUCAGGUUAAGAACGGAUCUCCGGAAUGAAUUAAGUACUUAACCUGAGGUACCACUGUACAGUUUUCGUGCCAGUGAGUUUGCAGUGUGUUGACCUUGCCUCUCCCCUUCCACCUUCUAGUAAGCAGUAGUGAUACAAAGCCUCUCCUCCUCCCAGAGGGGAGGUGUUGUGAGCGGGAACCGUUCCUGCAUCGGCAGGGGGGGCGUGUUCGGCCCCCUGCGUUAUCUCCUAGCUGCCACACUGCCUCUCAAUAGGGUUGAGCCAGCCAAUAGGGUUGGCCCAGAGGUGGGCGGAGUGUGGCCAUCACCUACCCCGCCCCAUUUUGGGUACUUUGUUAAAGGAAUCUGGUGGUCGUGGAUCCUGUCCUAUGCCCUACUGGUGGCUAGGGCCAUGGCACGACCCCCGGUGAUAUCAGGGGGAGCUUUCAGUUGUAUUUGCAUCAACAGGCUCCUCCCACUGGUGGUUAACCUCCAAAUGACCCCUGCUGCAUGGGUGGGGUCAUAUUUAGGUUGUUUGAUCCAAUGCCUAAGCCAAUACUGCUCACAUGCUGUUAUCAAUAAAAGUUGUGGCCUUUUUCUUUCCUUUUUUGAAAAUAAUAUUUAUUACUUUUCCAACAAUUUAAACACAACAACAACAACAACAAAAGACAAUACAAUACAAUACAAAGACACUACAUAACACUAACACAUUAAACUAACAAAACAAAACAAAAACUGUUUAAAACACAUCAAACAAUUUCAAUAUCUUAUCUUUCAUUCACUUAUUUCAACGACCUCCUCACACCUCCCUUUUUGUAUUCCACUUCUGUUAAUUGUUUCCGCAAUUCCUUUCCAUCUUCCUCUGUUUUCUAGCCUAUAAUUAUCUUGACACAUUCUAACCUUAUUUUUUCCUUUAAUACUCUAUUAAUCUAUUUAUACUUAGUUCCUUAUAACAUUUCUAGUAAAGCCAUAUAACUUCAUUCCAACCUUUUUCUAACAUUCAUUAAUUUUACAGUAUUUCUGUAAAUAGUCUUUAAACUUUUUCCAAUCUUCUUCCAGUUGUGGCCUUUUUCAGCCCACUAACCUAAAAUACUUGUGUCUUGGUCUCUUAUUCAUUACUACGCGGGUUAGGGUCCUCGACCCACAAACAAGUGGAGGUCAAGUGAGUGGCACUAAGCCAUCCUGCUGUCCAUUACUGGGUGUAUCGCUUUCACUGGAUUGAGCAUCCUAGUGGCCACGUGGCCAUUCAGAGAAUCCGCCCUUCUCUCUUUAAGAUGGCACUGCUAGAUAAGUCAAAGUAUAGGAUGUCUAAGUCUUCAUCUUCAACACUAGGACUGAAUACACAAUAAAAUGCUCUACUGAACCUAAACUCAGGUUUGUGCUUUGUUUCUCUCCAAACAAACCAUGAGCAGCAAGUAAGUUUUGUUCCUGGCUUAUUACUCAUGGUUUUGAAGGAGGUGGUCGGUGGGAAACCAUGAGUCCAGGUUUGGACCCAAUACUAAGGUAGAUCAUGGCUUAGCUCCUGCCAGGGCAGUUGCAUCAGAAGCAGGGGAGGAGUGAAGUGGCCAUGAUUUUAGGAGUGUGCACAAGUGACUGCACAUUCACUAAUAAACCAUAGCUAAGCUUAACUAUGGAUUAAAGUGAUGCAGUAACCAAGCAACUACUUCAGAAUAUUAAGCAGGGUUGAAAUAAAAGUCAACCCUGAUUGCAACAUGUGGCUUUCUCAGUAAGGAACAUUGGGUUCUGGGUGUAACAAGAAAUUAAUCAUAGCAAGUUUAUAAUAUUUUCUAGAAUUUAACUACUUAUAUCCCAUAUAUCUGCAACAAAAUUUGUUCUGUGUUUUAUUUCUUAGCUCCCUCAACAGAUUAUUCUUGUGGUGGUUUCCUCGCACAUUCAUCUGGGUCAUUUCAAAGUCCGUUUUUUCCAUCCAACUACCCAAAUAAUGCCGACUGUGUAUGGGAAAUCCAAGUAGGAAGCAAUUCUCGUGUAUCACUUACUUUCCAAACACUUCAGUAAGUAAAGCUCUAAUAUUGCCAUGUCAAGGUCUCAAAAUGAAACUUAUUAUUAUUAAUAGCAGCUUUCCUAGAUACAUUACAUAUAAAUUCAAAAAGAGGGUGAGAUCAUAGCUGGGAGGCAAACAGUAGAUGUCGUUAGGACUAUCCAGUGAGUCCAUAACUGAACACCAAACCUUAGAUUCUAGCCAAAAGAGCCCACAAUGCAUUUGCCAUUUAAAACACAUGGCUUCAUCCAAAGAAUUCAAGAAACUGUAGUUUACCCCACACAAAGCUACAGUUUCCAGUACCCUUAACAAACUACAGUUCCCAUGAUCCUUUGGGGGAAGCCAUGUGCCUUAUAUGUGUCAUUUAAAUGUAUAUUGUGAAUGUGAUUGCUAGCAUUUCUAGAUCCUUCUAUAGUCUAGAAUCUAUUAUCACCCAAAACUGGCUGUCAGUUUCUUUGGUUCCCUAUAAGAGUACUAUAAGAGCUUUUAUACCACGACUGCAGCAUAUCGUAUUUUAGAAAACUGAGGACAAGCUUAUUUGAUGAAAAAGAAAGGGGGGCAAAGAUGUAAGGGUUGAACCCUGCUUGUGACGUAGCAUGCUUACAGCCCUACCUUGUAAAUCCAGGUGUGUUGUAGGAAAGCUCUUGUUACUUAGUGGUAACAUAAUAGCACCCAAAUGUACUCAGAUGCACUCUUUUCUUCCUACUUAACAUAUUCAAGGGCGUUGUGUUCCACGUCUGAACUGUGAUGUGCCAUGGCUUAACAAAUAAAAUCCUGUUUGGUUUUCUAUUUCUUUUGUCUGAUAUCGUUUGUCUAGUAUCUGAGCAACUUAACGCACCAAAAUAAAGUCUGUUAUGUGAUAGUAGCUUAAAGGAAUUGCAAGUGUAGAGACUAAUUCAUCAUGAUCAGUGAACAUUGCUGUAAAAAUCACAUUCUUGUUUGCUUUCUAGACUAGAAUCAUGUAAUACACAGAGCUGCCCCUGUGAUUAUAUCGAAAUCUAUGAUGGAACGCUCCAUAACUCUCCUUCGCUUGGGAAGAUUUGCUCUGGCUAUUACCAAACCUUUACAUCAACCUUCAAUAUGUUGACAGUUAGAUUUCAUAGUGAUCAUAGUAUCACAAACAGAGGGUUUUUUGCAAACUAUUACACCAUCCCAGCAAAUCAUAAUACAAGUAAGUGCAAUUUUGCAAUACAUUUUUCUUUUACCAGAUUGUUGUCAUUCAAUUUAGUUAAAAAAUAACUAAUUUUCUUGGUACUGUAUUGGUUUUUUCCUGCUGUCACUAAAAAAACCACCUCCAUCUUUUUACGUUUGGAAUCCAUAACUUGCAUUUGGCUUAUAUGUGUACCUAGGCACUGCUUAAGUCAGACUCUUCUUAGCUUCAGGAGCAGCAGAGGCAGAUUUAGGGGAGCAUGACCAGCUCACCUGCAUAGGGCACCAACUUGAGAGGUUGCCACAGGAGGUGGCAUAACAAUGACUUAGAAUGGAAGGCAAGAAGCGGUGGUGGGGGUGGGCCCACCACCAGAGUCCACCACUGGAAACACUCUUCAGGCCAUUGUUAUAUAGCUUACAAUGAACAACCACACACCAAAUACUUCAACCCCCAGGCUACUUUGCUUACUUAAAAAGAAAAUGUAUUGAUUGCAUUGGGAAUUAGUUCAAAGUAAAUAUGUUUAGGGUACAGAGUGAGAGAUGGUGAGGUUGGCACAGUGCAAAUGCACUGGCAGAGCCAUUCCAGUGCUCCUGGAAGUUUAGGGAAGCUCUUAAUGUUUAACAGACUAUUGUAUUUCAAUAUUUUGUUGGAAGCUGCCCAGAGUGGCUGGGGAAACCCAGCCAGAUGGGCGGGGUAUAAAUAAUAAAUUAUUCUUAUUCUUAUUACUCCUGUUGGUGCAUUUGCAUCAUGCUGACCUCGCUGCCACUUCAAUACCUCUCUAACUCCCAAUAGGCAGCAGUGAUGGGAUGACUGGAGGUCAGGUGAUCAGCAGAGCCCUAUCGAGCUAUCUGCUACUGCUGAGCAAUACAUGGGUAGCUUUUUGGAUGAGAAAAGGGAGAUCAUGCUCAUUUGCCAAGGAAGCCUAGGCUUCUCUCACAGCCCACAGAAGCCCAAGUACACAAAAACAUUUAUGGCGGUGGGUGGGUGUGUCACAAUAUUGAUAUUAUGACAUCAUUGUGACUCCCCUCAGUAUCAUUCCCCCCCAUGACAUUACAAUCUGCAUACACUUACUCACAUUCUAAAAUUUUUAGUUUUAAGUGUUUUAACUGUUUUGUUACAGUUAUAAGAAUAAAGUGGGCACUAAAAUAUAUAAUUCUCAGAUGCCAAAGGCCAUGGAAAAGAGGUGUGUCUUCAGCAUAUGAUAGAAACUACAUAAUAAAAGUGGCAAAUAGGAAAAAUGUAAGGACAUAUAGGUUAGGGAACUUUGUGUUACUCUGUACAGUGCAAUAAAGAUGGAUGGCAUUGCCUUCAUAAAAGGAUAAUAAUGUAUUGUCUUGUUUUAUUUUAGUGCACUAAUACCACAUCCUUUCUCUCCUUGCUAGCUCUUCUUUGUGGACCAGAAUAUAUGCAAGCUAUAAUAAGUAGAAGUUUCCUGACCUCUGAAGGCUAUUCUCCAUUUGAUGUCCACUUGAUUGACCCAUCCUGCCCACCUAUUAUCACACCAUAUUAUGUUAUUUUCAACAUACGGUACAAUGGCUGUCAGACCAGAAGAGACGUAUGGAGAUUUAUAUUUGAUUUCUAUAUGCCUGCCUGCCUUUCUUUCUUUCUUUCUUUCUUGUUUAGAAAAAGCAGGGCUUCAGGAGUUCAACUGGGGCAAUGCUAAGAAACUGAAACAUGUAGUCCAAUUCAUGUAUAUACACAGAAACGGAUUUAGGGGAGCAUAACAGGUUUAUUUGCACUGGGCUCCAAGCCAAGAAGGCUGUGCAGAGGGUGCUGCAACAAUAAUUUAGAACGGAAGGAGAGAGGUGUGGGGAGCACUGACUUUUGGCUGCUGAAAUUUGAAAGCCCAGAGUCCAUCACUUAGAUCUUUGUUCAACAAAUAGUCACAUAAGAAAAUAUUUUUAGUUUGAUUUUUAGCAUCUGAAUAGCCUGGGUAUUCAUGUUACAUUGGCAGCAUGGAAAGGAGCCAGAUCACAAGAUCCCUUGCUGCAAAUGUAGUAUGAGUAUGGGAUGUUCAGGCACCAUCAGAAACCCCAAUUUGUUCUGUGUUGGGGGUUGCAUGGGUCAAGGUAAGAACAGCAAUACGGAAUAUGAGUUAGCUGUAUGUUCAGAGCAGUAAGAGUUAGCAGACACACUUCAAGCUCUCACUGUGGGAUAAGUAAGUUGCCAUUUUGAAACAACUUAAUUCUGAACAACAGUUGAUACAAAUAAUAUUUGUAUAGAGAAUUCAGUAGCGUCCCCAGUGAUACUAUUGGCUUAGACAAGUAUUCCUACAUCUUGAAGAGGCAACUUGGUGGUGUGGCUGCUUUGCGCAAAGGUAGCAUUAAGACUGGCUGCAGCAAAUUCUACAGUGCUAUGGCAACAUCCUUACCUCAGAAAUGUAUGUUAACCGCUGCCCCCCCCCCCGGAUGUUUCAAACAGGCAGAUGCUGAUACUAUUAUUUAUUCAAACCUGAUCACGGCAGCUGCUUCAGGAUACAUAAUUAAAAGGGACAAGGAUCUUCACUUCCAUGUCAGCUGCAAAAUGCUGAAAAACACUUGGAUAGAAACAAUGUAUGUCGCUGAUGGUGUAAAAGAGAUCAAUGAAACUCGGUAUGGACAAUACGAAGUCAACAUCACAUUUUAUACCUCCGACUCCUUCUUAUAUCCAGUCUACGACUCACCUUAUGAAGUUGAGCUGAAUCAGGAGUUAUAUCUGCAAGUUACUCUUCAUAACUCUGACCCAAAUCUGGUGCUGUUUCUGGAUACAUGCAAAGCAUCACCCAACUACAAUGAUUUUACAACUUUGACUUAUGAUAUCAUCAAGAGUGGGUAAGGAUGUUCACCUUAUAUAUUGUCUGUCUGAUUAACUGUGUUAAUCUUUAUUGCUUUUCAUUUCUAAACAUAUAUGUGGUAUAAAUAUUAGAUCUCAUUAGGCAUGCCAUUUUAACCAUGUUGUCACUCCAGCCAGAGGCUGCGAAGUACGGAAACAGCCAAAUCAUCAUUGGGACCAUUCUAAAAUUGACAUGCAUCCUAAUUCAUGAUCCAUUCUGCUGGGAAGAAGAGCAGUUAGGAGGCAGCAGAGGCAUUCCUCUAUGUCAGGCACCCCCAAACUUGGCCCUCCAGAUGUUUUCGGACUACAAUUCCCAUCAUCCCUGACCACUGGUCCUGUUAGCUAGGGAUGAUGGGAGUUGUAGUCCCAAAACAUCUGGAGGGACGAGUUUGGGGAUGCCUGCUCUAUGCAGAACUGCUGAGAUCCACAGGCAGGGGAGCUAUCCUAAUGUGCUCACCAAUGGCACAUGGUAUUGACAGCCUGUUGUGGGUGUUUUUCCUGCCAGUGGUAAAAAGUAAGUCCUCAAAACAGGACAGACUGGUGGCAGAAGGGGUGGAGCUGCUGGAUCCUAAUCUGGUCCAACAAGUGGAGAGGGGUCUGAUCUGGGCCUCUCUGCUACACCGGUCUGCAACUGGCACAGCAAAAAUAAAGAUCAAUAUCACACCUCCCACUAUCUUCCACUCUGCCCAGCUUGAGUGACAGGUCUUCCAAUGCAGUGGUGGCUCCACAUUUAAUUCAUUGCAGUAAUCCAACCUAGAAGUUGCCAGAACAGAGAAAACAGUAGUUAGGCUGUCCCUGUCUAGAUAGGAGUGCAGCUGAUGGAAGGUAUUCUGUGCCACUGAGGCCACCUGAGCUUCAAGCAACAGGAGCACCCCCAAGUUGUGUACCCAUUCCUUCUGAGGGAGUGUAAUGCUAUGAAGAACAGGCAACAUCCCAUCCACCUAGUCUAGUGAACUGACCAUGAACAGACCUCCGUCUUAUCUGUAUUGAGCUUCAGUUUGUUGGUUCUCAUACAGUCCGUUACCAGGGCAAGGCCAGCACAUCCACUGUCUCACCUGCAGAUGUAAUGGAGAAGAAGAGAUGUGUGUCAUCAGCACAUCGCUAACAACCUACUCCAAACCCACUCAGCAGUUUCAUGUAGAUGUUAAACAGCAUAGGGGAUAAAAUUGAACUCUGAGGAACUCUGCUCCAGAGGGCUGAAAAUCACUCCCCAAGCAUCACCCUCUGGAAACGUCCAUUCAAGUAGGACUGGAACCACAGUAAACCAGUGCCAUUGACAGCCACUCCAAAAGGAUACUAAACUAGUAUACUGAUACAGUUUUAUAGCAAAUUAUUGACUAACUGAAGCUUGCAUUCUUCACAAACCCUCACUCAGGUUUGAUUUGACACCUUCAAGCUUCUAAAACAGCUACAUUUAAAUUAUAUUACUAUAAUGAUUUCCUCGAGAUUAAAAUGAGAUGCUCAGAAUACUCUAAUGCAUGUGACAUUUUGUGCAUUAGUUCAAAAUAGUACCUCUGCAUGAACCAAGAUGUUCCUUGUUCCUUUUAGUAUAUUUUGCCUCAAUAUAUAUUCAGAUAAUUUGGCAUGUGCUGCGUAUGGUUACUUUCAGGAAAGUGAAACUUAGAGCUGGUCACCUGUUUUGAAGAGCUCUUACGCAACUGACAUAAUAAAGGUUACAAUUACAGAAGUGUUUGCUUUCCUUGGGAAAGCAAAGCCUUGCAGAUUAAAAGGAUGGUAAAGAACAGAAAAGUGAGUUCACCAUAUAUAUUCAAUAUCACCUCAACAAAUCAUUUACUUACGUAUUUUCAUGGGGUUGCCAUAUUUCACAUUUUAAAUAUUUGAGCUUCUCCUCUGCUUAGCUUACUAAUGAAGAACAAGUGGGGGAAAAGUUACCAGUUAUGGUGAAUGUUUCUGUCAACACGCUUUGUGCAGUUUUUAUUCAGAGUGAAAAAUCACUGACACCUACUUCAAUUUAAGCAUGGCAGGCAUGCCCUUGAAAUCAAGCUUAUUGAUGUUAUUCAUAUUAUGUUCAAGUGACACUUGUAUGCUUUAUUUCAGAACUGUUCAAAGUGCUACUUAUAUUUCUUCAUUGUUCCACAUUAACUAUAUGAUGCAAAUUGAAUACUAAUUAGUGUAAACUAAUUUUAUUAUUUUUCUAUUUGUGCAGGUGUGUUAAUGAUCCUACAUAUCAGACCUAUUAUUCCCCAAACAAAUAUGUUGUUCGGUUUUCCUUCAAAGCCUUUAGCUUCAUGUAUAAAUAUCCAUCGGUUUACCUGCAGUGCAAACUGGUGGUUUGCAGAGCCUAUGACUAUUCUUCCCGAUGUUCUCAGGGUUGUCUGAAUCUGCCUAGAUCUAAGAGAGAUACAAGCUCCUACGAGGAAAAAAUGGAUGUUAUCAUUGGGCCAAUUGAACUACAGAAGAAUGGCAUUAAGAAUAGAAAUUCUGGUAAUUUUGCUUCCCACAGAGUUCUUUAAUGUCUUUUAAAUACAAAUCAAUGCCAUCCUAGAGUAGGGAUAAGGAGGAAUGUAUUUUAAAUGGAUUUAUGCACAGAAUUUGGCAGUUCCAACCUGAUUUGAACACUGCAUUAAGCACCCACUUAUAUCUGAAUCACUUGUUGCUGUUUUUUUAAAGCCCAAUUUAUAUGCAUAAUUAUAUUGAAAAAUUCAUAUAUAUGAAUUAAUAUAUAGUAUAAUGCAUUCAAAAGUAUCAAGUUUUAUGCUGUAUUAUAUUUCUGCAAUAUCAAUUCAUAUUAGUACAUACCUAUUUUAUGCAGUUGUACAGUUAUGCAGUUUUAUGUGUAGUUGUGUGCAUCUGUUAAAGCGCUAGUUACCUUAGGAGACGUCCUAGAGUGCAUAUGCAUAUAACAAUGCAUAUAAUAUUGUGCAUUAUGCUGCUUGUUGAGAUUAAGGAGUGAGAUGGGAAUUAGAAAAUUAUAUAUAUGGAUAAGCAUGUCAUUGAGAUUUUCAGAAAAUCCCAUCCCUCUUUUAGAUCUGUUUCAGGUUGUUGAGGUUAAGGCAGAGCAAUUAGUGUUUCCUGUGGCUUUGAGAAAGGGAGAGCUAUAGGGGUGCAGGGUAUAAGCUGAAAUCAUCAUUAUUACCAUCAUCCUGGCUAGCACUGUAUCAAAGCCCUUAAAAAUGCUUAUAAUGCAUUUUAGCACUCUCCUCAUCUAAUAGUACUUCCUCACCUAACCUUGUUACAUUACAUGCCUUCUUAAUGUGGCCUCGUCCAUCAGAUGCAGCAUUAUCAUAGCUGUGCCAGAUGUACCCUGUGCCCUCUAGUGUAUGAUCUACCGUCCACAGUGGACUCAUAGGGUUCAGCUCCCAACAGUCAUCCAUGCUUCUUCUUUGGCAAUCACUCAUAGCCGAGUAAGAUCGUCUUCCAUGAACACAGGUUUAACACUGAGUCCAUAAGUGGCUGUGGAGGCCAAUUCAGGAUCCACAUGUCCUUCCACAGUGGAGGAGAGCAAUAGUGUGGUCAGGAAAGUUACUGUGCAAUUUUUUACUUUUUUAUUAAAAAAUACUGCUAUGGAAGUCAAUGGUCCAUUGUCUUCUAGGGAACUAGAAUGAUGCAAUUCCAUGACAGUUCAAGCAGAUAAUGCAUCACAUCUUUUUAAUUUUGCAGAGGCAAAACAAGAGCUGCAAGGAAAUGCGGACCCUCCUCAUGAUUCGCAUGCACCAUACAUUGUUGCCGCAGUCGUCUUGGCAGUCGUUGUCAUGACCGUCGCAGGAUUCAUUUUGAAAAAUAAAUUGAGAAGACCAAUUCCAUAUGAGAUAAUGUGAGCGCUUAAAACCUUGGGACUCAAUCCAACACCAAGUCAAGCAUGCUUAAACUCAUUCAUUUCCAUGAGUUUAGGUGCAGCUAUUUGUUGGUGGGAUUGUGGCCUUGAUGGUUGGCAAGAAGAAUCUGUACUGAAUGUGCAUCACUUGAAAGAUGCAUCCUUAUGAAGGGGGUCUCAAUAGUCUUGUGAUUUUAUCUUGAUUUUCGCUUUUACAUGAAAAUACAGAAGCAGUAAAAUGUAAUGGACACAAUCCAGCCAUAUUAAACUAUUGAAAGACCCACUGGUUGCACAGGAGGGGGCUUAAAAAUUAUGCUUAAUUCUUCCAUUGGUCUUUUUACUUUUUUACUAGAUUUUACACAUUGUCAUGAAUGUACGUAAAUGGAUGGAUUCAGAUUAGACGAGGACCUGAAGUACAACACAAAAUACAAAUAAAAAUUAAUCCUACCAAG